AUGUCUGUAGCAGAAUCUCUCCGAGAGUUUGUGAACGAGCGGCUUGCUGCUGCUACUGAAGACAUUUUGGAAGUUUUUAACAGAACUGUGGUCCAGUACGAGGAAGAGCUGGACCGUCAACGCAGACUGCUGGAUUUGGUUUGGAAACCUCGCAUUCACUUACACAGAAUCGGUAAGAAAAGACAAGUUUAGACUGAAUAAUAAAACAGAAGCUCGGUUUAAAUCAGUGCUGCCUCUCCCUCGGUUUCCAUGUAUAAAUACUGUGAAUAAAGACGGAGGAACAACCCUGUCUUAGUUCAACAAUAACUGUGCUACCCCGACCCAUUUUGUAUCCCGCGAGCUGUAAUCAUGAUCCGGUAUCAAAACUCAUCAUGUGUACAGAAAUCAGGGGAAACCUAACAAUGGCAGACGUGUGUUUGAAAAAAAAUGUGGUUUAUUAUUACUUUACGGGGUACUUUUAAUUUUCCAAGCACAGUAAAGACGGUAGGAAGGGGUGUCUGACUUCAAUUCCUUAACUACAUCUCACCUUUUACUUGCGUGGUCGUUGAUGGGAAGAAGAGAAGACGGGGUUCGGAAGAGUUCUCAAUUGAAGCUCUAUUUAUUGAUUGUAAUGAGUCAAGAAUGAACAACAGAAUCUCAGGGUUCAGAAUUAGCUCGCUGUAGCAAACAGUCAUCUUAGAGGUCUGAGCGCUUCAGAACCUCGACUAAGGUUCCCUUGAACCCUUUAUACACGCCUAUCUGAACAAAGAGUUUGCUGAUCUGGGUGUUGUCUUUGCGAAUAGGCUGGUUCCUUAUUCUUCUUUAACUGUCACACUACUGGGUCUGUAUGUCCUCUCUGCCUUCUGGCUUUAGUUUUAUGAUCUCAGACAAAAGUAGAUGCCCAGUGCACAGCACCAUCAGUCCUUUUCACUUUGUGCAGAGGAAGACAGGUUAAGCAGAUUCACCUCACAAAUGAGGACUGAAUCGCUUCUUUUUAUGAAAUCCUCAGUUUCACACAGCUCACACAAAAGGGCUUCAUCAGCUUUCCUGACCAGUCCACGACACUGAUGUUUUAAACAAGACCACAGACACACUGAGUGAAGUUGGUUCUUUCUCUUUUUGCUCUAUCUUACUACUUUUUUUCUGCAUAGUAUUAAAACUUAUUUUACAUUGUGUUUUUAUGUCAUUUAUCAUGUUAGAGUCUAUCAGUAAGUAUUGUACCUUGUCCUGCAGAUCUUCCACAACAACAUGACUGUGAGGAGGACGAGGUUGUCUCAGACCUGCAGCCCUGUAACCAGGAGAGGAACUCCAGUCCGGACCAAGAAGACCCAGAGCCUCUACAGAUUAAAGAUGAAGAGGAGGAAUUCUGCACCGGUCAGGACAGAGAGCAGCUUGAACCAAAACAGGAGACUGAACACUUGAUGUUAACUCUAACCUGUCAGGAAAGUGAGAACACUGAAGCAGAAGUAAGGAAGGACGACCAGUUCCAUUCUCAAAACUCUCAUGAGGCUGCAAACCAAGAUCCAGAGAAAGACAAGCACACAGAGUCAGAAUCAACUUCAAAAUCAGAACAACAACCCCCAAAAAAAGUUCAGAAAAGAAGUCAGAAGACAAAACAGCCGAAGGUUCACUCUGAUCCUCAACAAGGUGAAAAGACUUUUAAAUGUGACACAAAUAGGGAAACAUUUACCAGCAAUUCAAAUUCACAGGCACAUGUUAGUGUUUUCACUGGUAAGAAGAAGCAUACUUGUGAGAGGUGUGGGAAAAUAUUCAGAGACAAACGUUUGCUUAAAAAACAUGCAAGAUCACACACAGGUGUGAGACCGUACUCAUGUGGCAGUUGUGGAAAGAGCUUCAUUUUUAAUUCAGAUUUAAAAAAGCAUAUGCAAAUUCACUCAGAAGAAAAGCUGUUCACCUGUGAAACAUGCAGUAAAUCUUUUAACAGAAAAGAAUACCUUAAACUGCACAUUAGAACACACACAGGUGAGAGACCAUACACCUGUAACACAUGUGGGAAGAGCUUCACUUCUAAACAAGAUUUAAAUAAGCAUAUGCGAAUUCACUCAGGAGAAAAGCAUUUCACCUGCAAGACAUGCAGCAAAUCUUAUAUCCGUGCAGAUAUACUGAGAAUGCACAUGAGAACACACACAGGUGAGAGACCGUACACCUGUGGCACUUGUGGGAAAAGCUUCUCUACCAGUUCAUAUUUAAAAAAGCACAUCCUUCUUCACUCAAAAGAAAACCUGUUUACCUGCAAAAGGUGCUGCAAUUCUUUUAACAGGAAGGAUCAACUACAACAGCACAUGAAAACACACACAGGCGAGAGACCGUACUCCUGUAACACAUGUGGGAAGAGGUUCGGUCGGAAUUCAAAUUUAAAAAAGCACAUGCUUAUUCACUCAAGAUAAAAGCUUUUCACCUGUGAAACUUGCAACCAAUCUUUUUACUGGAGAGGUCAAUUAAGACUGCACAUGAGAAUACACACAGGUGAGAGACUGUAAAGCUGUAGUACAUGUGGGGAAAAGUUUUGUUGAAAAACACACUUAGAUCGUCACACCCAAAACCAUAUAGGUAUAAAGCCUGUUGUGCUUAAUGGAAACCAUUCGGCAGGAAGAUUUCUUUAGAUGGUCACAUAAGAACCCACGCAGGUAAAAUGUGGCAGGUCUGUCGGAUGCAGCAGGAAAUUCCAUCAAAAAGUGCAACAGAAGCUGGUGACUGACAUUAGAAGCAAAUGUCAUGGUGUGAAGUCAGAAUAUCGUUUGAGUUCAUGUGAACUGGAUUCUCUAUUCUGUGCAAGGUCAACGUUACACAAGACAUGUUAGAGGGAUGAGGUCUCGGCUCAUAAAAUACCAUCUGUGUGUUCAGUUAUUCUGGCAGUUAAAAUACAUUUCACUGUGGCUUUACCUGACUGAAAUACUUGUUCUUUUGAGUCCUUAUGAGCUACUUUGGUUGGUUGUUUUUUCCAGAAUAUUUUUAUACGUUUAUUUUUUUAAUAACUUCUUUAUAUGAUGAUCUACAACAAAUUUGAUUUAGAUGACUGUAGCUGUGAUACCGAUUAAGGUUGAUCAUGAAAAUAUGGCGACCAAUAAACUUGGACUGUGAAAACAAAAUUCAUAGUAAUGCAUUUGUAUCCUGGUUUAAUAGAAGUGAACCAAGAGAGGACAGAGCUUAAAACCAAAAUUGGAUGGUCCUGAUCUUCAGGCCCUCAGACUGCACUGCAUUAAAACAGACUGGACUCUGGAGUGGAAUUCACUGCAUGGGUUCAAAAUCACUUCAAAAACCAUUGGCUGUAAAUACAGUUCCUUACUGUAUCCAUGGAUGAGGUUGAAACUGAACCAUGCAAAGAGAAAACCAGAUAGAAACAGGACCCAGGAACACCAGAGACUUCUCCUGACUACCUGACUUGCUCUCAGUUCACAGUCCCUGGGUUCCCUGGGAUCUCUGGAUCUCUCUUUGAGUUUCUAUGAAGACUGUUGUUGUCAGACUCUCCUUCUUGCAAGAAUUUAUUCACAAAGAAAGACAAGUACUUGGCUUUGAGUGACUUUUUCUGUGAAGAAACAGAAAAUUUCUAAAACAACCCAAUAAACACCUCUUUUAAACAAGAAUGACUUAUGACAAGGACUGAGGCACAAAAACACCAAAAAGGCAAUAGUUCUGAUUCUGAUUGAUAUGCAAAGUCUCUUGCAGACCAUGCAGCUCUCUUCAGCAUUUAGUAGGAGCAAUACCAUUGGACACAGAGAAAGCUUGUGAUCGAAAUGAAUGGUCGUACCUGUUUGAGAAGCUCUCCAAAUAUGGUUUUGGUCCAGAAGCCUACAGUGGAUCAGAGCACUUUAUCAGGAACCUGUUUCAGCUCCUUCCAAUGAUGGCGUUCUACUAGAGAAGACUGUCCUUGAUCCCCUUUACUCUUUAUUUCAGCCUUAGAACUGUUGGCAUGUGCUAUCUGACAAGACAAAGAAAAUACAGACAUGGCUUUACUUUUCAUCCAAUUUUUUUUGUUAACUAAAAGGCUGCUAAAUGACUAAAUAAUUUCUGAAACUCUUAGUAUAGAGUUGUAGGGUUUGGCCAAAGUCAAUAAAAUGUCAUCCAGAUACAUAUUCAAUUUGAAAUCACAACCCCCCCCAAAAAAAAAUUCCAGGCAAAAUAAAAAUUCUUAUUUACUAUUGUGAUUUCUUAUUUACUUAAAUGUCAAACCUCUAUUAAUUACCAUAAAGGGAUACCUCAAAGGUUAUCUGCUCUGCCUCUGUCCUUACAGGGUAGGGCAGAAGUGCUCAAGAUGGAUGUCCUCCCAAGACUGAAUUUCUUAGUGUCCUCUAUUCCUUUGUUUAUUCAGAAAUCUUGGUUUGACAAUUUCAACGGAAUGUUCCCCUCUUUAUGGAACAACAAGAUGUUUAGAACUUUUUUGAGAGAUUCACCCUCCCAAGAGACUUUGAACCUGAUGUUUAUUUGUGUUGUCUUGCAUUUAAUGCCAGGCUUUCAUUUCUUAAGAUUUCCCAAAGAAUAUUUUGAUUAUAAUUAUGACACUGACAAAAAAUAUUCAGACUUUUAUCAUCAAACAGAGGAGCAGUCUCAAGUUUAUAUAAGUUGCUGUGUCAUGCCUCCCCAAACCAGAACUCAAAGACAGAGUCACAAUGGGAACUUGAUUCAGGGGUCAAAUGUACUUCUGAAGAGUGUGGAAAACAUUAGGCAUGACAUAAAAACAACCUCAAAAUCUGUCUGAAGUAGAGUAAUACAGCUGAAAAUUCUUCAUAGAGCGUUAUAGGGAUAAAACCUGAUCUAUGCAUGUGUAGGGCAAUUUGGACCGUUUGAAUGGAUUGAAUAUUUACUUAAGUAUGAGCAUGCACUGAUCUCUCCUACUUGUGGUGUUGUUGUUAAUAUAUAACUGCUGUCUGGUUGUGUUUAUUGUUGAAAUACAAAAUUAUUAAAACUUUGAAUUUAAAAAGAAGGAAAAAAAGAAGAAGAAAGAAACCGUAGAGGGCCGCACAGUAUGCGAUACCGACUGUAGGAGACAAAGAGGAGGGCGGAACAUUCGGUCGCCGCAGCUCCGUCUACGGAACUUUAUUGGUGUAACACAUGAAGGAAGUAAACGAGAAGAGGGCUCUUUUAAAGAAGCUGAGAUAUCUGAGGACAAUCCAGUUUUUACAGCGCAACCUUCUUAACAAUCUGCAACAAACCAACGAUGUCUGGAGCUGAAUCUCUCCGAGAGUUUGUGACCGAGCGGCUCGCUGCUGCUACUGAAGACAUUUUGGGAGUUUUUAACCGAACUGUGGUCCAGUACGAGGAAGAGCUGGACCGUCAACGCAGACUGCUGGAUUUGGUUUGGAAACCUCGCAUUCACUUACACAGAAUCGGUAAGAAAAGACAAGUUUAGAUUGAAUAAUGAAGCAGAAGCUCGGUUUAAAUCAAGGCUGCCUCUCAUCUCGGUUUCCAUGUAUAAACUGUGAAUAAAGACGGAGGAACAACCCUGUCUUAGUUCAUCAAUAACUGUACUACCCCGACCCAUUUUGUUUCCCGCGAGCUGUAAUAAUGAUCCGGUAUCAAAACUCAUCAUGUGUACAGAAAUCAGGGGAAAGAAGGGGAAACCUAAGAAUGGCAGACAUGUGUGUUGUUAGGAAAAAAGGUGGUUUACUAUCACCUUACGGGGUAUUUUUAAUUUCCCAAGCACGGUAAAGAAGGUAGGAAGGGGUGUUAAGUCUCUGACUUCAAUUCCUUAACUACCUCUCACCUUUUACCUGCGUGGUCGUUGAUGGGAAGAAGAGAAGACGGGGUUCAGAAGAGUUCUCAGUUGAAGCUCUAUUUAUUGAUUGUAAUGAGUCAAGAAUGAACAACAGAGUCUCAGGGUUCAGAAUUAGCUCGCUGUAGCAAACAGGCAUCUUAGAGGUCUGAGCGCUUCAGAACCUCGACUAAGAUUCCCUUUAACCCUUUAUACACGCCUAUCUGGACAAAGAGUUUGCUGAUCUGGGUGUUGUCUUUGUGAGUAGGCUGGUUCCUUAUUCUUCUUCAACUGUCACACUACUGGGUCUGUAUGUCCUCUCAGCCUUCUGACUUUAGAUUUGUGAUCUCAGACAAAAGUAGAUGCCCAGUGCACAGCACCAUCAGUCCUUUUCACUUUGUGCAGAGGAAGACAGGUUAAGCAGAUUCACCUCACAAAUGAGGACUGAAUCGCUUCUUCUUGGUUUCACACAGCUCACACAAAAGGGCUUCAUCAGCUUUCCUGACCAGUCCACUACACUGAUGUUUUAAACAAGACCACAGACACACUGAGUGAAGUUGGUUCUUUCUCUUUUUGCUCUAUCUUACUACUUUUUUUCUACAUAGUAUUAAAACUUAUUUUACAUUGUGUUUUUAUGUCAUUUAUCAUGCUAGAGUCUAUCAGUAAAUAUUGUACCUUAUCCUGCAGAUCUUCCACAACAACAUGACUGUGACGAGGACGAGGUUGUCUCAGACUUGCAGCCCUGUAACCAGGAGAGGAACUCCAGUCCAGACCAAGAGGACCCAGAGCCUCUACAGAUUAAAGAUGAAGAGGAGGAAUUCUGCACCGGUCAGGACAGAGAGCAGCUUGAACCAAAACAGGAGACCGAACACUUGAUGUUAACUCAAACCUGUCAGGAAAGUGAGAACACUGAAGCAGAAGUAAGGAAGGAAGACCAGUUCCUUUCUCAAAACUCUCAUGAGGCUGCAAACCAAGAUCCAGAGAAAGACAAGCUCACAGAGUCAGAAUCAACUUCAAAAUCAGAACAACACCCCCCAAAAAAAAUUCAGAAAAGAAGUCAGAAGACAAAACAGCCGAAGGUUCACUCUGAUCCUCAACAAGGUGAAAAGACUUUUAAAUGUGACACAAAUACUGAAACAUUAACCAGCAAUUCAAAUUCACAGACAUAUGAAAGUGUUUUCACUGGUAAGAAGAAGCAUAUUUGUGAGUGGUGUGGGAAGAUAUUCAGAGACAAAUAUUCGCUUAAAAAACAUGCAAGAUCACACACAGGUGUGAGACCGUACUCCUGUGGCACUUGUGGAAAGAGCUUCAUUUUUAAUUCAGAUUUAAAAAAGCAUAUGCAAAUUCACUCAGAAGAAAAGCUGUUCACCUGUGACACAUGCAGUAAAUCUUUUAACAGAAAAGAUUACCUUAAACUGCACAUUAGAACACACACAGGUGAGAGACCGUACACCUGUAACACAUGUGGGAAGAGCUUCACUUCUAAACCAGAUUUAAAUAAGCAUAUGCGAAUUCACUCAGGAGAAAAGCUUUUCACCUGCAAGACAUGCAGCAAAUCUUUUAUCCGUACAGAUCAACUGAGAAUGCACAUGAGAACACACACAGGUGAGAGACCGUACUCCUGUAGCACUUGUGGGAAAAGCUUCUCUACCAAUUCAUAUUUAAAGAAGCACAUCCUUCUUCACUCAAAAGAAAACCUGUUCACCUGCAAAAGGUGCUGCAAAUCUUUUCACAGGAAGGAUCAACUAAAACGGCACAUGAAAACACACACAGGUGAGAGACCGUACUCCUGUAACACAUGUGGGAAGAGGUUCGGUUGGAAUUCAAAUUUAAAAACGCACAUGCGUAUUCACUCAAGAUAAAGCUUUUUACCUGCAAAUUUUAUCUGUUGUAAUAACUUCUUUAUAUCAUGAUCUACAACAAAUUUGAUUUAGAUGACUGUAGCUGUGAUGCCGAUGGUCCUGAUCUUCAGGCCUUCAGACUGCACUGCAUUAAAACAGACUGGACUCUGGAGUGGAAUUCACUGCAUGGGUUCAAAAUCACUUCCAAAACCAUUGGCUGUGAAUACAGUUCCUUACUGUAUCCAUGGAUGAGGUUCAAACUGAACCAUGCAAAGAGAAAACCAGAUAGAAACAGGACCCAGGAACACCAGAGACUUCUCCUGACUACCUGACUUGCUCUCAGUUCACAGUCCUUGGGUUCCCCGGGAUCUCUGGAUCUCUCUUUGAGUUUCUAUGAAGACUGUUGUUGUCAGACUCUCCUUCUUGCAAGAAUUUAUUCACAAAGAAAGACAAGUACUUGGCUUUGAGUGACUUUUUCUGUGAAGAAACAGAAAAUUUCUAAAACAACCCAAUAAACACCUCUUUUAAACAAGAAUGACUUAUGACAAGGACUGAGGCACAAAAACACCAAAAAGGCAAUAGUUCUGAUUCUGAUUGAUAUGCAAAGUCUCUUGCAGACCAUGCAGCUCUCUUCAGCAUUUAGUAGGAGCAAUACCAUUGGACACAGAGAAAGCUUGUGAUCGAACUGAAUGGUCGUACCUGUUUGAGAUGCUCUCCAAAUAUGGUUUUGGUCCAAAAGCUUACAGUGGAUCAGAGCACUUUAUCAGGAACCUGUUUCAGCUCCUUCGAAUGAUGGCGUUCUACUUGAGAAGACUGUCCUUGAUCCCCUUUACUCUUUAUUUCAGCCUUAGAACUGUUGGCAUGUGCUAUCUGACAAGACAAAGAAAAUACAGACAUGGCUUUACUUUUCAUCCAAUUUAUUUUGUUAACCAAAAGGCUGCUAAAUGACUAAAUAAUUUCUGAAACUCUUAGUAUAGAGUUGGAGGGUUUGGCCAAAGUACAUAAAAUGUCAUCCAGAUACAUAUUCAAUUUGAAAUCAUAACCCCCCAAAAAAUUGCAGGCAAGAAAAAAAAAACAUAUUUACUAUUGUGAAUUCGUAUUUACUUAAAUGUCAAACCUCUAUUAAUUACCAUAAAGGGAUACCUCAAAGGUUAUCUGCUCUGCCUCUGUCCUUACAGGGUAGGGCAGAAGUGCUCAAGGUGGAUGUCCUCCCAUGAUUGAAUUAUUUAGUGUCCUCUAUUCCUUUGUUUAUUCAGAAAUCUUGGUUUGACAAUUUCAACGGAAUGUUCCCCUCUUUAUGGAACAACAAGAUGUUUAGAAUAUUUUGGAGAAAUUAACCCUCCCAAGAGACUUUAAACCUGAUGUUUAUUUGUGUUGUCUUGCAUUUAAUGCCAGGCUUUCAUUUCUUUAAAUUUCCCAAAUAUUUUGAUUAUAAUUGUGACACUGACAAGUGCUAAAGAUCAAUGUGCUCCCAAGAUUGAAUUUCUUAGUGUCCUCUAUUCCCAGGGCUCACAAAUUGUGUCAUGUAUCUGCCCCUUCCUUUCCAUACUUUACCAGGGAGGAUCCAAGACAGUUCGCCCUGCUUAAGAUGGCCCUUACAAACCUCUUGCCCAGUGAUGAAAGUGAGCAGUUCAAAUAUCACAUCUUAUUAGAUCACUUGAAGCUGGACACUGCCUGUCGCCUUGCUCUGGCCUAUGCUCAUCAUCCUCUUCCUUACACUAGAGCUAUGUCCGCACUGCAGCAAAGGUAUGGACAGCCACAGCAGCUUGUUCUGAGGGAAAUGACAGAUAUCUUAAAUCUCCCUCCUGUGCGUCCUGGUGACUCCAGCAACUUUGCUAUACGGGUCAGAGCCCUUGUGGGGAUGCUGCAUUCUUUCGAGAAAGGUGAGGGAGAUGCAGAAUUGGCUUGUGCAUCUCAUGUACAGCAGCUACUAGGUAAACUGCUUUCUAAGCAAGUGGCCAACUAAGUAAGUCAUCUUCAUAAAGACAUCCAGGAUCUUGCCACUGAGUCUACUACACGUCGUAGUCAGACCUGUCCUUUUUUUGGUCCCGAUCACCAUUUAAGUGUCUGCUCAGAUUUCCGUCAGCUCCCGAAAGAUGCAGCAAGGAAGUGGAUUCAGGACAAGGGACGCUGCUGGAGAUGUGCACGUUUUUGUGGAAGUUUUUCUUCCCGUUGCUGCUGGUGAAGAAUGAAAUAGAGACUUCUGCUGGCCAACAAGGUUUUAUUUUCUUUGCAAAGAAAAGGUGAAUCUGCAUCCGAGCGGUCAGAAUCCAGAAAGACCUAGAACGUGGGGAGACCUGAACAUUUAUGCUUGAGGACCGCCCCUCAGAAGGCAAGGAAUGGGGCUUUGAUGUUGGCAUCUUUUGUUUUCUGUGGGGAGCGUCACUGCAUUGGCUCCCUGUCCAUUUCAGGAUUGAUUUUAAGGUUCUUUUAUUAGUUUUUAGAUGUAUUAAUGGUCUUGGCCCCUCCUAUUUAUCUGACUUACUUUUCUCAUAUCAACCCUCGCUGACCCUGAGGUCCUCCGGCACAGGCCUUUUAACCUUACCCAAAGUCAAAACAAAAAACACAACUAAUUGCCAUUUUAUAUUUUUCUCUUAUUGCACGUUGUGUGUGUGUGGGUGAGUGAAGGUGGGUGUGUGUCUUUGUGUGCGUGUGGGUUCAUGGGUGUGUGUGUGGAUGAGAGUGUUGAGUUUGAUUUGAAUUUGAAUCAUCUGUGCUAAGUAACUUGUACAGAUACAACAUACCAUAUGUGUUUUCACUGACUCAAACUCAAUCACGUUGCUGUCACAGCACCAUUAGGUUGUUACCUUACGUUUACGGAUUAUAGUUUAAUGUGCUUAUCUGGUACUGGCCCUGACUCAGUACAUGCUAUCAUAACAGACAGCCAUCUCAACACCAGUGUCUAAUCAGAACUGAAAACAAUCAGUCUGGUGUUGUGUCAGUCUUCUCACCUCCACCCGGGAUGCGUCUUUUAUCCCCCCCGCAAAGUUGCAUAAUCGCAUCACACUUGAUGUGUAUAGUCAGGCGUGUCAAAAUUCACUUCAGAAUAUUUUGUAAUUCCACGCCUUAUAUUUGCGUCAUUCCCGGUGUGUAAGGACCUUUACCCUGUCCAGGUGCUUCAGAGAUUCAAGCACCGACAUGACCUACCCCUUCAGUCUUUCAGGAAUGUUCAGCCAUUACUCCUCAUCGGUUCAGAUCACCCUCAUCUUGUCUGUCCUACUGAAGGGGUACGUCUUGGUCCAGGGGGUGGCCCAGCAGUCCAUACUCGUCUUAGUUGGGCCUUGCAAGGGCCUUCAAUGCUCCCUGGGGAGUACCAUACAUGUCCAAAAACGACUCCAAAGGUUCAGUCCUAUUUCAUAUCCUGUUCCAUCAGGUCAGGUUGUUGGCUGAAGAUCAACCACUACUCCGUUUCCUAUGGAAAAACAUAGGAAGGGAAGAGCCUGCAGAUGUGUAUAAGUGGCAAGUUUUGCCAUUCGGUACCACAUUCAGUCCCUGUUGUCAGGGUUUUUCCUGGCUCAAAUUGAGGCAGAGGUGGCACCAUCCUGACCAUGCACCAUAACGUGCAUGUAUUUUGUAAAUUUAACUGACUCCCUUUCUUUUACAGGCAACAUACUUUAAGUUAAGAGUUCCAAAAGGAAUGUGACCAUUGUCACGUUAAAGCAUUCAUUUAUUAAAACUAUAUGCAUACACAAAUCAGCUGGCAACUUUAAAUUGAAAGUACACUUCAUCCACACAUCUCGCAACCAGACACAGAACAUUUCAGCCUCCUCUUUUUCAUUCUGUAGAACCUCCUCAUGCACUCCUUGUAGUCCAAGGCCUCCUGGUCUGGUCCAUCAAUGGCCACCUUACAACAGACAUCCAAGUGCCUCUCCUUCAGUCUGUUCCUCAGAGGUGUCUUCACCUUAAACAAAACAAUUCAUCAUGCAUUAAGUAUUUUUGUAUUUAUUCUGAUACAGACAUGAAGUGAUAGUGUUUUCAAUCAUACGUUACAAUUUUGAGUGCAGAGAAGAGCCUCUCCACAUCUGCAGUCUGGACAGGGGCUGUGAGGGCGAUAGCAGCUGCAAGGCUGAGGGUGGGAUACAGCUCAGCAGAUUCUGCAAAUACAAGCCACAGAGGAACCUCCUCCAGGGAUUUGGUCCGAAUAAAGGGGUGAAAACAAAGAUGAAUGAAAUUAUUCAGUAAAACCAGACUAUUGUGGUGGUGAUACAGUUAAUGUAACUUAAUAUAUAGUACCUUCAGAUCAGGACUCCCCACUCUCAGUCUGUAUGAGCUCCACUCAGACAGCAGGUCAGACUCCCUCAGUCUUGGAAACUCCUCAGCCAGUGUUCUCAUCUCAGCAUCCCCAUACUCUGUACUAGAGUUUGACAAAAUUUGUCUGGGAGAGAACACAUUGAAGACAGACAGACUGCCGGUGUUUGGGAAUCUGUUGUUGAUGUUCUCAGUCACUGCAAUCAGGAAUAGCUCCAUCACCUGUAAAAGAUGUUGAAAAAAAGGUAAAACAGUCCUUCCGUCCACAUUACACAAAUACAUUCUUAAUACAUACAGUGUUCUUGAAGCUAUCCCACACACCAUCCUGGAAAUAUGCAGGGACUGCUUCCUGUAUCAGACUGGAGCCAUGCCUGCCAGCGGUCUUUGACCAUGUUGCUCUCUUUCAGCUGUGCCAGCGAUGAUUUCAGCAUUGUGGCCUGAGAUAAAACCCAACAGCUUUGCUAGUAACAGCAUUUCAAUUAACAGAAAACCCAAGGAUUAUGGUAUUGAUCUCAUACCUCCUGCUCCACCUGAGAGAAGAAAAAAGUUUCUCUUUUGAAAGUGGAUCUUUUCAUGCACAAGUUGCAUUAGGCACAGGGCAGGGGGGAAGAACUUGUCCUUUACAGAGGAAUACAGUCCUUGUGCAAUUGGCUCAUUCUGGACUUGGAGUGAACAGGCAGUGAGCAGGCAGAAUUCGACACAUCACAUCUGUUGCUUCCUUAUUAGAUUCUCAUCUGAUAGCAUUUCCACCGUACAUAAAAUUAUUUAGUAAAUAACAAAAAAAGCAAAAUUGGAUCUGAAUAAUAUAGCACUGAAUAUUGCUAACCUGCAGUUUGAUUUGGGGGAGUUUAAAAAUCCUCUCCAUGUCCUUGAGACUGCUGGUCCUAUUACUGGAGGCCUGGUAGAACCAGAAAAUAGUUCCAACAGUCCUGGCAUAUUUAGUGAGAUAAUGAACUGCCCUCUGCCCCUUAAUGCAGUCUGACACUGUCAGAUUGAGACGAUGUUCCACGCAGUGUACGGUUAUCAGGCCAGGGAAUGAGUCUUGGAGUCUCUUCCCAACUCCAGCUUUUCUCCCUUAAAUAAUAAUAAAAAAACAUUAACUCUGUCAAUCUUAUAAAAUGUUAACUAAAAGGUAAAUGCAAAAAAAAAAAGGAAAAUUCACCUAUCAAUACUGCAGCGCCGUCACUUGCAAAGGAGGCUAGCUUGUCGGUUGGCAGCAUUUUGUCAUCUCUGAUGACUCGCAGGAUGCUAUCAUACAGAGUUGCAGCAUCCCCAGCAGACACUCCACCCAAAUGCAGCACCCUGGUUUGGACUACAGUGCUUCCCACAUGGUUGGGUCCUAAAAAGCUAAACAUAAAAAAAAAUCACUCUUAGUUGAAGUAUGGCUGCUUGUGCAUUUGGUGUUGGCACUGACCUGGGGGCAAAACAGGCAGUAAUUAGGUUGGCCUACUUCAUUUUAAAACAAUUAUGUGAAAAACGUUGAAUAUACAAUUAUGUAAAAAUAUAACUUAAGAACUUACAUUCAAACCAUCAAAAUAAGCACAGCCUAAGCGCUUGCAUAAGAGAAUGAUGGGCUCAUAGCUUGUGUGGUGGGGCCACUUUUGCUUGAGACACUCAUAGAUGAUUUUGAAGCAGCCUUCAAGCGCUCUGUGGUCCAUGUCCACAUGUGUUGCAAUAGCACGCUGCAGUGUCCUCCCUAAAAAAAACUACAACUAAUUAUCUAUCUAAACUAUAUUAUUUUAGUUUUUGUAACUUUAUUAGUUGAGUGUUUUUAGGUACUACUAUCUUCAAUAUACUUCUCCUUCUCUUCUGCUGCUUUGUGAAUGGCUGUCACCUCAUGCCUUUUAAUGUGUCCAGUCUGUAGUUGGUUGAUGGCUGUCUCACUAAGGAGGCAGCAAUUGCCUGCUAUGUUGGGGCACAGUGCUUUUGGCAUAAAUAGCAAUGCAUGCCUUCCUCAGUAUGCCUGAGCCAGGUAAAUUAAUUGAGCCACUGCUUGUCAAAGCCACUGGCUCUGUAUUUUUGAGAAGAUCUGGAAAGAGAAAUAAAAACCACUUACAUGUUGGCAUUGCAUUGUUAUGCUCCUAAUUGGAAAAUGAUUUAAUUACCCUUGCCUCGCCGACUCGUCCUGUCAUGCAUUCUGACCCUCACCAUCACCAGUCCCUUAUGAAGUACUUUCAGACCUGACACAAAUUUCCACAUGUUGUCACCACCAUGAAUUAAUAUAUUUUAACUGCCUGUUACGUUUUUUCUCUGCUGUGUUUCACCUGGACUCUUGACUUUCCUCCUCGCGAGGUCCCUUUUACAAGUAGUGGCUGAUUUUGCCUGCCAUAUCUGCAAGAUCGCACCAAUCCAUGGGAAGGGGCAUUGGGUCUGGUGUGGUACUGCUCUUCUGACACCCUGGGGUACAAACAUUGACCUGUUGAGUAUCAAACUCUCACCCUUCGCACUGUGUAUAGGAUCUUGGCCAGUCAAUAUGACCCCCUGGGGUUCAUCAUCCCUUUCACCCUUAUGCCAAGAUCCUCCUUCAGAAAUUGUGGUCCAAAGAGCAUGAAUGGGAUGACCCAUGUCUUCCAGAUGCCUUUGUCAAAGUCUGGACACUAUGGGGAAAAAAGGGCUUCCACAUCUGGAAAAAUCAAACUCCCAAGGUGCUAUGGACUCAGUGAGAUUCAGGAUUCCCCAGUGAUCAGAGAACUUCAUGUAUUUUGUGAUGCCUCAGAGGCAGCUCAUGGUUCUGUUGCAUAUGUGAGAACUGUGGACUCGAAGGGGGAGGUCCAUGUGUCUUUUGUCAUAUCUCGCUCACAAGUAGCUCCAGGACGGCAGAUAACCAUUCCCAGAUUAGAGCUAUGUGGAGCCCAAACUGGAGCCCAAUUAGCAAAAAUGCUGCAAAAGGAGAUAUCUCUUCCAGAAUCCUGCCAGUAUAAAAUCUUUGUGGCUCACUGCAUUACAGAAAUCCUUGAGUGCACAUCUCUUCUGACUGGAGGUAUGUUGACAUAACAAGCAACCCUGCAGAUGAUAUCACUAGGGGAAAAACCCUUGCUGAAUUUGCCAAACCACACAUAUGGAAUGAAGGUCCAUCUUUCCUUUACUUGCCCCCUGAUCAUUGGCCCAUAUCCCCAUCCUCACCUUCAAAUGAGGCAGCGAUCAGAAAGUCUGUGUUUUGUGGGGUAACUUGGGCACUGCCAAGCAAGAUUCCCCCAGACAUCCACCACUUCACUUGCUGGGAAGAUUUGGUGGUUGGCUAGAUGUUGGGUCUAAAACCUGCAACAUUUACCUGAUAACAUAUAAAGAAGAGAAAGACAAUGGUAUAUACUCAAGGAGAAUGGACAGAGAUAGCAUCAGGUACCAUCUCGAAACCACUCUGAAAGGUAUUUCCGCCCAGUCUCUUUAUUUAGGGUUGUCCCUGGUUACACAAUGUUUCUAAAGGGUGGGGGAAAAAUAUGUGCAGCAACGUAAGCACUCUCAUAAAACAUAAUAAUGAACAACUGUGAAUAUGUGAAGAUCAAGGCGAUAUUGUUGCAUCUAACGAGCUCCUUCUGAUAAGAGCGGAUCCUCCUCAAUACUUCCCACGAUUCACAGUGGAGGAUACAUCACACACACCUGCUGAUAAGAGAAACGAGGUCACAGAAUAAUGAAGAAACACUCAUGUGCUGUGUAAUAUAGCUAUUGGAGAGAGAAGUUAGAAAACACUCUUAUAUGAUAAAAAACACUCUUAUAUGUGUGUAACAAGAGGUCAAAACAGUUUAUACCUGUAGUAAACUCUUACAUAAGAAUAUGAGGAAUAAUGAUAACUUCUAUAUACAUUUAUGCACAUUAUUCUAACAAUAGAUUAGCUCAAACUCCUGAAAAAUCAUAUAUUGAAACCCUCCUUUUAUAACACGCUCAACAAGAGAUCUUUCCAGAGGAAUAUGCUCUCCUCCGGGGUAAGAAACAUGUUUCCAAGCAAAGUCCACUGGACAACCUAGCCCCUGAGUUUGAUUAUGUCACCAACCUAAUCAGAGUGGGUGGUCGCCUUCACAAAAGUGAGGACUUGGACUGUGAAAAUAUCCAUCCUAUAGCCCUUGAUCCCAAAAGCUGUUACCAAACUGCUGAUCAAAGAUUAUGACCAAAAGCUUCAACAUCCUGGUCCAAAAAGAGUCUUUGCCAGCCUACGGAAAAAUUACUGGAUCUUCCAUGGGAGGCAAGCAGUUAGGAAACAUCAGCAUGCAUGGAUUGCAAAAAAUGGAAAGCAAAACCCUUGGUCCCCCAAAUGGCUGAUUUACCAUCUGCAUCUAUUCAAGGCCCCCUUCUGGUCCACAGGGAUGGACUGCUUUGGACCCUGUCUUGUCAAAAUUGGACACUGAAAAGAGAAAGGUUGGGGGAUUCUUUUUAAAUGCCUCACUACUUGCUGUAUCCACAUUGAUUUCCUCUCCAACCUAGACACUGACAGUUUCCUGGAGGAGAGAGAGAGAGCUUCAGCAGACCUUUGACCAGAUGAACUCUCAAUGUACAAAGUCCACUUCAUAAGACAUCCCCCAAAUGCCCCACACUUUGGAGGAAUCUGGGAGAGGGAGGUGAGAGCCAUUAAAUCUGCCCUACGUGUUACCUUAUGUAACCAAUUUGUAAUAACCUAAUAAUAGCCAAGAGAACUGUGUUGAUGGAGGUUGAGGAAAUCCUGAACUCUAAACCCCUUGGUUAUGUGUCCUCUGAUCUGGCUGACCCUGAUCCAGUCACUCCAAAUCUUCUCCUCAUGGGUUGGCUGAAAGCAGCUCUUCCUCAGGUCGUCUACGCUCUCUCAGAACUUAUUGGGGCCAGGAAAUGGCAACAGUAAUGGUUGUUGACCCCAGUCUGCCUCGUGCAUCAUAGCCAAUUGGAAAAGUGCAGAAACUCCUCCCAAGCUCUGAUGGCAGAGUCGGGGUUGCAGAAAUUAUAAUUUAAAGGAAAAACCUAUGUGCAACCUGUCAGUCGGCUGGUCACCCAAUCUGAAUUAACAGAUGAUCCAAACCCCUUCCAUGAGCAUUUCCAAAGAGUCAAAUAUAUAUGAACAAUAUUUGAGGGGUAGCUUUGGAUACCUCCCCCUCCUCCUAUCUCUUGGCUCUCCUACCUGGCUCCCUGCAUGGGAGGAGCCAAGGAGUCAUUAAAGGCAGCAAGCUCACCUGCUGCAAACCCUUUCAGAACUCAGGAGACAAUAGAGCUGGCUCACAGAGAAACUCCUCCAGUAGCAUUCACUGUGUGUUUACCCUGUGAGUUUGAUUUGUUUAAAUUGCUGUACAACUCAUUACCUCUGCCAAUGAGGUUAUGUUUUUGAUAGGGUUGGUUUGUUUGUUUGUUUGUUUGUUUGUUUGUUUGUGAACAACUUUACGGAAACGUUACAGACAGAUUGACCUGAAAUUUUCACCAGAGGUGUGUCUCUGCCUCGGGGGGGAUCCCAUUACAAUUUGGUGGUGAUCCAGAUCGCCUUCUGGAUCCAGGAAUUUUUUUAAGGAUUCUUUAUCAUUGUAAGAUAGAGCAAAUUGUGGAAUUUUUGCUUUUAACUCUAAAAAAUGGCCAGAGUCUCUAGUAAAAAAAUUACACAAAAGGAUCUCAAUGAGUUUUAUGAGGUGUCAAAGGUUGAUCCUGAUCCAGACAAAAUUCCGGAUACUGUGAUCCAGAACACACAAAAAUAAGGGUGUUUUUGGAAUUUUCAAUGCUGAAGGAUAACCAAUGGGCGGCACAGUGGUGUAGAUGGGCGGCACAGUGGUGUAGUGGUUAGCACUGUUGCCUCACAGCAAGAAGGUCCUGGGUUUGAAUCCAGGUCAGGGCAUUUCUGUGUGGAGUUUGCAUGUACUCCCUGUGUCUGCGUUGGUUUACUCCGGGUACUCCAGUUUCCUCCCAUAUCCCAAAAACAUGCCUAAGUGGGGUAGGUUAAUUGGCCACUUCCGAAUUGCCCAUAGGUGUGAAUGUGAGUGUGGAUGGUUGUUCGUCUCUAUAUGUCAGCCCUGCGAUGAACUGGCGACUUGUCCAGGUUGUCCCCUGCCUUCGCCCGAAAGAUGCUGGGAUAGGCUCCAGCCCCCCCGCGACCCCGGGAACGGGAAUAAGCGGUAGAAAAUGAAAAUGGAAAGAUAACCAAUGAAGAUACAAGGAAGUGUCUGCUUACAAAUAUUGCAUAAUAAAUCAUGCAUUUAUGUAUCUAAUAUGAGCUUUGCUGUUUUAGGAACAUUAUGAACAGUGGACAUACCAGUUUAAACACAAAUAAAAGUUAACAAAAGACACGUAGCAGUAAAAGUUUUGGUGUGAAUCACAAUAUAAGGGGGGACAUGAGCUGCUUGGCGGAGGUCUGCACUCCCCGAGUGCUUUUCCAGUUUUUUACUCAUUAUCCUGACUAAUAUAUAAUUUUAUGGAUGUUUCUUAGUUUAAAUGUAUUAGACUCAUUUUAGUUACCUUGCUUUUGAUAUUAAUGGAAAUUAUGAUAUUGAUCCUGUUUGUAUUUAAUUUGAUUUACUUUGUUAUCCCUUUCUCACCCUCUCCAGAGAAACCAGCAGAAUGCAUGCUAAAUAAAACUCCUGUAGAGGCUUCAAACUCCUGCCCAUGUGCUUAUUUGUCCUUGCAGACAAACCAUUGUGUCGAAAUCCACCUUAGAUCAGCAUAAUCCUCAACAGUCUAAUAUCAUUCACUAAGAUUAAAAAAAAAAAAAAAAACAGAAGAUGAGAAACCUUCAUCCCCUUAGGGUGGUGAAAGUUGAAGUUUUACAUGUGAAACUGCAGAUGUUUGACCAAUGUAAUGUGUGGAAAUGUAUUGUUGAUUACCCUUGUCCAAUGGAAACCUGUAUGCAAAAUCUUUGAAAGAUACAAUGUUAGAAAGUGUUUAAUAUGGGGAAAUGCCCUGGGUUCCCCAGGAUCCCUGGGACUCUCUUUGACUUUCUAUGAAAACUUUUGUUGUCAGACUCUCCUUCUUGCAAGAAUUUAUUUACAAAGAAAAACAAGAACUUGGCUUUGAGUUACUUUCCCUUUGAAGAAACGAAUAAUUUCUUAAACAACCUAAUAAACACCUCUUUUAAACAAGAAUGACUUAUGACAAGGGCUGAGGCACAAGCAAUGUUACAUGAGAAGUCUGCUUUGUCAUAAACUAAGAAGGUCACAUUAUGAAGACACCAAAAAGGCAGGAAAGAUGCUUGCUUUCCUGUAAAAUAACUUGAUUAAAAACACUCAAUUUUUCUUGCUAGUAAUAGUAUAAUAUAGUAAUGGUAUGAUUACUAGAGAUGAGGGAGCUAUGAAUGACACUUUUAGAAGUUAUUUUUCAUCUUUAUGUUAAUCAGAAUUAGGGCUGCAGCUAUCGAUUAUUUUAGUAAUCGAGUACUCUAUCGAUUAAUCUGUCGAUUUAUCGAGUAAUCGGAUAAAAAAUGUUUUGCUCUUAUAUACAGUCUAUGGUUGAGACGCUUCUUCUUCUUCUUCUAGUUUAACGGCAGUUGGCACUCUUGUGUACGGUGCAUUACCGCCCUCUUCUGGCAAUUCUUAUGCAAAACCCUGUGCACCACCCAUUCCCAUCUCAUUCACUCACACUUUCAUACUCCUACUGACUAAAUCCUAUCAAUCAACCCCAUCACCCUUAAAAACUCGACUAACACUCUCACAUGUGCCCUGUCCCCCAUCUGUAAUACUCCCUUUAGUGUAAGGUCCUGCAUACCCAAUUCCCUCAACUUACUUCUCAUCUCUCCCCUUUCCAUCUCAUAUCUCCUACAACCCAUUAGUACAUGCUCCACUGACUCCUCCACCUGACAUCCCUCACAUAACCCAGUCUGGUGUUUCCCUAUCAUUUUCAGUGUUUUGUUUAAUGCGCAAUGACCCAACCUCAACCUUAUCAAUGCUGACCCUUCCUUUCUCUGUCCACUACCCAACCUCCUAACUUUAACACUCUCUUGAAUCUUAUAAAGAUGCCUUCCUCUCUUCUCACCCUCCCAUUUCUUCUGCCACAUUUGAAUAAGCUUUUCCCAUAUCAUACUCUUAACUUCCGCUUUACUUAACCUAACAUUCAGCUCCACUGAUUCCUUCCCUAACGCCUCCUUAGCCAUCACGUCUGCCUUCUCAUUUCCUUCCACCCCUAUAUGUGCUGGAACCCAUAAAAAACUGAUCUGGCCCCCCUGCUGUACUAUUCUUGUUACUGACUGUAAUAUUUCAUAUAAUAAACCCUGACGGCUGCUUGAAUGGAAUGAUCUAAUGCUAGUUAAAACUGAUGCUGAAUCCGUGCAUAUAACUACCCUCUUUACUCUAACUUUUUCCACCCAUUUCAGUGCAAUCAUCACCCCCAACAUCUCCACUGUGUUUACCGCUAGACCGUCUGAUGUCCUUCUAUUGAUUUCAAUUCCUCUCGAUGGCACCACUACCCCUAAUCCUGUCACCCCCGUCUCAGGUUGUUUUGCUCCAUCCGUGUAUACCUGAACAAAUCCGCUAUAUUCUUCCCUCAGGCGCUGAUUAACUACGCUGACCAAGCUUACCUGUCCUCCCUCUUUCCUUUUCUUUCCCAUUACACUCCAAUCCACUCUUGGCCAUAUCAUUCUCCAUGGUGGCAUUGCUGGAUACACUAUUGUUAGGUCUACCUCCAUCUCCCCCACCCCAAGCUCUGCUGUUAUUCUAUUCCCCAUCCUACCAAAAUGCUCCCUCUUACCUUUCCCCUCCUCCCAACACUCCUCUAUCACUCCUUUUGUGGGGUGGGUACCACUGCUGCCCUUUAAACUAACCCAGUAGUUUGCUAUGAGAUGUUUGCGCCUCAGGCAUAGCGGAAUCUCACCCAACUCCACCUGUACUGCAGGCACUGGUGACGUCCGGAAGGCCCCACUACAGAUCCUUAAUGCACUUGUCUGGAUCGUAUCUAGCUUUCCUAAAAGGGACUUUGCUGCUGAUCCAUAAACUAUACACCCAUAAUCUAUAACUGACCUAAUCAUAGCUACAUAUACUGUUUUUAAUGCAUCACAGCUUGCCCCCCAUUCUCUGCCUGCAAGACACCUCAUCACAUUCAACACUUUCCUGCACUUACCCUCUACCCGCUUGAUAUGAUCUGCCCAGGUUAACCUCUUAUCAAAUACCACCCCCAAAUACUUAAAUGCCUCAACCCUCUCCAGCUGCCUACCAUACAUACUCAAUGACACAUCUACUCCCACCCUCUUCCCGGUAAAAACUAUAGUUUGAGUCUUCUCUACUGAAAACCUACACCCCCAAUCUAAUCCCCACUCUGUCACCCCAUCAAUCGCUGUCUGCACCUUAGUGACUAAAUGUUUGGUGUUCCUCCCUCUCUUCCACAGUGCUCCGUCAUCUGCGAACAGUGAGCUUCCUAUAUCUGCUGGUACCUCUGAAAAAACAUCAUUAAUCAUGAUAAGAAACAAUAGUGGGCUAACUACGCUCCCCUGGGGAGUGCCGUUCCUUACUUCAUAUUUACUAGAUAUCUCUGACCCUAUUCUAACUUGAAUCUUCCUAUCAUUCAAAAAGUCCUUUACCCAAUUAAAAACUCUGCCCCCAAUCCCCAUCCCCUGCAACUUAAUCAGUAAUCCUUCCUUCCACAUCAUGUCAUAUGCCUUCUCUAUAUCAAAAAACACUACCACUACAGAUUCCUUAUUUGCCUGCGCCUUCCUCACCUCACUUUCUAGUCUCACCACUGCGUCCAUUGUGUUCCUACCUUUUCUAAAUCCGCUUUGGCAUCUCGCCAGCGUACCUCUCUUUUCAAGCACAUAUGUCAAUCUCUCUGUUACCAUUCUUUCCAUAAUUUUACAAAUGUUCGAAGUCAAAGCUAUUGGCCUGUAGCUAGAAGGAGAGCAUGGGUCCUUACCUGGCUUCCUGAUCGGUACUACCUCUGCUUCCUUCCAUACACUCGGUAUCCUUCCCUCCUCCCAUACCUUAUUAUACAAUUCUAACAUCCUGUUCAUCCCCUUUUCCCCUAAAUUUUUCAGCAUUACAUAGCUUACCUGAUCUCCCCCUGGAGCUGUAGGCUUUGCCUUCCCAACCGCUCUCACAAGCUCUGCCAUAGUAAAUCUGGUGUCUAUCUCCCCCCCUGAAUCCGUCCUCCUGUCUAGAGCACCUGGAUAUCUACUCUGAGUCAUCUCUCUUCUCCUCUUCCCCUCCAUUGUCAGAUUGUCUACACUAUGCACCUUUGCAAAUGCCCUGGCUAUCAUCUCAGCCUUUUCCUUAUCAUUUACUGCUGUCUCUCCUUCCUCUGUAAUUACAGGAUAUUCCCACUCCCUCCUGUCCCCUCCCAUCUUCCUUAUCAUACCCCAUACUUCUCCUACUGGUGUUGUUCUCCCUAUACCAUUACAAAACUGUCUCCAACUCUCCCUCUUUGUGCGUCAAACUACUCUCCUCACCAAUGCUUGUGCUCUCUGAUAUUCUAACAGACUUGCCAUAGUAUGGUUUUGUUUAAUCUUUCUGAAUGCUUUAUUUCGGGCUUUCACUGCCUUGCUACACUCCUCUGACCACCAUGGAACUAACUUCCUGGUCCUCCCAUUUCUGCUCCUCGGAAUAGCUUGAGUUGCUGCUGUGAUUAUUGCUGUUGUAACACUAUUGUUGACUUCUUCCACAUCCCUGUUUGUAUCAACUACCUCCAGUAGACCCUCACUCACCUCCCUAAAUUUAUUCCACUCUGCUUUACUGUACACCCAUUUCCGGAGCCCCCUACCCGCCCCCACCUCCACUCUUCCCCCUACUGUACACAUGAUUAAAUAAUGAUCACUACCUAGCGACUUUCCUGACAACACUUCCCAUUUACUGACUCCUGCCAAACUUGCUGAUACCAAUGUAAUAUCUAUAGCUGACUCAUUUCCUGUUCUGACAUCUAUUCUAGUCCCUCUCCCAUCAUUUAAACAUACUAAUUCCCUCUCCUCCAUUAGCUCCUCAACUACCCUACCAUCUACAUCUGUGUGUUUCCCACCCCACAAAGUGUUAUGUGCAUUAAAGUCUGCGCACCAGAUAACCUUUCGUCUAUCAACCCCUUUUAUCCUAACUAACCUAUCCAAUAUUAACCUCCCCCCUGGAUUAUAGUAGUUAACUAUAACCACCGCCUCCCCUCCCUCCCACAACUCUACCACUAUAUAUUCCUGCUCUUCCCCACUUUCUAUCAACCUAUGAGAAAUACCCUGCCUAAUAAAUAUUGCGCACCCUCCCCUUGCUUCUUCUUCACUCCUAUCCCUCCUGAUUGUCAUAUACCCACUAACCUUAAAAUCUAAGCUAGGUUUCAAAAAAGUUUCCUGAACACAAACUACGUCUGGCUGUAUCUUCAUCUUCCUUAUAUAGUGUUUCAUCUCCUGUCCAUUAGCCAUCAGGCUCCUAGCAUUCCACUGCAGCACCCGAACCAUGAGCAUGAGGUGACUUUCCUACCUCCUGGCUUCGACUCUGGUUCUUAAUCUCCGCCUCUAUCUCCUCCCACUUUAGUCCUUCCAUCCCCAGAUGAUCAGCUGCUGCCUUCACAAUAUAUUGUAUAUUGGUGGUCUUAGAUGUAGACUUGCUUGUUGAGUUGAUAGCUGCCACAAUAAAUACUAUUAACUGCCUUUUGUCUAUCCCUAUCCUAUCCUGAUCUGACUGCUCUCUCCCCAACCCCCAAGUCCCCUUUCUUCCACCACCCCCUGUCUCCUCUACUCCCUGUGACCUUUCCUCCCUCUGUCUUACCAUCUUUGCUGCCUCUGCAUAACUUAUCUUAUCUAGCACCCUGAUUUUCUGAACUUCUGCCUCCCUCUUCAUAACUGGACAACCCCCAAACGUGACACUAUGUUCCCCCCCACAGCUACAGCAUCUUGGCUUGGUACCCUCCCCACAUUUCCCAUACUCAUGGUCCCCAGUGCACCUCGCACAUCUCCUGUUCUCCUUACAAUAUCUUGCAAUGUGGCCAAAUGACUGACACUUGUAACACCUCAUCGGCUUCGGUAUAAAUGCCCUCACAAAAUAGCUAAUGUACUCUAGGUACACUUUAUCUGGGAUUACCUCUCCUUCAAAUUCUACCAACACUGUCUCAGUUGUCUUCUUUUCUGGACCCCUUGUCAUUCUUUUAACAUUGGCAAUUCCCGUGCCCCUAGCACGUAGCUUCUCCUUCAACUCCUCAUCCCCUACCUCGAUAGGAAUCCCAGUAAUCACUCCCUUACAUCUUCUCCCCUGCACUCCAACCCGCACUACCCUCACCACUCUACUCUCACCCACCUUAGUUAACUUCCUCACCAAGGCUUCCUGGACAUCACUUGAACAUUCCACAAUCAAAUUGCCGUCUCCCAAAACCCUCGCAUACUUCAGCUCUCCGCACUUCCCUGUCAGUUCCCUUGUCAGCUUAAACAGAUUCAUUUUCCCUAUCCCACCUCCCUCAGCAAACCGUAUAACCAACCUAGUUCCUUCCUCCCUGCUCUCUCCCUCAGAACUAAAACUCUCCAUGUCUUCUUCGUUCGAUGAAUUUUGACUGUUCAUUCUUGGUCUCUUUCCUUCUCUCCCCUGUCCCCCAUCCCCUUUCCCUACACUUCCAUCCUCCCUCCCAGCCCUAGACCCCCUCCUACCCCUACCUUUCAUCCCUAUCCGCUAAGGUUAUAGAAAAGAAAGAAAUAAAGAAAGAAAGAAAUAAAGAAAGCAAGGUAACGGGCACCGGUCCGGACCUAUACAGGCCGUCGGUCGAUACCCGUCCCCGGAAACCCUAACGUUAUUUUAAUCUGACCGAUUAUCUAAUUCACCCAGCUACAUCUCAGACGUAACUUUGCUUUAUCCUCCAAAGUACAUUCAUACACUCCAGUCACUUCAAUUCUCGUGCCCACACCGAACCACGAUGACGAUCACUUCCGCCCACCGUUGAGACGCUUGUGGCCUCGUUCCUUUUUAAAUCCUGGCCCCGGCUGCGUCGCUGUCCUCCAGUAACGCCCACAACGCAAUGAAUUGUGGGCAAUUUCAUAGCCAAAGUCCUCAACGGUACGGACUUACGGAAAGGGUGCAGAAAGGGGCGUUCCCGAGCCCUCGCUGACUUACCGAUUUCAUUUGGAACAACCCUCAAGCCCUUACAGAGCUCACAUGAGCGCGCACCUAAGUCAAUGAGUCAGUGAGGGGGUGGUUUGGAAUUGGGCCAAUGUCUAUGAAACGCGCGGCAGCGGAAGGAGCGGAAAGAGCACGCUGCUGCGCAACAGAAAUAACCGUCCGUGUCAAACACCGUGCGCUGCACAUGGUUCCGGAUUUAAACGAUUCCUCGAGGCAUAUAAUUUGCCUCGAGGAAUUUUAUUAAUCGAGUUACUCGAGUUACUCGAGUAAUCGUUUCAGCCCUAAUCAGAAUAUCAAGCCAAACAUCAAGAUUUAAAUAUUUUCUUCAAUAAUCUCAUUUAACAAUUUAAAAAUUUUAAAAUGAAUAUAAAAUCUCAAUUAAACAAGUAAGCACCUGGUUAUUCGGGUUUCACUGCAGUGUUUUAACAUUGUUUUUCAAAAGAAAUCAUGCCUAUGCUUGAUUACUUUUACAAUCAUACUGUGGAGGAACAGAUCAUUGCCAUCAUAUCAUUGCUGCCAAAACUAGGAAAAGAUCACUUAGAUGUAAAAAAAAAAAAAAAAAGCCUAUAGGCUGAUAAGUUUACUUCAAUAAUUAUACAUUUUUGCAAAAAAAGUUAACAAAUUGGCUGGAUGAAACUGUUCCAUUUUAAAUCAAUGUAGAUCAAGUUGGCUCUUCGUGAGCAACUUCUAUCUGAUAAUAAUUUUAUUCUGAAAAUAAUUCUGAUUCUGAUUAAUAUGCGAAGUCUCUUGCACACCAACUCUUGGUAUAGAGUUGGAGGGUUUGGCCAAAGUCAAUAAAAUUUCAUCCAGAUACAUAAUCAAUAUGAAAUCAUAACCCUCCUUAAAAAAAUUCCAGCCGACAGAAAAAUCCUUAUUUAUGGUUGUGAAUUCUUAUCUACUUAAAUGUCAAACCUCUUAAAUACCAAAAAAGAUGGUCUGCUCUGCCUCUGUCCGUACAGGGUAGGGCAGAAGUGCUAAAGAUCAGUGUGUUUCCAAGGUUGAAUGUCCUCUAUUCCUUUAUCUAUUCAGAAAUCUUGGUUUGAUAAUAUCAACGGAAUAUUCUCCUCUUUACGACGGAACACAAGAAGCUGGGAAUAUUUUAGAGAAAUUAACCCUCCCAAGAGACUUUGAACCUGAUGUAUAUUUGUGUUGUCUUGUAUUUAAAACCAGGCUUUCAUUUCUUUAAAUUUCCCAAAGAAUAUUUUGAUUAAAUUUAUGACACUGACAAAAAAAUCAGACUUUUAUCAUCAAACAGAGGAGCAGUCUCAAGUUUAUAUAAGUUGCUGUGUCAUGCCUCCCCAAACCAGAACUCAAAGACAGAGUCACAAUGGGAACUUGAUUCAGGGGUCAAAUGUACUACUGAAGAGUGUGGAAAACAUUAAGCAUGACAUAAAAACAACCUCAAAAUCUCUCUGAAGUAGAGUAAUACAGCUGAAAAUUCUUCAUAGAGCAUUAUAGAGCUGAAAGCUGAUCUAUGCAUGUGUAGGGCAAUUUGGACCAUUUGAGUGAAUUGAAUACUUAAGUAUGAGCAUGCACUGAUCUCUCCUACUUGUGUUGUUGUUAAUAUAUAACUGCUGUCUGGUUGUGUUUAUUGUUGUAAUACAAAAUUAUUAAAACUUUGAAUUUAAAGGGAAAAAAAAGAAACCGUGGAGGGCCGUACAGUCUAUGAUGCCGACUGAAAGGAGACAAAGAGGAGGGCGGAACAUUUGGUUGCCGCAGCUCCGCCUACGGAACUUUAUUGGUGUGACACAUGAAGGAAGUAAACGAGAAGAGGGCUUUUUUAAAGAAGCUGAGACAUCUGAGGACAAUCCAGUUUUCACAGCGCAACCUUCUUUUAAAUCUGCAACGAACCAACGAUGUCUGGAGCAGAAUCUCUCCGAGAGUUUGUGACCGAGCGGCUCGCUGCUGCUACUGAAGACAUUUUGGGAGUUUUUAACAGAACUGUGGUCCAGUACGAGGAAGAGCUGGACCGUCAACGCAGACUGUUGGAUUUGGUUUGGAAACCUCACAUUCACUUACACAGAAUCGGUAAGAAAAGCCAAGUUUAGACUGAAUAAUGAAGCAGACGCUCGGUUUAAAUCAGGGCUGCCUUUCCUCUCGGUUUCCAUGUAUAAACUGUGAAUAAAGACGGAGGAACAGCCCUGUCUUAGUUCAACAAUAACUGUGCUACCCCGACCCAUUUUGUUCCCCGCGAGCUGUAAUAAUGAUCCGGUAUCAAAACUCAUCAUGUGUACAGAAAUCAGGGGAAACCGAAGAAUGUCAGACGUGUGUGUUGUUUGGAAAAAAGGUGGUUUACUAUCACCUUACGGGGUACUUUUAAUUUCCCAAGCACAGUAAAGAAGGUAGGAAGGGGGGUUAAGUCUCUGACUUCAAUUCCUUAACUACCUCUCACCUUUUACCUGCGUGGUCGUUGAUGGGAAGAAGAGAAGACGGGGUUCAGAAGAGUUCUCAGUUGAAGCUCUAUUUAUUGAUUGUAGUGAGUCAUGAAUGAACAGAGUCUCAGGGUUCAGAAUUAGCUCGCCUUAGCAAACAGUCAUCGUAGAGGUCUGAGCGCUUCAGAACUGAAUCGCUUCUUUUUAUGUAAUCCUCAGUUUCACACAGCUCACACAAAAGGGCUUCAUCAGCUUUCCUGACCAGUCCACUACACUGAUGUUUUAAACAAGACCACAGACACACUGAGUGAAGUUGGUUCUUCCUCUUUUUGCUCUAUCUUACUACUUUUUUUCUGCAUAGUAUUAAAACUUAUUAUACAUUGUGUUUUUAUGUCAUUUAUCAUGCGAGAGUCUAUCAGUAAGUAUUGUACCUUAUCCUGCAGAUCUUCCACAACAACAUGACUGUGAGGAGGACGAGGUUGUCUCAGACCUGCAGCCCUGUAACCAGGAGAGGAACUCCAGUCCGGACCAAGAAGACCCAGAGCCUCUACAGAUUAAAGAUGAAAAGGAGGAAUUCUACACCGGUCAGGACAGAGAGCAGCUUGAACCAAAGCAGGAGACUGAGCACUUGAUGUUAACUCUAACCUGUCAGGAAAGUGAGAACACUGAAGCAGAAGUAAGGAAGGACGACCAGUUCCAUUCUCAAAACUCUCAUGAGGCUGCAAACCAAGAUCCAGAGAAAGACAAGCUCACGGAGUCAGAAUCAACCUCAAAAUCAGAACAACACCCCCCAAAAAAAGUUCACAAAAGAAGUCAGAAGACAAAACAGCCGAAGGUUCACUGUGAUCCUCAACAAGGUGAAAAGACUUUUAAAUGUGACACAAAUAGGGAAACAUUUACCAGCAAUUCAAAUAUUCAGACACAUCUUGGUGUUCCCACCGGUAAAAAGAAGCAUGCUUGUGAGAGGUGUGGGAAGAUAUUCAGGUACAGGCAUUUGCUGACAAAUCAUGCAAGAUCACACACAGGUAAGGGACUGUACUCCUGUGAGAAAAACUUCGGUUGGAAACCAGAUUUGAAAAAGCACAUGCGAAUUCACACAGGGAGAAAGCAUGCAAUCUGCAAGACAUGCAACAAAUCUUUUAUCAGUACAAGUAACCUGAGAACGCACAUGAGAACUCACACAGGUGAGAGACCAUACUCCUGUAGCACUUGUGGGAAGAGCUUCGCUGUGAAUUCAAAUUUAAAGACGCACAUGCUUAUUCACUCAGGAGAAAAGCUGUUCACCUGCAAAACAUGCAGUAAAUCUUUUUACAGGAAAGAUAACCUAAGCAGGCACAUGAGAACACACACAGGUGAAAAGCCGUACUCCUGUGGCACCUGUGGUAGAAGCUUCGGUCGCUGUACAAAUUUAAAAACGCACAUGCUAAUUCACUCAAGAGAAAAUCUGAUCACCUGUAAAAUAUGCAACAAAUCUUUUGUCAGUACAAGUACCCUGAGAACGCACAUGAGAACACACACAGGUGAAAAACCAUACUCCUGUGGCACAUGUGGGAAGAGGUUCUGUUGGAAUUCAAUUUUAAAAACGCACAUGCUCAUUCACUCAGGAGAAAAGCUGUUCACCUGCAAAACAUGCAGCAAAUCUUUUAGCAAUAAGGAUAAACUGAGAACGCACAUGAGAACACACACAGGUGAGAGACCAUACUCCUGUGGCACGUGUGGGAAGAGCUUUGGUCGGACUUCAACUUUAAAAACACACAUGCUCAUUCACUCAAGAGAAAAUCUGACCACCUGCAAAACAUGCAACAAAUCUUUUAGCAAUAAGGAUUACCUGAGAAUGCACAUGAGAACACACACAGGUGAGAGACCAUACUCCUGUGGCACGUGUGGGAAGAGCUUUGGUCGGACUUCAACUUUAAAAACACACAUGCUCAUUCACUCAGGAGAAAAGCUCUUCACCUGCAAAACAUGCAGCAAAUCGUUCUUCAGUUCAGAUAAACUGAGAAGCCACAUGAGAACACACACAGGUGAGAAACCGUACACCUGUAGUACCUGUGGGAAAAGCUUCAGUUGGAAUUCAAAUUUAAAAACGCACAUGCUUGUUCAUUCAAGAGGAAAGCUGUUCACUUGAAAAGCAUGCAGAAAAGAGAUGCUUCUUUAACGGAAUCCAACCUAACCCACCUGUAAGAUAUAUUUUACUGUGACUUUUCCUAACUGAAAUACUUGUUCUUUUGAAUGUCCUGUUUCCUUCCUCUGGAUGAACAAUUUUGUUUUUUCUUUUACUUCUGAGCUUCUUUGGUUGGCUGUUUUUUUCCCAGAAUAUUUGGAUCUGUUUAUUUGUUGUAAUAACUUGUUUAUAUUACAAUCUACAACAAAUUUGAUUUAGUUGACUGUAGCUGUAAUGCUGAUAAAGGUCAGUGAUGAGAAUAUGGUGACCAAUAAACUUGGACUGUUAAAACAAAAUUCAUAGUAAUGCAUUUUGUAUCCUGGUUUCAUAGAAGUGAACCAAAAGAGGACAGAGCUUUAAAUCAAAACUGGAUGGUCCUGAUCUUCAGGCCCUCAGACUGCUCUGCAUUAAAAACAGACUGGACUCUGGAGUGGAAUUCACUGCAUGGGUUCAAAAUCCGAUCAUCACGAACUUCAAGGACAGAGGUUCAAUUAUUGUGAAGAAGGCUUCAGGGUGCCUAAGAAAAGCCCAUCAAGAGCCAGGACUGCCUCCUAAAGUUGAUUUAGCUGCAGGAUCGGGGCACCACACGCGCAGAGCUUGCUUAGGAAUGGCAGCAAGCGGGUUUGAGUGCAUCCGCAUGUACAGUGAGGCAAAGACUUUUGGAGGAAUAAGAAGAACUUUAUUAAUCACCAAAGAGAAAUUCAAUUGUCUGUUGUGUCAGAUAAUAUGUCUUAAAAACAUAUCUACUAUUUACACAAGAGUUAUAAAGUCUGAUGGCUGUGGGUACAAAAGAUCUUCUGAAUCUUUCUGUCCUGCAGCGAAGAGAGAGGAGCUGUCCACCACCAUUGGCCUUUGGUCCAUCAAGGUGUUGUGAAGUGGGUGAUCCAUGUUCUUUAGAAUAGACUCCACCUUCCUCAGUGUAGAUCUCUCCACCACAUCCUUCACUGAGUCCAGCUUGAGUCCAACCACAGAGCCAGCCUUUUCCACAAGUUUGUUAAGUCGUCUUGCAUCUUUGUGUUUGAUGCUUCUUCCCCAGCAGACUGCAGCGUAGAAACAGAACACUUGCUGUUAAAUUAUCUGCAGCGUCUUACUACAGAAGUCUUUUGAUCGGAGUCUUUGAUGUCUGGCGUAUACAGUGUGAACAGGAAUUGCGCCAGCACUGUCCCUUAUGGAGCCCCUGUGCUGCUCAUUAAUGUCCCAGAAACACAGUUCCCCAGCCUGACAAACUGUGGCCUUCCUGUGAUCCAGGAAACACAGGAAGGAUCCACUCCUAUCUCUGUGAGCUUGUCUUUGAGUAUGGUUGGUUGGAUGGUGUGAAAUGCACAUGAAAAGUCAAAGAACACGAUCCUCGCAUAAACCCCAGGUUUCUCCAGAAUGACACAGGGCACGGUGAAGCAUGUAGAGGACAGCAUCAUCCACUCCAAUCUUUUCUUUGUAUGCAAACUGCAGGGAAUCCAGUUUGUCUUUGACCUCAGACCUCAGAAGGCCUAGAAUCAGCCACUCCAGGGUUUUCAUGAUGUGUGAAGUGAGGGCCACUGGUCUGUAGUCAUUGAGUUCAGCAGGACAUUUUGUUUUUGGUACUACCACAAUGCAGGAUGUUUUCCACAGAGCAGGUACCCGCCCCAGCUGUAGACUCAGGUUGAAGAUCUUGUGGAGAGGUUGACACAGUUCUGUAGCACCGUCUCUAAGCAGCCUUGGACACACGCCAUCUAGACCAGCUGCCUUCCCAGGACAAAGUCUUCCAAACUCCAUCCUCAUCCCUGUUGCCUGGAGUCAAGCAGAGCAGCAAAGAAGCCACUUCUCUACAGAAAUUAAAAAUAAUAAUAAUAACAGAGACAGAAUGGAAUUCUUCAAAAGUACAGGGAUUGGAUUGCUGAAGACUGGGGUAAAGUCACUUUCUCUGAUGAAUCCCCUUUCCAAUCGUUUGGGGCAUCUGCAAAAAAGCUUGUCUGGAGAAGAAAAGGUGAGCACUACCAUCAGUCCUGUGUCAUGAAAGCAGUCUUGCAUCCUGAGACUAUCCAUGUGUGGGGUUGCUUCUCAGUCAAGGCAGUGGGCUCAUUCACAAUUUUGCCCAAGAACACAGCCAUGAACAAAGAAUGGUACCAAAACAUCCUUAGAGAGCAACUUCUCCUGACCAUUCAAGAUCAGUUUGGUGACGAACACUGCCUUUUCCAGUAUGAUGGAGAACCGUGCUAUGAGGCAAAAAUCAUAACUAAGUGGCUAAAGGAAAAAAAGAAAAAAACUAAAAAUUUUGGGUCUAUGGCCAGGAACCUCCCCAGACCUUAAUCCCAUAGAGAACUUGUGGUCAAUCCUCAAGACGUAGGUGGACAAACCAAAACUAAAAAAUUGACAUUUAUGAAAUGCUUGUAAUUAUACUUCAGUAAAACAUAGAAACAUCUGACAAAAAGAUCUAAAAACACUGAAGCAGCAGAAUUUUUGAAAAUUAAUAUUUGUAUCAUUCUCAAAACUUUUGGCCACGGCUGUAUUAGUAUCAUGGAGGAAAUGUAGAAAUCAAGAGCAGGGAAUAAUUUAUAGAUCACAAUGGAGUUUGAACAACUCAUUAAAAGAUAAAACUUUUGUCUUAUUCAUCACAAAAAAAAUUCAAAGAAUUCAUUAGAAUAGAUAUGAACCCACUAACUUCUAUUUCAGCAGUUUGGGAGGCAUUUAAAGCAACCUGUAUGAGCUGGACUGUCAGUUAUGCAUCCAAUAAAUUUUUUGCAAAAAUGUUAACAAAAUGGCUGGAUGAAACUGCUCCAAAUUUAAUUCAUGUGGACCAGUGGCGGCUGCUGGCCUUUAAGGAGGGGAAGCUCAUUUUUCUGGCCUACAUCAUAAUUGUGUUUGUUUAUUUGUAUGUAACAGAACAGAGUCACCAAACACAACGGCAGUCGUUUUUAACAAAGACAAAAGUCGCUGAGGAUCGGCAAAGUCUCCGGAGCAGUUAAGAACAAUGGAAUGAAUAACUUGGAAAAUGCUCUGGUAGAUGUUUUAUUCUUCAAGAUCGCUGAUUCGCUUAUUUAGCUGUCAAUCAAAAAAGGAUUUCGCCUCAGACAGCACAUCCAAUCAUGGAUGCAGAAGCUCAGCGUCUGCGAGAAAGUUGGGACCGCCCUCUCGUCAUAGAACUCCAGAGACACUGAGCGUACGAUGGGCGGGACAAAGCACAGCAUUUGUCCAAUGAGCGUCUAGUUUCACUGCUGGAACAACCCACCUUGGGCUUCCACAUUGAAGUCAGCAGAUGCUGAGCGUCCGGCUGUGUGAAGCGCUGAGGCGCUGCGAGGAUGAAUGAGAAUGAAGUUGUGCCGGAUACCUGUGAUUAUCAGCUUCUUAUCACAGUGUGAUAAGAAUACAAAGCUCCUUCCAAUGAUGGCGUUCUACUUGAGAAGACUGUCCUCAAUCCCCUUUACUCUUUAUUUCAGCCUUAGAACUGUUGGCAUGUGCUAUCUGACAAGACAAAGAAAAUACAGACAUGGCUUUACUUUUCAUCCAAUUUACUUUGUUAACUAAAAGGCUGCUAAAUGACUAAAUAAUUUCUGAAAGUCUUAGUACAGAGUUUGAGGGUUUGGCGAAAGUCAAUAGAAUGUCAUCCAGAUACAUAUUCCAUUUGAAAUCAUACCCCCUCCAAAAAAAAAAAAAUCCAGGCAAAAUAAAAAUUCUUAUUUACUAUUGUGAAUUCUUAUUAACUUAAAUGUCAAACAUCUAUUAAAUACCACAAAGGGAUACCUUAAAAGAUGAACUGCUCUGCCUCUGUCCUUACAGGGUAGGGAAUGACAAGAUGCUUAGAGUAUUUGGGAGAAAUUAACCCUCCCAAGAGACUUUGAAGUUUAUAUAAGUUGCUGUGUCAUGCCUCCCCAAACCAGAACUCAAAGACAGAGUCACAAUAGGAACUUGAUUCAGGGGUCGAAUAUACUACUGAAGAGUGUGGAAAACAUUAAGCAUGACAUAAAAACAGCCUCAAAAUCUUUCUGAAAUAGAGUAAUACAGCUGAAAAUUCUUCAUAGAGCAUUAUAGGGAUAAAACCUGAUCUAUGCAUGUGUAGGGCAAUUUGGACCAUUUGAAUGAAUGGAAUAUUUUCUUAAGUAUGAGCAUGCACUGAUCUCUCCUACUUGUGGUGUUGUUGUUAAUAUAUAACUGCUGUCUGAUUGUGUUUAUUGUUGUAAUACAAAAUUAUAUAUAUAUAUAUAUAUAUAAAAAAAAAAAAAAGAAACCGUGGAGGGCCCUGCAGUCUACGAUACAGACUGAAAGGAGACAACGAGGAGGGCGGAACAUUUGGUUGCCGUAGCUCCGCUUACAGAACUUUAUUGGUGUGACACAUGCAGGAAGUAAACGAACAGCGUCGGGUUGUUUUUGAAGAAGCUGAGAUAUCUGAGGACAAUCCAGUUUUCACAGCGCAACCUUCUUUUAAAUCUGCAACGAACCAACGAUGUCUGUAGCUGAAUCUCUCCGAGAGUUUGUGACCGAGCGGCUCGCUGCUGCUACUGAAGACAUUUUGGGAGUUUUUAACAGAACUGUGGUCCAGUACGAGGAAGAGCUGGACCGUCAACGCAGACUGCUGGAUUUGGUCUGGAAACCCCACAUUCACUUACACAGAAUCGGUAAGAAAAGCCAAGUUUAGACUGAAUAAAGAAGCAGAAGCUCGGUUUGAAGCUCUAUUUAUUGAUUGUAAUGAGUCAAGAAUGAACAACAGAGUCUCAGGGCUCAGAAUUAGCUCGCUGUAGCAAACAGGCAUCUUAGAGGUCUGAGCGCUUCAGAACCUCGACUAAGGUUCCCUUGAACCCUUUAUACACGCCUAUCUGGAUGGUUUAAACAAGAUCACAGACACACUGAGUGAAGUUGGUUCUUUCUCUUUUUACUCUCUCUAACUACUCUUUUCUGCAUAGUAUUAAAACUUAUUUUACAUUGUGUUUUUAUGUCAUUUAUCAUGCUACAGUCUAUCAGUAAGUAUUGUACCUCGUCCUGCAGAUCUUCCACAACAACAUGACUGUGAGGACAAGGUUGUCUCAGACCUGGAGCCCUGGAACCAGGAGAGGAACUCCAGUCCAGACCAAGAGGACCCAGAGCCUCUACAGAUUAAAGAUGAAAAGGAGGAAUUCUGCACCAGUCAGGACAGAGAGCAGCUUGAACCAAAGCAGGAGACUGAACACUUGAUGUUAACUCUAACCUGUCAGGAAGGUGAGAACACUGAAGCAGAAGUAAGGAAGGAUGACCAGUUGCUUUCUCACAACUCUCGUGAGGCUGCAAACCAAGAUCCAGAGAAAGACAAGCUCACAGAGUCAGAAUCAACUUCAAAAUCAGAACAACACCCCCCCAAAAAAGAGUUCACAAAUGAAGGAGUCCCUCUUAGGAUCAGAGUACUAUUUAUUAAUGUAAUAAUACUAUCACAGUGACUCAUGGCAAACAACAGUUGCUCUUUUACUUAUUUUUCACCCCUGCCCCUCAAACUCUGAGUAUACCACUUGUGGUAUCUGUAAAAAUGUAUGUCCUCUGCCUGCUGACUUUAAUUUUGUGAUCUCAGACAAAAGUAGAUGCCCAGUGCACAGCACCAUCAGUCCUUUUCACUUUGUGCAGAGGAAGACAGGUUAAGCAGAUUCACCUCACAAACGAGGACUGAAUCGCUCCUUCUUAGUUUCACACAGCUCACACAAAAGGCAGGGUUUUUCCUGCGUUCAAAAUUGCGUGGCGGCCGCCUCCACCUAAUUUUGUGCCGCCCCCAGCCAGAGCGAUUGAUUUCGCUCAACACAGCGUAAAGCUCCAGCUGUGUUGAUUGAGCGUAUGAUGUCCCUCUGCAGCGGCAACGUAUUUUAACUGCAGUUGCAGCGUUGCACCACUAUAGAGGCGCUAUAUCAACAGCAGUGCACCGGAAAGACCUGAAGCAUCUACCGAAGAAGGAACGGAUCGAAUCAUGUUUUUUUCCCGCUAGUUGGUGCUAUCGGCGUCCUGAUUUUCCCUGGCGGCUGGACACAAACAGGUAAAUACUGCUUGUCUUUUUUGCAUCCGAGCAUGACGUGUUUAUUUAAAAAAAAAGUUUACUCCGUUUUUAGCGUUGCAGUUAUGACAGGCAAAAUCAGCCAGUACUUUAAAAAGCGACCUCGCGAGGAGGAAAGUCAAGAGUCCAGGUGAAACACAGCAGAGAGAAAAAAGGAACAGGCAGUUAAAAUGCUAUAAUUCAUGUUGGUGACAACGUGGAAAUUUGUGUCAGGUCUGAAAGUACUUCACAAGGGACUGGUGAUCGCGAGGGUCAGAAUGCAGGACAGGACGAGUCGGCGAGGCGAGGGUAAUUAAUUAAUUAGUUUCCAAUUAGGAGCAUAACAACGCAAAACCAACGUGUACGUGGUUUUUUAUUCCUCUUUCCAGAUCUUCUCAAAAACACAGAGCCAGUGGCUUUGACAAACAGUGGCUCAAUCAAUGUACCUGGUUCAGGCAUACUGAGGAAUGCAUGCACUGCUAUUUAUGCCAAAAGCACUGUGCCCCAACACAGCAGGUAAUUGCUGCCUCCUUAGUGAGACAGCCAUCAACCAACUACAGGCUGGACACAUUAGAAAGACAUGAGGUGACAGUCGUUCACAAAGCAGCAGAAGAGAAGGAGAAAUAUAUUAAAGAUGGUCGUACCUAAAAACACUCAACUAAUAAAGUUACAAAAACUAAAAUAACAUAGUUUAGAUAGUUUAAGAAAUAAUUGGUUGUCGUUUUUUAGGGAGGACACUGCAACGUAUACAUAUAUAUAAUAUAUGAUUGAAAACACUAUCACUCUUCAUGUCUGUAUCAGAAUAAAAACAAAAAUACUUAAUGCAUGAUGAAUUGUUUUGUUUAAGGUGAAGACACCUCUGUGGAACAGACUGAAGGAGAGGCACUUGGAUGUCUGUUGUAAGGUGGCCGUUGAUGGACCAGACCAGGAGGCCUUGGACUACAAGGAGUGCAUGAGGAGGUUCUACAGAAUGAAAAAGAGGAGGCUGAAAUGUACUGUCUGGUUGUGAGAUGUGUGGAUGAAGUGUACUUUCAAUUUAAAGUUGCCAGCUGAUUUGUGUAUGUAUAUAGUUUUAAUAAAUGAAUGCUUUAACAUGAUAAUGGUCACACUCUUUUUUGAACUCUUAACUUAAAGUAUGUUGCCUGUAAAAGAAAGUGAGUCAGUUGAAUUUACAAAUACAUGCACGUCAUGGUGCAUGGUCAGGAUGGUGCCACCUCUGCCUCAAUUUGAGCCAGGAAAAACCCUGCAAAAGGGCUUCAUCAGGUUUUCCUGACCAGUCCACUACACUGAUGGUUUAAAGAAGAUCACAGACACACUGAGUGAAGUUGGUUCUUUCUCUUUUUACUCUUUCUAACUACUCUUUUCUGCAUAGUAUUAAAACUUAUUUUAUAUUGUGUUUUUAUGUCAUUUAUCAUGCUAGAGUCUAUCAGUAAAUAUUGUACCUCAUCCUGCAGAUCUUCCACAACAACAUGACUGUGAGGAGGACGAGGUUGUCUCAGACCUGGAGCCCUGGAACCAGGAGAGGAACUCCAGUCCGGACCAAGAGGACCCAGAGCCUCAACAGAUCAAAGAUGAAGAGGAGGAAUUCUGCACCAGUCAGGACAGAGAGCAGCUUGAACCAAAACAGGAGACUGAACACUUGAUGUUAACUCUAACCUGUCAGGAAGGUGAGAACACUGAAGCAGAAGUAAGGAAGGAUGACCAGUUGCUUUCUCACAACUCUCGUGAGGCUGCAAACCAAGAUCCAGAGAAAGACAAGCUCACAGAGUCAGAAUCAACUUCAAAAUCAGAACAACACCCCCCCAAAAAAGAGUUCACAAAUGAAGGAGUCCCUCUUAGGAUCAGAGUACUAUUUAUUAAUGUAAUAAUACUAUCACAGUGACUCAUGGCAAACAACAGUUGCUCUUUUACUUAUUUUUCACCCCUGCCCCUCAAACUCUGAGUAUACCACUUGUGGUAUCUGUAAAAAUGUAUGUCCUCUGCCUGCUGACUUUAAUUUUGUGAUCUCAGACAAAAGUAGAUGCCCAGUGCACAGCACCAUCAGUCCUUUUCACUUUGUGCAGAGGAAGACAGGUUAAGCAGAUUCACCUCACAAACGAGGACUGAAUCGCUCCUUCUUAGUUUCACACAGCUCACACAAAAGGCAGGGUUUUUCCUGCGUUCAAAAUUGCGUGGCGGCCGCCUCCACCUAAUUUUGUGCCGCCCCCAGCCAGAGCGAUUGAUUUCGCUCAACACAGCGUAAAGCUCCAGCUGUGUUGAUUGAGCGUAUGAUGUCCCUCUGCAGCGGCAACGUAUUUUAACUGCAGUUGCAGCGUUGCACCACUAUAGAGGCGCUAUAUCAACAGCAGUGCACCGGAAAGACCUGAAGCAUCUACCGAAGAAGGAACGGAUCGAAUCAUGUUUUUUUCCCGCUAGUUGGUGCUAUCGGCGUCCUGAUUUUCCCUGGCGGCUGGACACAAACAGGUAAAUACUGCUUGUCUUUUUUGCAUCCAAGCAUGACGUGUUUAUUUAAAAAAAAGUUUACUCCGUUUUUAGCGUUGCAGUUAUGACAGGCAAAAUCAGCCAGUACUUUAAAAAGCGACCUCGCGAGGAGGAAAGUCAAGAGUCCAGGUGAAACACAGCAGAGAGAAAAAAGGAACAGGCAGUUAAAAUGCUAUAAUUCAUGUUGGUGACAACGUGGAAAUUUGUGUCAGGUCUGAAAGUACUUCACAAGGGACUGGUGAUCGCGAGGGUCAGAAUGCAGGACAGGACGAGUCGGCGAGGCGAGGGUAAUUAAUUAAUUAGUUUCCAAUUAGGAGCAUAACAACGCAAAACCAACGUGUACGUGGUUUUUUUAUUCCUCUUUCCAGAUCUUCUCAAAAACACAGAGCCAGUGGCUUUGACAAACAGUGGCUCAAUCAAUGUACCUGGUUCAGGCAUACUGAGGAAUGCAUGCACUGCUAUUUAUGCCAAAAGCACUGUGCCCCAACACAGCAGGUAAUUGCUGCCUCCUUAGUGAGACAGCCAUCAACCAACUACAGGCUGGACACAUUAGAAAGACAUGAGGUGACAGUCGUUCACAAAGCAGCAGAAGAGAAGGAGAAAUAUAUUAAAGAUGGUCGUACCUAAAAACACUCAACUAAUAAAGUUACAAAAACUAAAAUAACAUAGUUUAGAUAGUUUAAGAAAUAAUUGGUUGUCGUUUUUUAGGGAGGACACUGCAACGUAUACAUAUAUAUAAUAUAUGAUUGAAAACACUAUCACUCUUCAUGUCUGUAUCAGAAUAAAAACAAAAAUACUUAAUGCAUGAUGAAUUGUUUUGUUUAAGGUGAAGACACCUCUGUGGAACAGACUGAAGGAGAGGCACUUGGAUGUCUGUUGUAAGGUGGCCGUUGAUGGACCAGACCAGGAGGCCUUGGACUACAAGGAGUGCAUGAGGAGGUUCUACAGAAUGAAAAAGAGGAGGCUGAAAUGUACUGUCUGGUUGUGAGAUGUGUGGAUGAAGUGUACUUUCAAUUUAAAGUUGCCAGCUGAUUUGUGUAUGUAUAUAGUUUUAAUAAAUGAAUGCUUUAACAUGAUAAUGGUCACACUCUUUUUUGAACUCUUAACUUAAAGUAUGUUGCCUGUAAAAGAAAGUGAGUCAGUUGAAUUUACAAAUACAUGCACGUCAUGGUGCAUGGUCAGGAUGGUGCCACCUCUGCCUCAAUUUGAGCCAGGAAAAACCCUGCAAAAGGGCUUCAUCAGGUUUUCCUGACCAGUCCACUACACUGAUGGUUUAAAGAAGAUCACAGACACACUGAGUGAAGUUGGUUCUUUCUCUUUUUACUCUUUCUAACUACUCUUUUCUGCAUAGUAUUAAAACUUAUUUUAUAUUGUGUUUUUAUGUCAUUUAUCAUGCUAGAGUCUAUCAGUAAAUAUUGUACCUCAUCCUGCAGAUCUUCCACAACAACAUGACUGUGAGGAGGACGAGGUUGUCUCAGACCUGGAGCCCUGGAACCAGGAGAGGAACUCCAGUCCGGACCAAGAGGACCCAGAGCCUCAACAGAUCAAAGAUGAAGAGGAGGAAUUCUGCACCAGUCAGGACAGAGAGCAGCUUGAACCAAAACAGGAGACUGAACACUUGAUGUUAACUCAAACCUGUCAGGAAGGUGAGAACACUGAAGCAGAAGUAAGGAAGGAUGACCAGUUCCUUUCUCACAACUCUCAAGAGGCUGCAAACCAAGGUCCAGAGAAAGACAAGCGCACAGAGUCAGAAUCAACUUCAAAAUCAGAACAACACCCCCCCAAAAAAGUUCCCAAAAGAAGUCAGAAGACGAAACAGCCUGAGGUUCACUCUGAUCCUCAACAAGGUGAAAAGACUUUUAAGUGUGACACAAAUAGGAAAACAUUUACCAGCAAUUCAAAUACACAGACACAUGUAAGUGUUUUCACUGGUAAGAAGAAGCAUAUUUGUGAGUGGUGUGGGAAGAUAUUCAGAUACAGGCAUUUGCUGACAAAUCAUGCAAGAUCACACGCAGGUAAGGGACUGUACUCCUGUGAGAAAAGCUUCGGUUGGAAACCAGAUUUGAAAAAGCACAUGCAAAUUCACACAGGGAGAAAGCAUGCAAUCUGCAAAACAUGCAACAAAUCUUUUAUCAGUACAAGUAAACUGAGAACGCACAUGAGAACACACACAGGUGAGAGACCAUACUCCUGUAGCACUUGUGGGAAGAGCUUCGCUGUGAAUUCACAUUUAAAGACGCACAUGCUUAUUCACUCAGGAGAAAAGCUGUUCACCUGCAAAACAUGCAGUAAAUCUUUUUACAGGAAAGAUAACCUAAGCAGGCACAUGAGAACACACACAGGUGAAAAGCCGUACUCCUGUGGCACCUGUGGUAGAACCUUCGGUCGCCGUACAAAUUUAAAAACACACAUGCUAAUUCACUCAAGAGAAAAUCUGAUCACCUGUAAAACAUGCAACAAAUCUUUUGUCAGUACAAGUACCCUGAGAACGCACAUGAGAACACACACAGGUGAAAAACCAUACUCCUGUAGCACAUGUGGGAAGAGGUUCUGUUGGAAUUCAAAUUUAAAAACGCACAUGCUUAUUCACUCAGGAGAAAAGCUGUUCACCUGCAAAACAUGCAGCAAAUCUUUUAGCAAUAAGGAUAAACUGAGAACGCACAUGAGAACACACACAGGUGAGAGACCAUACUCCUGUGGCACGUGUGGGAAGAGCUUUGGUCGGACUUCAACUUUAAAAACACACAUGCUCAUUCACUCAAGAGAAAAUCUGACCACCUGCAAAACAUGCAACAAAUCUUUUAUUAAUAAGGAUUACCUGAGAAUGCACAUGAGAACACACACAGGUGAGAGACCAUACUCCUGUGGCACGUGUGGGAAGAGCUUUGGUCGGACUUCAACUUUAAAAAUACACAUGCUCAUUCACUCAGGAGAAAAGCUCUUCACCUGCAAAACAUGCAGCAAAUCGUUCUACAGUUCAGAUAAACUGAGAUUGCACAUGAGAACACACACAGGUGAGAAACCAUACUCCUGUAGUACCUGUGGGAAAAGCUUCAGUGGGAAUUCAAAUUUAAAAGCGCACAUGCUUGUUCAUUUAACAGGAAAGCUGUUCACUUGAAAAGCAUGCAGAAAAGAGAUGCUUCUUUAACGGAAUCCAACCUAACCCACCUGUAAGAUAUAUUUUACUGUGACUUUUCCUAACUGAAAUACUUGUUCUUUUGAAUGUCCUGUUUCCUUCCUCUGGAUGAACAAUUUUGUUUUUUCUUUUACUUCUGAGCUUCUUUGGUUGGCUGUUUUUUUCCCAGAAUAUUUGUAUCUGUUUAUUUGUUGUAAUAACUUGUUUAUAUUACAAUCUACAACAAAUUUGAUUUAGUUGACUGUAGCUGUAAUGCUGAUAAAUGUCAGUGAUGAGAAUAUGGUGACCAAUAAACUUGGACUGUUAAAACAAAAUUCAUAGUAAUGCAUUUUGUAUCCUGGUUUCAUAGAAGUUAACCAAAAGAGGACAGAGCUUUAAAUCAAAACUGGAUGGUCCUGAUCUUCAGGCCCUCAGACUGCUCUGCAUUAAAAACAGACUGGACUCUGGAGUGGAAUUCACUGCAUGGGUUUAAAAUCCGAUCAUCACGAACUUCAAGGACAGAGGUUCAAUUAUUGUGAAGAAGGCUUCAGGGUGCCUAAGAAAAGCCCAUCAAGAGCCAAGACUGCCUCCUAAAGUUGAUUUAGCUGCAGGAUCGGGGCACCACACGUGCAGAGCUUGCUUAGGAAUGGCAGCAAGCGGGUUUGAGUGCAUCCGCAUGUACAGUGAGGCAAAGACUUUUGGAGGAAUAAGAAGAACUUUAUUAAUCACCAAAGAGAAAUUCAAUUGUCUGUUGUGUCACAUAAUAUGUCUUAAAAACAUAUCUACUAUUUACACAAGAGUUAUAAAGUCUGAUGGCUGUGGGUACAAAAGAUCUUCUGAAUCUUUCUGUCCUGCAGCGAAGAGAGAGGAGCUGUCCACCACCAUUGGCCUUUGGUCCAUCAAGGUGUUGUGAAGUGGGUGAUCCAUGUUCUUUAGAAUAGACUCCACCUUCCUCAGUGUAGAUCUCUCCACCACAUCCUUCACUGAGUCCAGCUUGAGUCCAACCACAGAGCCAGCCUUUUCCACAAGUUUGUUAAGUCGUCUUGCAUCUUUGUGUUUGAUGCUUCUUCCCCAGCAGACUGCAGCGUAGAAACAGAACACUUGCUGUUAAAUUAUCUGCAGCGUCUUACUACAGAAGUCUUUUGAUCGGAGUCUUUGAUGUCUGGCGUAUACAGUGUGAACAGGAAUUGCGCCAGCACUGUCCCUUAUGGAGCCCCUGUUCUGCUCAUUAAUGUCCCAGAAACACAGUUCCCCAGCCUGACAAACUGUGGCCUUCCUGUGAUCCAGGAAACACAGGAAGGAUUCACUCCUAUCUCUGUGAGCUUGUCUUUGAGUAUGGUUGGUUGGAUGGUGUGAAAUGCACAUGAAAAGUCAAAGAACACGAUCCUCGCAUAAACCCCAGGUUUCUCCAGAAUGAGACAGGGCACGGUGAAGCAUGUAGAGGACAGCAUCAUCCACUCCAAUCUUUUCUUUGUAUGCAAACUGCAGGGAAUCCAGUUUGUCUUUGACCUCAGACCUCAGAAGGCCUAGAAUCAGCCACUCCAGGGUUUUCAUGAUGUGUGAAGUGAGGGCCACUGGUCUGUAGUCAUUGAGUUCAGCAGGACAUUUUGUUUUUGGUACUACCACAAUGCAGGAUGUUUUCCACAGAGCAGGUACCCGCCCCAGCUGUAGACUCAGGUUGAAGAUCUUGUGGAGAGGUUGACACAGUUCUGUAGCACCGUCUCUAAGCAGCCUUGGACACACGCCAUCUAGACCAGCUGCCUUCCCAGGACAAAGUCUUCCAAACUCCAUCCUCAUCCCUGUUGCCUGGAGUCAAGCAGAGCAGCAAAGAAGCCACUUCUCUACAGAAAUAAAAAAAAAAAUAAUAAUAACAGAGACAGAAUGGAAUUCUUCAAAAGUACAGGGAUUGGAUUGCUGAAGACUGGGGUAAAGUCACUUUCUCUGAUGAAUCCCCUUUCCAAUCGUUUGGGGCAUCUGCAAAAAAGCUUGUCUGGAGAAGAAAAGGUGAGCACUACCAUCAGUCCUGUGUCAUGAAAGCAGUCUUGCAUCCCGAGACUAUCCAUGUGUGGGGUUGCUUCUCAGUCAAGGCAGUGGGCUCAUUCACAAUUUUGCCCAAGAACACAGCCAUGAACAAAGAAUGGUACCAAAACAUCCUUAGAGAGCAACUUCUCCUGACCAUUCAAGAUCAGUUUGGUGACGAACACUGCCUUUUCCAGUAUGAUGGAGAACCGUGCUAUGAGGCAAAAAUCAUAACUAAGUGGCUAAAGGAAAAAAAGAAAAAAACUAAAAAUUUUGGGUCUAUGGCCAGGAACCUCCCCAGACCUUAAUCCCAUAGAGAACUUGUGGUCAAUACUCAAGACGUAGGUGGACAAACCAAAACUAAAAAAUUGACAUUUAUGAAAUGCUUGUAAUUAUACUUCAGUAAAACAUAGAAACAUCUGACAAAAAGAUCUAAAAACACUGAAGCAGCAGAAUUUUUGAAAAUUAAUAUUUGUAUCAUUCUCAAAACUUUUGGCCACGGCUGUAUUAGUAUCAUGGAGGAAAUGUAGAAAUCAAGAGCAGGGAAUAAUUUAUAGAUCACAAUGGAGUUUGAACAACUCAUUAAAAGAUAAAACUUUUUUCUUAUUCAUCACAAAAAAAAUUCAAAGAAUUCAUUAGAAUAGAUAUGAACCCACUAACUUCUAUUUCAGCAGUUUGGGAGGCAUUUAAAGCAACCUGUAUGAGCUGGACUGUCAGUUAUGCAUCCAAUAAAUUUUUUGCAAAAAUGUUAACAAAAUGGCUGGAUGAAACUGCUCCAAAUUUAAUUCAUGUGGACCAGUGGCGGCUGCUGGCCUUUAAGGAGGGGAAGCUCAUUUUUCUGGCCUACAUCAUAAUUGUGUUUGUUUAUUUGUAUGUAACAGAACAGAGUCACCAAACACAACGGCAGUCGUUUUUAACAAAGACAAAAGUCGCUGAGGAUCGGCAAAGUCUCCGGAGCAGUUAAGAACAAUGGAAUGAAUAACUUGGAAAAUGCUUUGGUAGAUGUUUUAUUCUUCAAGAUCGCUGAUUCGCUUAUUUAGCUGUCAAUCAAAAAAGGAUUUCGCCUCAGACAGCACAUCCAAUCAUGGAUGCAGAAGCUCAGCGUCUGCGAGAAAGUUGGGACCGCCCUCUCGUCAUAGAACUCCAGAGACACUGAGCGUACGAUGGGCGGGACAAAGCACAGGAUUUGUCCAAUGAGCGUCUAGUUUCACUGCUGGAACAACCCACUUUGAGCUUCCACAUUGAAGUCAGCAGAUGCUGAGCGUCCGGCUGUGUGAAGCGCUGAGGCGCUGCGAGGAUGAAUGAGAAUGAAGUUGUGCCGGAUACCUGUGAUUAUCAGCUUCUUAUCACAGUGUGAUAAGAAUACAAAGCUCCUUCCAAUGAUGGUGUUCUACUUUUGAAGACUGUCCUCAAUCCCCUUUACUCUUUAUUUCAGCCUUAGAACUGUUGGCAUGUGCUAUCUGACAAGACAAAGAAAAUACAGACAUGGCUUUACUUUUCAUCCAAUUUACUUUGUUAACUAAAAGGCUGCUAAAUGACUAAAUAAUUUCUGAAAGUCUUAGUAUAGAGUUUGAGGGUUUGGCGAAAGUCAAUAGAAUGUCAUCCAGAUACAUAUUCCAUUUGAAAUCAUACCCCCUCCAAAAAAAAAAAAUCCAGGCAAAAUAAAAAUUCUUAUUUACUAUUGUGAAUUCUUAUUAACUUAAAUGUCAAACAUCUAUUAAAUACCAUAAAGGGAUACCUUAAAAGAUGAUCUGCUCUGCCUCUGUCCUUACAGGGUAGGGAAUGACAAGAUGCUUAGAGUAUUUGGGAGAAAUUAACCCUCCCAAGAGACUUUGAAGUUUAUAUAAGUUGCUGUGUCAUGCCUCCCCAAACCAGAACUCAAAGACAGAGUCACAAUAGGAACUUGAUUCAGGGGUCGAAUAUACUACUGAAGAGUGUGGAAAACAUUAAGCAUGACAUAAAAACAGCCUCAAAAUCUUUCUGAAAUAGAGUAAUACAGCUGAAAAUUCUUCAUAGAGCAUUAUAGGGAUAAAACCUGAUCUAUGCAUGUGUAGGGCAAUUUGGACCAUUUGAAUGAAUGGAAUAUUUUCUUAAGUAUGAGCAUGCACUGAUCUCUCCUACUUGUGGUGUUGUUGUUAAUAUAUAACUGCUGUCUGAUUGUGUUUAUUGUUGUAAUACAAAAUUAUAUAUAUAUAAAAAAAAAAAAAGAAACCGUGGAGGGCCCUGCAGUCUACGAUACAGACUGAAAGGAGACAACGAGGAGGGCGGAACAUUUGGUUGCCGUAGCUCCGCUUACAGAACUUUAUUGGUGUGACACAUGCAGGAAGUAAACGAACAGCGUCGGGUUGUUUUUGAAGAAGCUGAGAUAUCUGAGGACAAUCCAGUUUUCACAGCGCAACCUUCUUUUAAAUCUGCAACGAACCAACGAUGUCUGUAGCUGAAUCUCUCCGAGAGUUUGUGACCGAGCGGCUCGCUGCUGCUACUGAAGACAUUUUGGGAGUUUUUAACAGAACUGUGGUCCAGUACGAGGAAGAGCUGGACCGUCAACGCAGACUGCUGGAUUUGGUCUGGAAACCCCACAUUCACUUACACAGAAUCGGUAAGAAAAGCCAAGUUUAGACUGAAUAAAGAAGCAGAAGCUCGGUUUGAAGCUCUAUUUAUUGAUUGUAAUGAGUCAAGAAUGAACAACAGAGUCUCAGGGCUCAGAAUUAGCUCGCUGUAGCAAACAGGCAUCUUAGAGGUCUGAGCGCUUCAGAACCUCGACUAAGGUUCCCUUGAACCCUUUAUACACGCCUAUCUGGAUGGUUUAAACAAGAUCACAGACACACUGAGUGAAGUUGGUUCUUUCUCUUUUUACUCUCUCUAACUACUCUUUUCUGCAUAGUAUUAAAACUUAUUUUACAUUGUGUUUUUAUGUCAUUUAUCAUGCUACAGUCUAUCAGUAAGUAUUGUACCUCGUCCUGCAGAUCUUCCACAACAACAUGACUGUGAGGACAAGGUUGUCUCAGACCUGGAGCCCUGGAACCAGGAGAGGAACUCCAGUCCAGACCAAGAGGACCCAGAGCCUCUACAGAUUAAAGAUGAAAAGGAGGAAUUCUGCACCAGUCAGGACAGAGAGCAGCUUGAACCAAAGCAGGAGACUGAACACUUGAUGUUAACUCUAACCUGUCAGGAAGGUGAGAACACUGAAGCAGAAGUAAGGAAGGAUGACCAGUUGCUUUCUCACAACUCUCGUGAGGCUGCAAACCAAGAUCCAGAGAAAGACAAGCUCACAGAGUCAGAAUCAACUUCAAAAUCAGAACAACACCCCCCCAAAAAAGAGUUCACAAAUGAAGGAGUCCCUCUUAGGAUCAGAGUACUAUUUAUUAAUGUAAUAAUACUAUCACAGUGACUCAUGGCAAACAACAGUUGCUCUUUUACUUAUUUUUCACCCCUGCCCCUCAAACUCUGAGUAUACCACUUGUGGUAUCUGUAAAAAUGUAUGUCCUCUGCCUGCUGACUUUAAUUUUGUGAUCUCAGACAAAAGUAGAUGCCCAGUGCACAGCACCAUCAGUCCUUUUCACUUUGUGCAGAGGAAGACAGGUUAAGCAGAUUCACCUCACAAACGAGGACUGAAUCGCUCCUUCUUAGUUUCACACAGCUCACACAAAAGGGCUUCAUCAGGUUUUCCUGACCAGUCCACUACACUGAUGGUUUAAAGAAGAUCACAGACACACUGAGUGAAGUUGGUUCUUUCUCUUUUUACUCUUUCUAACUACUCUUUUCUGCAUAGUAUUAAAACUUAUUUUAUAUUGUGUUUUUAUGUCAUUUAUCAUGCUAGAGUCUAUCAGUAAAUAUUGUACCUCAUCCUGCAGAUCUUCCACAACAACAUGACUGUGAGGAGGACGAGGUUGUCUCAGACCUGGAGCCCUGGAACCAGGAGAGGAACUCCAGUCCGGACCAAGAGGACCCAGAGCCUCAACAGAUCAAAGAUGAAGAGGAGGAAUUCUGCACCAGUCAGGACAGAGAGCAGCUUGAACCAAAACAGGAGACUGAACACUUGAUGUUAACUCAAACCUGUCAGGAAGGUGAGAACACUGAAGCAGAAGUAAGGAAGGAUGACCAGUUCCUUUCUCACAACUCUCAAGAGGCUGCAGACCAAGAUCCAGAGAAAGACAAGCGCACAGAGUCAGAAUCAACUUCAAAAUCAGAACAACACCCCCCCAAAAAAGUUCCCAAAAGAAGUCAGAAGACGAAACAGCCUGAGGUUCACUCUGAUCCUCAACAAGGUGAAAAGACUUUUAAGUGUGACACAAAUAGGAAAACAUUUACCAGCAAUUCAAAUACACAGACACAUGUAAGUGUUUUCACUGGUAAGAAGAAGCAUAUUUGUGAGUGGUGUGGGAAGAUAUUCAGAUACAGGCAUUUGCUGACAAAUCAUGCAAGAUCACACACAGGUAAGGGACUGUACUCCUGUGAGAAAAGCUUCGGUUGGAAACCAGAUUUGAAAAAGCACAUGCAAAUUCACACAGGGAGAAAGCAUGCAAUCUGCAAGACAUGCAACAAAUCUUUUAUCAGUACAAGUACCCUGAGAACGCACAUGAGAACUCACACAGGUGAGAGACCAUACUCCUGUAGCACUUGUGGGAAGAGCUUCGCUGUGAAUUCACAUUUAAAGACGCACAUGCUUAUUCACUCAGGAGAAAAGCUGUUCACCUGCAAAACAUGCAGUAAAUCUUUUUACAGGAAAGAUAACCUAAGCAGGCACAUGAGAACACACACAGGUGAAAAGCCGUACUCCUGUGGCACCUGUGGUAGAACCUUCGGUCGCCGUACAAAUUUAAAAACACACAUGCUAAUUCACUCAAGAGAAAAUCUGAUCACCUGUAAAACAUGCAACAAAUCUUUUGUCAGUACAAGUACCCUGAGAACGCACAUGAGAACACACACAGGUGAAAAACCAUACUCCUGUGGCACGUGUGGGAAGGGCUUUGGUCGGACUUCAACUUUAAAAACACACAUGCUCAUUCACUCAAGAGAAAAUCUGACCACCUGCAAAACAUGCAACAAAUCUUUCAUUAAUAAGGAUUACCUGAGAACGCACAUGAGAACACACACAGGUGAGAGACCGUACUCCUGUGGCACAUGUGGGAAGAGCUUUGGUCGGACUUCAACUUUACAAACACACAUGCUCAUUCACUCAGGAGAAAAGCUCUUCACCUGCAAAACAUGCAGCAAAUCGUUCUACAGUUCAGAUAAACUGAGAUUGCACAUGAGAACACACACAGGUGAGAAACCAUACUCCUGUAGUACCUGUGGGAAAAGCUUCAGUGGGAAUUCAAAUUUAAAAGCGCACAUGCUUGUUCAUUUAACAGGAAAGCUGUUCACUUGAAAAGCAUGCAGAAAAGAGAUGCUUCUUUAACGGAAUCCAACCUAACCCACCUGUAAGAUAUAUUUUACUGUGACUUUUCCUAACUGAAAUACUUGUUCUUUUGAAUGUCCUGUUUCCUUCCUCUGGAUGAACAAUUUUGUUUUUUCUUUUACUUCUGAGCUUCUUUGGUUGGCUGUUUUUUUCCCAGAAUAUUUUUAUCUGUUUAUUUGUUGUAAUAACUUGUUUAUAUUACAAUCUACAACAAAUUUGAUUUAGUUGACUGUAGCUGUAAUGCUGAUAAAGGUCAGUGAUGAGAAUAUGGUGACCAAUAAACUUGGACUGUCAAAACAUAAUUCAUAGUAAUGCAUUUUGUAUCCUGGUUUCAUAGAAGUGAACCAAAAGAGGACAGAGCUUUAAAUCAAAACUGGAUGGUCCUGAUCUUCAGGCCCUCAGACUGCUCUGCAUUAAAAACAGACUGGACUCUGGAGUGGAAUUCACUGCAUGGGUUCAAAAUCCGAUCAUCACGAACUUCAAGGACAGAGGUUCAAUUAUUGUGAAGAAGGCUUCAGGGUGCCUAAGAAAAGCCCAUCAAGAGCCAGGACUGCCUCCUAAACUUGAUUUAGCUGCAGGAUCGGGGCACCACACGUGCAGAGCUUGCUUAGGAAUGGCAGCAAGCGGGUUUGAGUGCAUCCCCAUGUACAGUGAGGCAAAGACUUUUGGAGGAAUAAGAAGAACUUUAUUAAUCACCAAAGAGAAAUUCAAUUGUCUGUUGUGUCACAUAAUAUGUCUUAAAAACAUAUCUACUAUUUACACAAGAGUUAUAAAGUCUGAUGGCUUUGGGUACAAAAGAUCUUCUGAAUCUUUCUGUCCUGCAGCGAAGAGAGAGGAGCUGUCCACCACCAUUGGCCUUUGGUCCAUCAAGGUGUUGUGAAGUGGGUGAUCCAUGUUCUUUAGAAUAGACUCCACCUUCCUCAGUGUAGAUCUCACCACCACAUCCUUCACUGAGUCCAGCUUGAGUCCAACCACAGAGCCAGCCUUUUCCACAAGUUUGUUAAGUCGUCUUGCAUCUUUGUGUUUGAUGCUUCUUCCCCAGCAGACUGCAGCGUAGAAACAGAACACUUGCUGUUAAAUUAUCUGCAGCGUCUUACUACAGAAGUCUAUUGAUCGGAGUCUUUGAUGUCUGGCGUAUACAGUGUGAACAGGAAUGGCGCCAGCACUGUCCCUUGUGGAGCCCCUGAAACACAGUUCCCCAGCCUGACAAACUGUGGCCUUCCUGUGAUCCAGGAAACACAGGAAGGAUCCACUCCUAUCUCUGUGAGCUUGUCUUUGAGUAUGGUUGGUUGGAUGGUGUGAAAUGCACAUGAAAAGUCAAAGAACACGAUCCUCGCAUAAACCCCAGGUUUCUCCAGAAUGAGACAGGGCACGGUGAAGCAUGUAGAGGACAGCAUCAUCCACUCCAAUCUUUUCUUUGUAUGCAAACUGCAGGGAAUCCAGUUUGUCUUUGACCUCAGACCUCAGAAGGCCUAGAAUCAGCCACUCCAGGGUUUUCAUGAUGUGUGAAGUGAGGGCCACUGGUCUGUAGUCAUUGAGUUCAGCAGGACAUUUUGUUUUUGGUACUAGCACAAUGCAGGAUGUUUUCCACAGAGCAGGUACCCGCCCCAGCUGUAGACUCAGGUUGAAGAUCUUGUGGAGAGGUUGACACAGUUCUGUAGCACCGUCUCUAAGCAGCCUUGGACACACGCCAUCUAGACCAGCUGCCUUCCCAGGACAAAGUCUUCCAAACUCCAUCCUCAUCCCUGUUGCCUGGAGUCAAGCAGAGCAGCAAAAAAGCCACUUCUCUACAGAAAUUAAAAAAAAUAAUAAUAACAGAGACAGAAUGGAAUUCUUCAAAAGUACAGGGAUUGGAUUGCUGAAGACUGGGGUAAAGUCACUUUCUCUGAUGAAUCCCCUUUCCAAUCGUUUGGGGCAUCUGCAAAAAAGCUUGUCUGGAGAAGAAAAGGUGAGCACUACCAUCAGUCCUGUGUCAUGAAAGCAGUCUUGCAUCCUGAGACUAUCCAUGUGUGGGGUUGCUUCUCAGUCAAGGCAGUGGGCUCAUUCACAAUUUUGCCCAAGAACACAGCCAUGAACAAAGAAUGGUACCAAAACAUCCUUAGAGAGCAACUUCUCCUGACCAUUCAAGAUCAGUUUGGUGACGAACACUGCCUUUUCCAGUAUGAUGGAGAACCGUGCUAUGAGGCAAAAAUGAUAACUAAGUGGCUAAAGGAAAAAAAGAAAAAAACUAAAAAUUUUGGGUCUAUGGCCAGGAACCUCCCCAGACCUUAAUCCCAUAGAGAACUUGUGGUCAAUCCUCAAGACGUAGGUGGACAAACCAAAACUAUAAAAUUGACAUUUAUGAAAUGCUUGUAAUUAUACUUCAGUAAAACAUAGAAACAUCUGACAAAAAGAUCUAAAAACACUGAAGCAGCAGAAUUUUUGAAAAUUAAUAUUUGUAUCAUUCUCAAAACUUUUGGCCACGGCUGUAUUAGUAUCAUGGAGGAAAUGUAGAAAUCAAGAGCAGGGAAUAAUUUAUAGAUCACAAUGGAGUUUGAACAACUCAUUAAAAGAUAAAACUUUUGUCUUAUUCAUCACAAAAAAAAUUUCAAAGAAUUCAUUAGAAUAGAUAUGAACCAACUAACUUCUAUUUCAGCAGUUUGGGAGGCAUUUAAAGCAACCUGUAUGAGCUGGACUGUCAGUUAUGCAUCAAAUAAAUUUUUUGCAAAAAUGUUAACAAAAUGGCUGGAUGAAACUGCUCCAAAUCUAAUUAAUGUGGACCAGUGGCGGCUGCUGGCCUUUAAGGAGGGGAAGCUCAUUUUUCUGGCCUACAUCAUAAUUGUGUUUGUUUAUUUGUAUGUAACAGAACAGAGUCACCAAACACAACGGCAGUCGUUUUUAACAAAGACAAAAGUCGCUGAGGAUCGGUAAAGUCUCCGGAGCAGUUAAGAACAACGGAAUGAAUAACUUGGAAAAUGCUUUGGUAGAUGUUUUAUUCUUCAAGAUCGCUGAUUCCCUUAUUUAGCUGUCAAUCAAAAAAGGAUUUCGCCUCAGACAGCACAUCCAAUCAUGGAUGCAGAAGCUCAGUGUCCGUGAGAAAGUUGGGACCGCCCUCUCGUCAUAGAACUCCAGAGACACUGAGCGUACGAUGGGCGGGACAAAGCCCAGCAUUUGUCCAAUGAGCGUCUAGUUUCGCUGCUGGAACAACCCACUUUGAGCUUCCACAUUGAAGUCAGCAGACGCUGAGCGUCCGGCUGUGUGAAGCGCUGAGGAGCUGCGAGGAUGAAUGAGAACGAAGUUGUGGCGGUUACCUGUGAUUAUCAACUUCUUAUCGCAGUGUCUGAACAAAAGAUGAAGGCUUUCUAGUACGUAUUUAGUUAAUGAAAUGAACACACAGCAGUACGUAUUUCACCACUUUUUCUUUUUUUGGGGGGGUGACAUUUUAAGGGAAGCUGAGCUUCCCUUGCAGUCUUAGAGCAAUCGCCACUGAUGUCGAUCAAGUUGACUCUUUGUGGGCAGCUUCUAUCUGAUAAUAAUUCUAUUCUGAAAAUAGUUAUGAUUCUGAUUAAUAUGCAAAGUCUCUUGCAAACCAUGCAGCUCUCUCCACCAUUCAGUAGGAGCAAUACCAUUGGACACAGAGAAAGCUUGUGAUCGAACUGAAUGAUCGUACCUGUUUGAGAUGCUCUCCAGAUAUGGUUUUGGUCCAAAAGCUUACAGUGGAUCAGAGCACUUUAUCAGGAACCUGUUUCAGCUCCUUCCAAUGAUGGCGUUCUACUAGAGAAGACUGUCCUCUAUCCCCUUUACUCUUUAUUUCAGCCUUAGAACUGUUGGCAUGUGCUAUCAAAGAAAAUACAGACAUGGCUUUAUUUUUCAUCCAAUUAAUUUUGUUAACUGAAAGGCUGCUAAAUGACUAAAUAAUUUCUGAAAGUCUUAGUAUAGAGUUGGAGGGUUUGGCGAAAGUCAAUAAAAUGUCAUCCAGAUACAUAUUCCAUUUGAAAUCAUAACCCCCCCCCCCCCCCCCCAAAAAAAAAAAAAAAAAAUCCAGGCAAAAUAAAAAUUCUUAUUUACUUAUCUAUUAAAUACCAUAAAGGGAUAAAGGGGUACCUUAAAAGAUGAUCUGCUCUGCCUCUGUCCUUACAGGGUAGGGAACAACAAGAUGCUUAGAAUAUUUUGGAGAGAUUAACCCUCCCAAGAGACUUUGAACCUGAUGUUUGUUUGUGUUGUCUUGCAUUUAAAGCCAGGCUUUCAUUUCUUUAAAUUUCCCAAAGAAUAUUUUGAUUAUAAUUAUGACACAGACAAAAAAUAUUCAGACUUUUAUCAUCAAACAGAGGAGUAGUCUCAAUUUAAUAUAAGUUGCUGUGUCAUGCCUCCCCAAACCAGAACUCAAAGACAGAGUCACAAUGGGAACUUGAUUCAGGGGUCAAAUGUACUUCUGAAGAGUGUGGAAAACAUUUAGCUUGACAUAAAAACAACCUCAAAAUCUUUCUGAAGUAGAGUAAUACAGCUGAAAAUUCUCCAUAGAGCAUUAUAGGGAUAAAACCUGAUCUAUGCAUGUGUAGGGCAAUUUGGACCAUUUGAAUGAAUUAAAUACAGUCUGAAGUAUGAGCAUGCACUGAUCUCUCCUACUUGUGGUGUUGUUGUUAAUAUAUAACUGCUGUCUGAUUGUGUUUAUUGUUGUAAUACAAAAUUAUUAAAAAAAAAAAAAAGAAACCGCGGAGGGCCCUGCAGUCUAUGAUACCGACUGAAAGGAGACAAAGAGGAGGGCGGAACAUUUGGUUGCCGCAACUCCGCUUACAGAACUUUAUUGGUGUGACACAUGCAGGAAGUAAACGAACAGCGUCGGGUUGUUUUUGAAGAAGCUGAGAUAUCUGAGGACAAUCCAGUUUUCACAGCGCAGCCUUCUUUAAAAUCUGUAACGACCAACGAUGUCUGUAGCAGAAUCUCUCCGAGAGUUUGUGACCGAGCGGCUCGCUGCUGCUACUGAAGACAUUUUGGGAGUUUUUAACAGAACUGUGGUCCAGUACGAGGAAGAGCUGGACCGUCAACGCAGACUGCUGGAUUUGGUCUGGAAACCUCACAUUCACUUACACAGAAUCGGUAAGAAAAGACAAGUUUAGACUGAAUAAUGAAGCAGAAGCUCGGUUUGAAGCUCUAUUUAUUGAUUGUAAUGAGUCAAGAAUGAACAACAGAGUCUCAGGGCUCAGAAUUAGCUCGCUGUAGCAAACAGGCAUCUUAGAGGUCUGAGCGCUUCAGAACCUCGACUGAGGUUCCCUUGAACCCUUUAUACACGCCUAUCUGGACAAAGAGUUUGCUGAUCUGGGUGUUGUCUUUGUGAGUGGGCUGGUUCCUUAUUCUUCUUCAACUGUCACACUACUGGGUCUGUAUGUCCUCUCAGCCUUCUGACUUUAGUUUUAUGAUCUCAGACAAAAGUAGAUGCCCAGUGCACAGCACCAUCAGUCCUUUUCACUUUGUGCAGAGGAAGACAGGUUAAGCAGAUUCACCUCACAAAUGAGGACUGAAUCGCUUCUUCUUGGUUUCACACAGCUCACACAAAAGGGCUUCAUCAGCUUUCCUGACCAGUCCACUACACUGAUGUUUUAAACAAGACCACAGACACACUGAGUGAAGUUGGUUCUUCCUCUUUAAAACUUAUUUUACAUUGUGUUUUUAUGUCAUUUAUCAUGCUAGAGUCUAUCAGUAAGUAUUGUACCUUAUCCUGCAGAUCUUCCACAACCACAUGACUGUGAGGAGGACAAGGUUGUCUCAGACCUGCAGCCCAGUAACCAGGAGAGGAACUCCAGUCCGGACCAAGAAGACCCAGAGCCUCUACAGAUUAAAGAUGAAGAGGAGGAAUUCUGCACCGGUCAGGAAAGAGAGCAGCUUGAACCAAAAAAGGAGACUGAACACUCUAUGUUUACUCAAACUUGUCAGGAAGGUGAGAACACUGAACCAGAAGUAAGGAAGGACGACCAGUUCCAUUCUCACAACUCUUGUGAGGCUUCAAACCAAGAUCCAGAGAAAGACAAGCUCACAGAGUCAGAAUCAACUUCAAAAUCAGAACAACACCCCCCAAAAAAAGUUCACAAAUGAAGGAGUCCCUCUUAGGAUCAGAGUACUAUUUAUUAAUGUAAUAAUACUAUCACAGUGACUCAUGGCAAACAACAGUUGCUCUUUUGAUUAUUUUUCACCCCUGCCCCUCAAACACUCUGAGUAUACCACUUGUGGUAUCUGUAAAAAUGUAUGUCCUCUGCCUUCUGACUUUAGUUUUGUGAUCUCAGACAAAAGUAGAUGCCCAGUGCACAGCAUCAUCAGUCCUUUUCACUUUGUGCAGAGGAAGACAGGUUAAGCAGAUUCACCUCACAAAUGAGGACUGGAUCGCUUCUUCUUGGUUUCACACAGCUCACACAAAAGGGCUUCAUCAGGUUUUCCUGACCAGUCCACUACACUGAUGUUUUAAACAAGACCACAGACACACUGAGUGAAGUUGAUUCUUCCUCUUUUUGCUCUAUCUUACUACUUUUUUCUGCAUAGUAUUAACACUUAUUUUAUAUUGUGUUUUUAUGUCAUUUAUCAUGCUAGAGUCUAUCAGUAAGUAUUGUACCUUAUCCUGCAGAUCUUCCACAACAACAUGACUGUGAGGAGGACGAGGUUGUCUCAGACCUGGAGCCCUGGAACCAGGAGAGGAACUCCAGUCCGGACCAAGAGGACCCAGAGCCUCUACAGAUUAAAGAUGAAGAGGAGGAAUUCUGCACCAGUCAGGACAGAGAGCAGCUUGAACCAAAGCAGGAGACUGAACACUUGAUGUUAACUCUAACCUGUCAGGAAGGUGAGAACACUGAAGCAGAAGUAAGGAAGGAAGACCAGUUGCUUUCUCACAACUCUCGUGAGGCUGCAAACCAGGAUCCAGAGAAAGACAAGCUCACAGAGUCAGAAUCAACUUCAAAAUCAGAACAACUGCCCCCCAAAAAGAGUUCACAAACGAAGGAGUCCCUCUUAGGAUCAGAGUACUAUUUAUUAAUGUAAUAAUACUAUCACAGUGACUCAUGGCAAACAACAGUUGCCCUUUUAAUUAUUUUUCACCCCUGCCCCUCAAACACUCUGAGUAUACCACUUGUGUUAUCUGUAAAAAUGUAUGUCUGCUGCCUUCUGACUUUAGUUUUGUGAUCUCAGACAAAAGUAGAUGCCCAGUGCACAGCACCAUCAGUCCUUUUCACUUUGUGCAGAGGAAGACAGGUUAAGCAGAUUCACCUCACAAAUGAGGACUGAAUCGCUUCUUUUUAUGUAAUCCUCAGUUUCACACAGCUCACACAAAAGGGCUUCAUCAGGUUUUCCUGACCAGUUCACUACACUGAUGGUUUAAACAAGACCACCGACACACUGAGUGAAGUUGGUUCUUUUUGUUUUUACUCUCUCUAACUACUCUUUUCUGCAUAGUAUUAAAACUUAUUUUACAUUGUGUUUUUAUGUCAUUUAUCAUGCUAGAGUCUAUCAGUAAGUAUUGUACCUUAUCCUGCAGAUCUUCCACAACAACAUGACUGUGAGGAGGACGAGGUUGUCUCAGACCUGGAGCACUGGAACCAGGAGAGGAACUCCAGUCCAGACCAAGAGGAUCCAGAGCCUCUACAGAUUAAAGAUGAAGAGGAGGAAUUCUGCACCGGUCAGGACAGAGAGCAGCUUGAACCAAAGCAGGAGACUGAUCACUCUAUGUAUACUCAAACCUGUCAGGAAGGUGAGAACACUGAAGCAGAAGUAAGGAAGGACGACCAGUUGCUUUCUCACAACUCUCAUGAGGCUGCAAACCAAGAUCCAGAGAAAGACAAGCACACAGAGUCAGAAUCAACUUCAAAAUCAGAACAACACCCCCCAAAAAAAGUUCCCAAAAGAAGUCAGAAGACAAAACAGCCUAAGGUUCACUGUGAUCCUCAACAAGGUGAAAAGACUUUUAAAUGUGACACAAAUAGGGAAACAUUAACCAGCAAUUCAAAUACACAGACAUAUGUAAGUGUUUUCACUGGUAAGAAGAAGCAUAUUUGUGAGUGGUGUGGGAAAAUAUUUAGAGACAAAUAUUUGCUUAAAAAACAUGCAAGAUCACACACAGGUGAGAAACCAUACACCUGUGGCAGUUGUGGAAAGAGCUUCAUUUCUAAUUCAUAUUUAAAAAAACACAUGCUGAUUCACUCAGAAGAAAAGCUGUUCACCUGUGAAAAAUGCAGCAAAUCUUUUUACAGGAUGGAUCAACUAAAACUGCACAUUAGAACACACACAGGUGAGAGACCGUACUCCUGUGGCACUUGUGGGAAGAGCUACAUUUUAAAUUCAAAGUUAAAAAAUCACAUGCUGAUUCACUCAGAGGAAAAGCUGUUCACCUGUGAAACAUGCGGCAAAUCUUUUCACAGAAAAGGUACCCUAAAACUGCACGUGAGAACACACACAGGUGAAAAACCAUACUCCUGUAAUACAUGUGGGAAGAGCUUCACUUCUAAUUCAGGUUUAAAUAAGCAUAUGCGAAUUCACUCAGGAGAAAAGCUUUUCACCUGCAAGACAUGCAGCAAAUCUUUUAUACGUUCAGAUCAACUGAGAACGCACAUGAGAACACACACAGGUGAGAGACAGUACUCCUGUUGCAUUUGUGGGAAGAGUUACAUUUUUAAUUCAGAUUUAAAUAAGCAUAUGCAAAUUCACUCAGGAGAAAAGUAGUUUACCUGCAAAACAUGCAACAAAUCUUUUUGCAAAAAGGAUAAACUGAGAUUGCACAUGAGAACACACACAGGUGAGAGACCAUAAUCCUGUGGCACGUGUGGAAAGAGCUUCUCUACCAAUUCAUAUUUAAAAAGCACAUCCUUAUUCACUCAAAAGAAAAGACUGUUCACUGGAUUCUCUGUUCUGUGCAAGUUCAACGUUACACAAGACAUGUUAGAGGGAUGAGGUCUCGGCUCAUAAAAUACCAUCUGUGUGUUCAGUUAUUCUGGCAGUUAAGAUAUAUUUCACUGUGGCUUUACCUGACUGAAAUACUUGUUCUUUUGAGUCCUUAUGAGCUACUUUGGUUGGUUGUUUUUUUUCCAGAAUAUUUUUAUAUGUUUAUUUGUUGUAAUAACUUCUUUAUAUGAUGAUCUACAACAAAUUUGAUUUAGAUGACUGUAGCUGUGAUGCCGAUAAAGGUUGAUCAUGAAAAUAUGGCGACCAAUAAACUUAGACUCUCAAAACAAAAUUCAUAGUAAUGCAUUUGUAUCCUGGUUUCAAAGAAGUGAACCAAAAGAGGACAGAGCUUAAAACCAAAAUUGGAUGGUCCUGAUCUUCAGGCCCUCAGACUGCUCUGUAUUAAAAACAGACUGGACUCUGGAGUGGAAUUCACUGCAUGGGUUCAAAAUCACUUCAAAAACCAUUGACUGUGAAUACAGUUUCUUACUGUAUCCAUGGAUGAGGUUCAAACUGAACCAUGCAAAGAGAAAACCAGAUAGAAACAGGAUCCAGGAACACCAGAGACUUCUCUUGACCUGAGCCCAUUUAAGGUGGACCGAGAGGAAGAGGAAAACUGUCAAGAUCUGGAAUUCUUUUUGCAUAUCAUGGAGCAUUUGUUCAAAAGUGUAGGAGGACUACCUGACUUGCUCUCAGUUCACAGUCCCUGGGUUCCCUGGGAUCUGUGGAUCUCUCUUUGAGUUUCUAUGAAGACUGUUGUUGUUGUUGUCAGACUCUGCUUUUUUCAAGAAUUUAUUUACAAAGAAAGACAAGUACUUGGUUUUGAGUGGCUUUUUCUUUGAAGAAAUGAAAAAUUUCUAAAACAACCUAAUAAACACCUCUUUUAAACAAGAAUGACUUAUGACAAGGACUGAGGCACAAGCAAUUUUACAUGAGAAGUCUACUUUAUCAUAAACUAAGAAGGUCACAUUAUGAAGGCAGCAAAAAGGCAGGAAAGAUGCUUUCCAAUAAAAGCAAUACCAUUGGACACAGAGAAAGCUUGUGAUCGAACUGAAUGAUAGUACCUGUUUGAGAAGCUCUCCAAAUAUGGUUUUGGUCCAAAAGCUUACAGUGGAUCAGAGCAUUUUAUGUUAUGUUUCAGCUCCUUCCAAUGAUGGCGUUCUACUAGAGAAGACUGUCCUCGAGCCCCUUUACUCUUUAUUUCAGCCUUAGAACUUUUGGCAUGUGCUAUCUGACAAGAUAAUACAGACAUAGCUUUACUUUUCAUCCAAUUUAUUUUGUUAACUAAAAGGCUGCUUAAUGACUAAAUAAUUUCUGAAAGUCUUAGUAUAGAGUUGGAGGGUUUGGCCAAAGUCAAUAAAAUGUCAUCCAGAUACAUGUUCAAUUUGAAAUCAUAACCCCCCCAAAAAAACAAUUCCAGGCAAAGUAAAAAUUCUUAUUUACUAUUGUGAAUUCUUAUUUACUUAAAUGUCAAACAUCUAUUAAAUACCAUAAAGGGAUACCUUAAAAGAUGAUCUGCUCUGCCUCCGUCCUUACAGGGUAGGGCAGAAGUGCUCAAGAUGGAUGUCCGCCCAAGAUUGAAUUUCUUAGUGUCCUCUAUUCCUUUGUUUAUUCAGAAAUCUUGGUUUGAUAAUGUCAACGGAAUGUUCUCCUUUUUAUGGAACAACAAGAAGCUUAGAAUAUUUUGGAGAGAUUAACCCUCCCAAGAGACUUUGAACCUGAUGUUUAUUUGUGUUGUCUUGUAUUUAAUACCAGGCUUUCAUUUCUUUAAAUUUCCCAAUGAAAAUUUUAAUUUUAAUUAUGACACUGACAAAAAAUAUUCAGACUUUUAUCAUCAAACAAAGGAGCAGUCUCAAGUUUAUAUAAGUUGCUGUGUCAUGCCUCCCCAAACCAGAACUCAAAGACAGAGUCACAAUGGGAACUUGAUUCAGGGGUCAAAUGUACUUCUGAAGAUUGUGCAAAACAUUUAGCAUGACAUAAAAACAACCUCAAAAUCUCUCUGAAGUAGAGUUAUACAGCUGAAAAUUCUCCAUAGAUCUAUGCAUGUGUAGGGCAAUUUGGACCAUUUGAAUGAAUGGAAUAUUUACUUCAGUAUGAGCAUGCCCUGAUCUCUCCUACUUGUAUUGUUGUUGUUAAUAAAUAACUGCUGUCUGAUUGUGUUUAUUGUUGUAAUACAAAAUUAUUAAAACUUUGAAUUUAAAGGGAAAAAAAAGAAAUCGUUGAGGGCCGUACAGUCUAUGAUACCGACUGAAAGGAGACAAAAAGGAGGGCGGAACAUUUGGUUGCCGCAGCUCCGCUUACGGAAUUGUAUUGGUGUGACACACGAAGGAAGUAAACGAACAGCGUGGCUCCUUCAGGAAGCUGAGGUGUCUGAGGACAAUCCAGUUUUCACAGCGCAGCUUUCUUUAAAAUCUGCAACGAACCAACGAUGUCUGUAGCAGAAUCUCUCCGAGAGUUUGUGACCGAGCGGCUCGCUGCUGCUACUGAAGACAUUUUGGGAGUUUUUAACAGAACUGUGGUCCAGUACGAGGAAGAGCUGGACCGUCAACGCAGACUGCUGGAUUUGGUCUGGAAACCUCACAUUCACUUACACAGAAUCGGUAAGAAAAGACAAGUUUAGAUUGAAUAAUGAAGCAGAAGCUCGGUUUAAAUCAGGGCCGCCUCUCCUCUCGGUUUCCAUGUAUAAAUACUGUGAAUAAAGACGGAGGAACAACACUGUCUUAGUUCAUCAUAACUGUGCUACCCCGACCCAUUUUGUUUCCCGCGAGCUGUAAUAAUGAUCCGGUAUCAAAACUCAUCAUGUGUACGGAAAUCAGGGGAAAGAAGGCCAAACCUUAGAAUGGCAGACGUGUGUUGUUUGGAAAAAAGGUGGUUUACUAUCACCUUACGGGGUACUUUUAAUUUCCCAAGCACAGUAAAGAAGGUAGGAAGGGGGGUUAAGUCUCUGACUUCAAUUCCUUAACUACCUCUCACCUUUUACCUGCGUGGUCGUUGAUGGGAAGGAGAGAAGACAGGGUUCAGGAGAGUUCUCAGUUGAAGCUCUAUUUAUUGAUUGUAAUGAGUCAAGAAUGAACAACAGAGUCUCAGGGUUCAGAAUUAGCUCGCUGUAGCAAACAGUCAUCUUAGAGGUCUGAGCGCUUCAGAACCUCGACUAAGGUUCCCUUGAACCCUUUAUACACGCCUAUCUGGACAAAGAGUUUGCUGAUCUGGGUGUUGUCUUUGUGAGUAGGCUGGUUCCUUAUUCUUCUUCAACUGUCACACUACUGGGUCUGUAUGUCCUCUCUGCCUUCUGACUUUAGAUUUGUGAUCUCAGACAAAAGUAGAUGCCCAGUGCACAGCACCAUCAGUCCUUUUCACUUUGUGCAGAGGAAGACAGGUUAAGCAGAUUCACCUCACAAAUGAGGACUGAAUCGCUUCUUUUUAUGUAAUCCUCAGUUUCACACAGCUCACACAAAAGGGCUUCAUCAGGUUUUCCUGACCAGUCCACUACACUGAUGUUUUACACAAGACCACUGACACACUGAGUGAAGUUGGUUCUUUCUCUUUUUGCUCCUUCUUACUACUUAUUUUACAUUGUGUUUUUAUGUCAUUUAUCAUGCUAGAGUCUAUCAGUAAGUAUUGUACCUUAUCCUGCAGAUCUUCCACAACAACAUGACUGUGAGGAGGACGAGGUUGUCUCAGACCUGCAGCCCUGGAAUCAGGAGGGGAACUCCAGUCCGGACCAAGAGGACCCAGAGCCUCUACAGAUUAAAGAUGAAACAGAGGAAUUCUGCACCGGUCAGGACAGAGAGCAGCUUGAACCAAAGCAGGAGACUGAACACUCUAUGUUUACUCAAACUUGUCAGGAAGGUGAGAACACUGAAGCAGAAGUAAGGAAGGAACACCCGUUCCUUUCUCACAACUCUUGUGAGGCUGCAAACCAAGAUCCAGAGAAAGACAAGCUCACAGAGUCAGAAUCAACUUAAAAAUCAGAACAACACCCCCCCAAAAAAGAGUUCACAAAUGAAGGAGUCCCUCUUAGGAUCAGAGUACUGUUUAUUAAUGUAAUAAAACUAUCACAGUGACUCAUGGCAAACAACAGUUAUUAUUUUUCACCCCUGCCCCUCAAACACUCUGAGUAUACCACUUGUGGUACCUGUAAAAAUGUAUGUCUGCUGCCUUCUGACUUUAGUUUUGUGAUCUCAGACAAAAGUAGAUGCCCAGUGCACAGCACCAUCAGUCCUUUUCACUUGUGCAGAGGAAGACAGGUUAAGCAGAUUCACCUCACAAAUGAGGACUGGAUCGCUUCUUCUUGGUUUCACACAGCUCACACAUCAGGUUUUCCUGACCAAUCCACUACACUGAUGUUUUACACAAGACCACAGACACACUGAGUGAAGUUGGUUCUUCUUGUUUUUACUCUCUCUAACUACUCUUUUCUACAUAGUAUUAAAACUUAUUUUCCAUUGUGUUUUUAUGUCAUUUAUCAUGCUAGAGUCUAUCAGUAAGUAUUGUACCUUAUCCUGCAGAUCUUCCACAACAACAUGACUGUGAGGAGGACGAGGUUGUCUCAGACCUGGAGCCCUGGAACCAGGAGAGGAACUCCAGUCCGGACCAAGAGGACCCAGAGCCUCUACAGAUUAAAGAUGAAGAGGAGGAAUUCUGCAUUCUGUUUGACAGAGAGCAGCUUGAACCAAAACAGGAGACUGAACACUUUAUGUUUACUCAAACCUGUCAGGAAAGUGAGAACACUGAAGCAGAAGUAAGGAAGGACGACCAGUUGCUUUCUCACAACUCUUGUGAGGCUUCAAACCAAGAUCCACAGAAAGACAAGCUCACAGAGUCAGAAUCAACAUCAAAAUCAGAACAACACCCCCCCAAAAAAGUUCACAAAAGAAGUCAAAAGACAAAACAGCCUAAGGUUCACUCUGAUCCUCAACAAGGUGAAAAGACUUUUAAAUGUAACACACAUAGGGAAACAUUUACGAGCAAUUCCAAUAUGCAGACACAUCUUAGUGUUCCCACUGGUAAAAAGAAGCAUAUUUGUGAAUGGUGUGGGAAGUGCUUCAGAUACAAGUAUUUGCUGAUGAAACACGCAAGAUCACAAAAACGUAAGGGACAGUACCCCUGUGCGAAAAGGUUCGUGUGGAAUCCAGAUUUGAAAAAGCACGUGAAAAUUCACCCAGUAGAAGAGAUGUUCACUUGCAAAACAUGCAACAAAUUUUUUAAUAGUACAAGUCACCUGACAAUGCACAUGAGAGUCCACGCAGGUGAGAAACCAUACUUCUGUAGCACAUGUGGAAAGAGCUUUAUUUUGAAUUCAAAUUUAAAAAAGCACAUGCUUAUUCACUCUGGAGAAAAGCUGGUCACCUGCGAAAAAUGCAGCAAAUCUUUUUACAGGAUAGAUCAACUAAAACUGCAUAUGAGAAUACACACAGGUAAGAGAUCGUACUCCUGUGGCACCUGUGGGAAGAGCUUUGUUCAGAAUGGAAAUUUUAAAAAGCACUUGCUUAUUCAUUCAAGAGAAAAUCUGACCACCUGCAAAACCUGCAACAAAACUUUUGUCAAUACAAGCUACCUUAGAACGCACAUGAGAACACACACAGGUGAGAAACCGUACUCCUGUAGCACUUGUGGGAAGAGCUUCGCUGUGAAUUCAAAUUUAAAAACGCACAUGCUAAUUCACUCAGGAGAAAAGCUCUUCACCUGUGAAACAUGCAGCAAAUCUUUUAUCAGUUCAGGUAACCUAAGCAGGCACAUGAGAACACACACAGGUGAGAAACCGUACUCCUGUGGCACCUGUGGGAAAAGCUUACGUCACACUACAACUUUAAAAUCGCACAUGCUUAUUCAUUCAAGAAAAAAGAGAUUGUAAAGCUGUAGUACCUGUGGGAGACGUUUCUGUUGGAAAACAAAUUUUAAAAAACUACAUGCUUAUUCACUUAAGAGAAUAGCUCUUCACCUGCGAAGCUUGCAACAAAUCUUUUAUCAGUACAAGUCACCUGAGAAUCCACAUGACGGAGCACACUGAUGAGAGAUUGUACUCCAGUUGCACCUGUGGGGUAAAGUUCUCUUAAGAAAACAUGCUAAGAUUUUCACACCCCCAACCCAUACAGGCAAAAAGCCUGUGGGACCUGUGGGAAAUCAUUCGGCAGGAAGAUUUCUUUAGAUGGUCACAUAAGAACCCACACAGGUAAAAUGUGGCAGGUCUGUCGGAUGCAGCAGGAAAUUCCAUCAAAAGUGCAACAGAAGCUGGUGACUGAAAUUAGAAGCAAAUGUCAUGGUGUGAAGUCAGAAUACCGUUGGAGUUCAUGUGACCGAGGCAGGAUCUUAGGAAGUGCCAGUUUUCCCCUCAGCUCCUCCUCUUCCUCAGUCCUUGCUCCGGCAAGCCCUGCCCACAAACAGACGCUCCUGUUUGCUUGUAUUGUUUUAUUUAAUUCAGAUAAUGCAGAUAAAUACUUCAGAUAAUUAAAAAUGGGGCCCAGUCAACUUGAAAGUAAACAGCAUUGGUGCAACUGUAGAUGCCAACAGACUACCAGCAAACACAAUGGCCCUCAUUUAUCAAGCUUGCGUACGGCAGAAAACUUGUGUAUGAAAAUUUUGAGGUGAGGAUCGGUAUUUAUCAAUCUGCAUGUGAGCGUAUGCUAUGACCAAAUCUCACGACAGGUCUGAUAUCGUGUACGCAAGUUUGAAUCAGUGUGGAUCUGCAGUGCAGCAAAUUUCUGUCUCAAAAUAACUUGUAUACAAACCUCGAACCUGUCAUUAAUCACAAUCAGCCAAAUUUCAUUAAAGAUUAAGACGUAAAUAAAAUAAAAUAAAUUUGUUAUGUCCUUAGUGAAUGGGCCUAUUUGAUAACUGCCCAGAAACACUGCCACAGAGCAGGAGCGCUGUUUUAACAUUACACACACAUGCACACGCGCCACUGUGGAGCACUGCGUUUGACUCCAAAAAGGCAGGUGUCUCUGUCUUGGCCCAGCAGCGGGGACGUUGUUGUACACUCCUGAAAGGGUGUGGGACAUCAUUUGAGCCAGUACAGUUUUGCACAAUGUUACACUGGCGAAUGGAGUACCGUUGGCUGUGCUGGUGCAACAUGAGGACCGGAUGCCCGGAGAACAAUAACGAGGAGAGACUCCACAAAGGUGCUGCACAGAGGAGACAGGACCUUAUUGAUGGAUUCUGACAUGUAAAGUUAAAGUUUAGUAAGUGCUCUUGCUAUUUAAUCAGUGAUAAAAGUCCAAUAGAAAUCCAUAAAAAUGUGCCUCAGGGGCAGCAACACACCGUUUGGUGACGUUAAUAAUUAUUUUUGUUGAGCCUCUGUCAGACUCUCCAGUCUGCUCUACAUUACAAAGACGCAACAAAUUAAAACUAAAUACUUUUAAUAAUAGGAGCACCGUACCCUGCGUCAUGGCAAUAUACAAAUAUGAGGCAUGUAUGAGAUAUUAAUUCAUCAUCAUGAGCAAUUUAUUGACUAAUGAUUUAUUCAAACGUCAGCCACUGUCCAAUAUUCCGUGGCAGCGCUGUUCACUGGCACCAUAAUCCUGCUCCAGACAGGAGUUUUCUGGACUGCUUUUAUACCAGUUUUGAAGCUCCCAAAGAGAAAAUCCUUAUUAGUUUCCACCACAGACGCAAGGAUAUCCACUUUCAGCUUGGAAAAGUCUACCUCCUUUUUAAGCGCCCUGUAUUCCACCAGAGUCUCCAGUAUGUACUUUGUUUUCUUUGCUUGUGUUGGCAGUCAUGGCCAAUGGAGGAUUCAGACAAUUUUCCGUACUUUCUGGUUGGUUUCGACUGUCCGAUAUUGUAGCACACUUUGUUUGGGCUCGUGCACAUUAUUCGAGGACAUGGAGCAUGCCUCACAACACGAGGGAACAGCUUCUGCCUCACAACCAAUCAGCAGGAGGGAGCAGGGUCUGUCUUGCAACCAGUCAGGUUGGGGGAGGCGGAGAAUGGCUUUGUUUACAGUCAGAAAGCAGGGCGCUCAAAAAAUGUAGUAUGUUAAAUACACAGACAUAACAGAACACAGCAAUAUCAUUAUCAUACCAAAUGUCAUCAAUAACUAAUAACUAUUGAGUGAUAUUAAAAGCUUUUUUUAUAGACACCACAAAAAAAGAUGCUUCUUUAACGGAAACCAACCUACCCCACCUUUAAGAUACAUUUUACUGUGACUUUUCCUUUUUUCCUUUUUUUUUUUCACUGAUGAGCUACUUUGGUUGGCUGUUUUUUUCCCCCAGAAUAUUUGUAUCUGUUUAUUUGUUGUAAUAACUUGUUUAGAUGAUAAUCUACAAUAAAUUUGAUUGAGUUGACUGUAGCUGUGAUGCUGAUAAAGGUUAGUGAUGAGAAUAUGGUGACCAAUAAACUUGGACUGUCUAAACAAAAUUCAUAGUAAUGCAUUUGUAUCCUGGUUUCAUAGAAGUGAACCAAAAGAGGUCAGAGCUUAAAACCAAAAUUGGAUGGUCCUGAUCUUCAGGCCCUCAGACUGCUCUGUAUUAAAAACAGACUGGACUCUGGAGUGGAAUUCACUGCAUGGGCUCAAAAUCACUUCAAACCCAUUGACUGUGAAUACAGUUCCUCACUGUAUCCACAGAUGAGGUUCAAACUGCAAAUGAAGAAUCAUUUAUUGAUCAGUAAAUAUAAGUUUCUUGUUUGUGUAAACACGUGUUCAAGCACUUCUGAUUUAUUUAAUUGAUAUUAAAUCAUCCAGGAAUUAUGCUUUAUCAUAAUUAUUCAGUGAUAAUGUCCUUGUUUUGGAAGUACCAACAGCACUCCUAUCAGUUACAAAAGCAGUGAAAAAAAGAGUACCAUCAGUGAAUAAAGGAAAGUAUUUUUAAUCCUGAUUCUUUCUUAACAAGCACAAAUUUAAAAAUAAAAGCAUCGAUUUAAAAGUGAAGCAAAAAAGCUGAAGUGUUUAAUGAAUGCAAUGAGGCAGAGACGUGAGCCAUAUACUGUAUAAGUAUCAUGGAGGAAAUGUAGAAAUCAAGAGCAGGGAAUGAUUUACAACUUGUUAAGAGAUAAAACUUUUGUCUUAUUCAUUACAAAAAAUUUAAAAGAAUUCAUUAGAAAAAAUAUGAACCCACUAACUUCUAUCUCAGCAGUUUGGGAGGCAUUUAAAGCAACCUGUAUGAGCUGGACUAUCAGUUAUGCAUCAAAUAAUUUUUUUGCAAAAAUGUUAACAAGAUGGCUGGAUGAAACUGCUCCAAAUUUAAUUUGUGUGGAUCAAGUUGGCUUUAUCUGUGUGCAGCUUCUAUCUGAUAAUAAUUCUGUUCUGAAAAUAGUUCUGAUUCUGAUUAAUAUGCGAAGUCUCUUGCAGACCAUGCAGCUCUCUUCAGCAUUCAGUGGGAGCAAUAUCACUGGACACUUAGGAAGCUUGUGAUCGAACUGAAUUGUCGUACCUGUUUGAGAUGCCCUCAAGAUAUGGUUGUAGUCCAAAAGCUUACAGUGGAUCAGAGCACUUUAUCAGGAACCUGUUUCAGCUCCUUCCAUUGAUGGCGUUCUACUAGAGAAAACUGUCCUCAAUCCCCUUUACUCUUUAUUUUAGCUGUUGGCAUGUGCUAUCUGACAAGACAAAGAAAAUACCCGCAUGGCUUUACUUUUCAUCCAAUUUAUUUUGUUAACUAAAAGGCUGCUAAAUGACUAAAUAAUUUCUGAAAGUCUUAGUAUAGAGUUGGAGGGUUUGGCCAAAGUCAAUAAAAUGUCAUCCAGAUACAUAUUCAAUUAGAAAUCAUACCCCCCCCCCCCCCCCCCGCCAAAAAAAAAUUUAUAAAUAAAAAAUAAUUCCAGGCAAAAUAAAAAAUCUUAUUUACUAUUGUGAAUUCUUAUUUACUUAAAUGUCAAACCUCUAUUAAAUACCAUAAAGGGAUACCUUAAAAGAUGAUCUGCUCUGCCUCUGUCCUUACAGGGUUGGGCAGAAGUGCUCAAGAUGGAUGUCCUCCUAUGAUUAAAUUUCUAAGUGUCCUCUAUUCCUUUGUUUAUUCAGAAAUCUUGGUUUGAUAAUAUCAAAGGAAUGUUCUCCUUUUUAUGGAACAACAAGAAGCUUAGAAUAUUUUGGAGAGAUUAACCCUCCCAAGAGACUUUGAACCUGAUGUUUAUUUGUGUUGUCUUGCAUUUAAAGCCAGGCUUUCAUUUCUUUAAAUUUCCCAAAGAAUAUUUUGAUUAUAAUUAUGACACUGACAAAAAAUAUGCAGGCUUUUAUCAUCAAACAGAGGAGCAGUCUCAAGUUUAUAUAAGUUGCUGUGUCAUGCUUCCCCAAACCAGAACUCAAAGACAGAGUCACAAUGGGAACUUGAUUCAGGGGUCAAAUGUACUUCUGAAGAGUGGAGAAAACAUUUAGCUUGACAUAAAAACAACCUCAAAAUCUGUCUGAAGGAGAGUAAUACAGCUGAAAAUUCUCCAUAGAGCAUUAUAGGGCUAACACUUGAUCUAUGCAUGUGUAGGGCAAUUUGGACCAUUUGAAUGAAUUAAAUACAGUCUGAAGUAUGAGCAUGCCCUGAUCUCUCCUACUUGUGGUGUUGUUGUCAAUAUAUAACUGCUGUCUGGUUGUAAUUGUCAUUGUCUGGAACUGUGGUUAUUGUUGUAAUACAAAAUUAUUAAAACUUCGAAUUUAAAGGGGAAAAAAAGAAACCGUGGAGGGCCGUACAGUCUAUGAUACCGACUGAAAGGAGAGACAAAGAGGAGGGAGGAACAUUUGGUUGCCGCAGCUCCGCUUACAGAACUUUAUUGGUGUGACACAUGGAGGAAGUAAACGAACAGCGUCGGGUUGUUUUUGAGGAAGCUGAGAUAUUGGAGGACAAUCCAGUUUUCACAGCGCAACCUUCUUUAAAAUCUGCAACGAACCAACGAUGUCUGUAGCAGAAUCUCUCCGAGAGUUUGUGACCGAGCGGCUCGCUGCUGCUACUGAAGACAUUUUGGGAGUUUUUAACAGAACUGUGGUCCAGUACGAGGAAGAGCUGGACCGUCAACGCAGACUGCUGGAUUUGGUUUGGAAACCUCGCAUUCACUUACACAGAAUCGGUAAGAAAAGACAAGUUUAGACUGAAUAAUGAAGCAGAAGCUCGGUUUAAAUCAAGGCUGCCUCUCCUCUCGGUUUCCAUGUAUAAAUACUGUGAAUAAAGACGGAAGAACAACCCUGUCUUAGUUCAACAAUAACUGUGCUACUCCGACCUAUUUUGUUUCCCGCGAGCUGUAAUAAUGAUCCGGUAUCAAAACUCAUCAUGUGUACAGAAAUCAGGGGAAAGAAGGGGAAACCUAAGAAUGGCAGACAUGUGUGUUGUUUGGAAAAAAGGUGGUUUACUAUCACCUUACGGGGUACUUUUAAUUUCCCAAGCACAGUAAAGAAGGUAGGAAGGGGUGUUAAGUCUCUGACUUCAAUUCCUUAACUACCUCUCACCUUUUAUCUGCGUGGUCGUUGAUGGGAAGAAGAGAAGACGGGGUGUUGUCUUUGUGAGUAGGCUGGUUCCUUAUUCUUCUUCAACUGUCACACUACUGGGUCUGUAUGUCCUCUCAGCCUUCUGACUUUAGUUUUGUGAUCUCAGACAAAUGUAGAUGCCCAGUGCACAGCACCAUCAGUCCUUUUCACUUUGUGCAGAGGAAGACAGGUUAAGCAGAUUCACCUCACAAAUGAGGACUGAAUCGCUUCUUUUUAUGAAAUCCUCAGUUUCACACAGCUCACACAAAAGGGCUUCAUCAGGUUUUCCUGACCAGUCCACUACACUGAUGUUUUACACAAAACCACCGACACACUGAGUGAAGUUGGUUCCUUCUUUCAUGUUGACUUGGGCUCAUAUUUUGUGACUUCAUCCAUGUAAUAUAACUGCUAUAUUCUCAUAAAGUAAUAUUAGUCUUUAAUACGUUUUAUAAUCUUGAUUUUACUCAUUCUCUUUAUGUUACAACUUUUCUUACUACUUUUUACUUCAUAGUAUUAAAACUUAAAACAUUUUUACAUUGUAUUGAAAAUUGUAUAUGUCAUUUAUCUUGCUAGAGUCUAUCAGUUUUGUACCUCAAAUCUUAAACCUUUUCAACUGAAUUGUGUUGAAUGUUACAACUCUGUCCUUAAAAUAUUACAUCUUUCUCAUAAACAUUCCUCAGAUUUUGCUCUUUCAAAUACAAUAUAGUGAUUCCAAUUCUCUGUUUUCUGUCCCAUCUCAGUGAUAUAUUUCUGCUUCUGUGCUCCUGCAGAUCUUCCACAACAACAUGACUGUGAGGAGGACAAGGUUGUCUCAGACCUGCAGCCCUGGAACCAGGAGAGGAACUCCAGUCCGGACCAAGAGGAUCCAGAGCCUCAACAGAUUAAAGAUGAAGAGGAGGAAUUCUGCACCGGUCAGGACAGAGAGCAGCUUGAACCAAAGCAGGAGACUGAUCACUCUAUGUAUACUCAAACCUGUCAGGAAGGUGAGAACACUGAAGCAGAAGUAAGGAAGGAAGACCAGUUCCUUUCUCACAACUCUUGUGAGGCUGAAAACCAAGAUCCAGAGAAAGACAAGCUCACAGAGUCAGAAUCAACUUCAAAAUCAGAACAACACCCCCCAAAAAAAGUUCACAAAAGAAGUCAGAAGGCAAAACAGCCUAAGGUUCACUGUGAUCCUCAACAAGGGGAAAAGACUUUUAAAUGUGACACAAAUAGGGAAACAUUUACCAGCAAUUCAAAUUCACAGACACAUGUAAGUGUUUUCACUGGUAAGAAGAAGCAUAUUUGUGAGUGGUGUGGGAAAAUAUUCAGAGACACAUGUUUGCUUAAAAAACAUGCAAGAUCACACACAGGUGAGAGAUCGUACUCCUGUAAUACAUGUGGGAAGAGCUUCACUUCUAAUUCAGAUUUAAAAAAGCAUAUGCAAAUUCACUCAGAAGAAAAGCUGUUCACCUGCAAAACAUGCAGCAAAUCUUUUAACAGAAAAAAUAACCUAAAACUGCACAUGAGAACACACACAGGUGAGAGACCGUACACCUGUAGUACAUGUGGGAAAAGCUUUGGUCGGAAUUCAACUUUAAAAAUACACAUGCUAAUUCACUCAGGAGAAGAGAUGUUCACUUGCAAAACAUGCAGCAAAAAUUUCAAGUGUUCAUAUACACUGAGAAUGCACAUGAGAACACACACAGGUGAGAAACCAUACACUUGUUGCACUUGUGGGAAGAGCUUCAUUUUUAAUUCAGUUUUAAAAAAUCACAUGCUGAUUCACUCAAGAGAAAAGCUGUUCACCUGUGAAACAUGUGGGAAGAGCUUCAUUUUUAAUUCAGUUUUAAAAAAUCACAUGCUGAUUCACUCAGAAGAAAAGCUGUUCACCUGUGAAACAUGUGGGAAGAACUUCACUUACAAUUCAUAUUUAAAAAAGCACAUCCUUAUUCACUCAAAAGAAAAGCUGUUCACCUGCAAAAGGUGCAGCAAAUCUUUUAACAGGGAGGAUCAACUAAAAAGGCACAUGAAAACACACACAGGUGAGAGACCCUUCACCUGUAACACAUGUGGGAAGAGGUUCGGUUGGAAUUCAAAUUUAAAAACACACAUGCUUAUUCACUCAGGAGAAAAGCUGUUCACCUGCAAAAGGUGCAGCAAAUCUUUUAACAGGAAGGAUAAUCUCAAACUGCACAUGAGAACACACACAGGUGAGAGACCAUACACCUGUAGUACAUGUGGGAAAAGCUUCAGUCAGAAUUCAACUUUAAAAACACACAUGCUAAUUCACUCAGGGGAAGAGAUGUUCACUUGAAGUGUUCAUAUAGACUGAGAAUGCACAUGAGAACACACACAGGUGAGAAACCAUACUCCUGUGGCAUGUGUGGAAAGAGCUUCUCUGCAAAUUCAGAUAUAAAAAGGCACAUCCUUGUUCACUCAAAAUAAAAGACUGUUCACCUGCAAAACAUGCAACAAGUCUUUUAGCAGAAAAUAUAACCUAAUUCUGCACAUAAGAACACACACAGGUGAGAGACCCUUCACCUGUAACUAGGCCUGUCACGACAACAAAUUUUGCUGGUCGAUAAUUGUGCUACAAAUUAUUGCCGAUAAACGAUAUUAUUGACACCGUUUUUUAAAUUAUAGAUAAUGAUAAUAUAUGGCAUAAUAACGCGAGUACACAAUGUCAAAAGCAAUAAAAUUUAAUUGCUCAUGAUUAAGAACUUUGAACUAGGAUGAACAAAUAUAAUAAACAAACAAGACAACCAAAAAACAAUGAAAAUAAAAUGGUCCCACAUUCUGUUUUAUCAAAAACUGCAUUCAAAUAAAAACCACAAUCACAACUACAAACAAUAAAAAAAAUAGACCUUGUCUCUGGUACGGAACAAAAACUUCACUCCACAAAUAACUAUUAAAACAAAAAAUAAAGUGGAGUCUCGAGUCUGUAAACAAAAUUGCACUACAUAAUUAGCUUUGGGUGCUAUUCCUCAACAGGUCAACAAAGAAAAUGCAUGCGCACCUCAAGCCCAAUCAUGAUUGUGCUUGAGGUGCGCAUGGAUGUUCGUCGUAUUCCCCUUCUUUGUCACCAAAACUUUCGAAUAAAGGCGACAUAUCAUCCGUGUUCGUGGGCUCACCUCUUUCAUUUUAUUUGAAACCGAAAUGUUCUCACACUGGGGCUGUUGCAUUGGGCUUAGACACCAAAGCUGCUGUUUUAUCAUUCAUUGCGUUUGCGCCGCACUGUGUCAGUAAGUCUGUGUGCGUGUGUGCGUUAGCUCCCCCCCACCGUGACAAAGAGACUGAAUUACUGACAGGAGGGUUCACUCACUGCGUUCAUUCCGCUAUCGAGCCAACGCACCAGGGUAUCGAGAAAAAUGCGCAGAGUGAGACCUCAUCUCUCAUCCCGUGUGUUUGGUAGCAAGAGAGGAGGAAAACAAACCGAGUAAAUUAUAAAGGCUGGCAAAAUUACCGACCUCGUUUUUAUUUACCGAGUGAUUAGGCGAUUUAUUGAUUAUCGCGACAGGCCUACCUGUAAAACAUGUGGGAAGAGGUUAGGUUGGAAUACAAGUUUAAAAAGCACAUGCUUAUUCACUCAAGAUAAAAGCUUUUCACCUGCAAGACUUGCAACCAAUCUUUUUACUGGAAAGCUUAAUUAAGUCUGCACAUGAGAAUACACACAGGUGAGAGACUACAGUUGUACAGCUGUAGUACAUGUGGGGAAAAGGUUUGUUGAAAAACACACUUCGAUCGUCGCACCCAAAACCAUAUAGGUAUAAAGCCUGUUGUGCUUAAUGAAAACCAUUCGGCAGGAAGAUUUCUUUAGAUGGUCACAUAAGAACCCACACAGGUAAAAUGUGUCAGGUCUGUCAGAUACAGCAGGAAAUUCCAUCAAAAAGUGCAACAGAAGUUGGUGACUGAAAUUAGAAGCAAAUGUCAUGGUGUGAAGUCAGAAUACCCCGGAGUUCAUGUGAACUGGAUUCUCUGUUCUCUGCAAGGUCAACGUUACACAAGACAUGUUAGAGGGAUGAGGUCUCGGCUCAUAAAAUACCAUCUGUGUGUUUAGUUAUUCUGGCAGUUAAGAUGUAUUUCACUGUGGCUUUACCUGACUGAAAUACUUGUUCUUUUGAGUCCUUAUGAGCUACUUUGGUUGGUUGUUUUUUUUCCAGAAUAUUUUUAUAUGUUUAUUUGUUGUAAUAACUUCUUUAUAUGAUGAUCUACAACAAAUUUGAUUUAGAUUACUGUAGCUGUGAUGCGGAUAAAGGUUGAUCAUGAAAAUAUGGCGACCAAUGAACUUGGACUGUCAAAACAAAAUUCAUAGUAAUGCAUUUGUAUCCUGGUUUCAUAGAAGUGAACCAAAAGAGGACAGAGCUUAAAACCAAAAUUGGAUGGUCCUGAUCUUCAGGCCCUCAGACUGCACUGCAUUAAAACAGACUGGACUCUUGAGUGGAAUUCACUGCAUGGGUUCAAAAUCACUUCAAAAACCAUUGACUGUGAAUACAGUUCCUUACUGUAUCCAUGGAUGAGGUUCAAACUGAACCAUGCAAAGAGAAAACCAGAUAGAAACAGGAUCCAGGAACACCAGAGACUUCUCUUGACCUGAGCCCAUUUAAGGUGGACCGAGAGGAAGAGGAAAACUGUCAAGAUCUGGAAUUCUUUUUGCAUAUCAUGGAGCAUUUGUUCAAAAGUGUAGAAGGACUACCUGACUUGCUCUCAGUUCACAGUCCCUGGGUUCCCCGGGAUCUCUGGAUCUCUCUUUGAGUUUCUAUGAAGACUGUUGUUGUCAGACUCUCCUUCUUUCAAGAAUUUAUUUAAAAAGAAAGACAAGUACUUGAUUUUGAGUGACUUUUUCUUUGAAGAAACGAAAAAUUUCUAAAACAACCCAAUAAACACCUCUUUUAAACAAGAAUGACUUAUGACAAGGGCUGAGGAACAAGCAAAGUUACAUGAGAAGUCUAUUUGCUUUCCAAUAAAAAACUUGAACAAAAACACUCAAUUUUUCUUGAUGACAUGGUAAUGGCAUGAUUACUAGAGAUGAGGGAACUAUUAAUGACACUUUUAGAAGUUAUUUUUCAUCUUUGAAUAAAUCGGAAUAUCAGGCCAAACAUUAAGAUUGAAAUAAUUUCUUCAAUAAUUCAAUUUUGCCAAAGUUGAGGAAAGAAAAUUAAUGAAACUUAAGUUUACUUCAUAAUAAUUAUACAUUUUUGCAAAAAUAUUAACAAAAUGGCUAGAUGAAACUGUUCCAAAUUUCAUUCAUGUGGAUCAAAUUGACUCUUUGUGAGCAGCUUCUAUCUGAUAAUAAUUCUAUUCUGAAAAUAGUUCUGAUUCUGAUUGAUAUGCAAAGUCUCUUGCAGACCAUGCAGCUCUCUUCAGCAUUUAGUAGGAGCAAUAUCGCUGGACACUGAGAAAGCUUGUGAUCGAACUGAAUGGUCGUACCUGUUUGAGAUGCUCUCCAAAUAUGGUUUUGGUCCAAAAGCUUACAGUGGAUCAGAGCACUUUAUCAGGAACCUGUUUCAGCUCCUUCCAAUGAUGGCAUUCUACUAGAGAAAACUGUCCUCGAUCCCCUUUACUCUUUAUUUUAGUUGUUGGCAUGUACUAUCUGACAAGACAAAGAAAAUACAGGCAUGGCUUUACUUUUCAUCCAAUUUAUUUUGUUAACUAAAAGGCUGCUAAAUGACUAAAUAAUUUCUGAAAGUCUUAGUAUAGAGUUGGAGGGUUUGGCCAAAGUCAAUAAAAUGUCAUCCAGAUACAUAUUCCAUUUGAAAUCAUAACCCCCCCAAGAAUAAUUCCAGGCAAAAUAAAUAUUCUUAUUUACUAUUGUGAAUUCUUAUUUACUUAAAUGUCAAACCUCUAUCAAAUACCAUAAAGGGAUACCUCAAAGAUGAUCUGCUCUGCCUCUGUCCUUACAGGGUUGGGCAGAAGUGCUAAACAUUAACAUGUUCCCAAGAUUAAAUUUCUUAGUGUCCUGUAUUCCUUUGUUUAUUCAGAAAUCUUUGUUUGAUAAUAUCAAAAGAAUGUUCUCCUCUUUAUGGAACACCAAGAAGCUUAGAAUAUUUUUGAGAGAUUAACCCUCCCAAAAGACUUUGAACCUGAUGUUUAUUUGUGUUGUCUUGCAUUUAAUACCGGGCUUUCAUUUCUUUAAAUUUCCCAAAGAAUAUUUUGAUUAUAAUUAUGACACUGACAAAAAAUAUGCAGACUUUUAUCAUCAAACAGAGGAGCAGUCUCAAGUUUAUAUAAGUUGCUGUGUCAUGCCUCCCCAAACCAGAACUCAAAGACAGAGUCACAAUGGGAACUUGAUUCAGGGGUCAAAUGUACUUCUGAAGAGUGUGGAAAACAUUAGGCAUGACAUAAAAACAACCUCAAAAUCUCUCUGAAGGAGAGUAAUACAGCUGAAAAUUCUCCAUAGAGCUGAAAGCUGAUCUAUGCCUGUGUAGGGCAAUUUGGACCAUUUGAAUGAAUUGAAUAUUUACUUAAGUAUGAGCAUGCCCUGAUCUCUCCUACUUGUGGUGUUGUUGUUAAUAUAUAACUGCUGUCUGAACCUGUUUUUAUUGUUGUAAUACAAAUAAAUUUUGAAAAGGAAAAAAAAAAAAGAAACAGUGGAGGGCCGUACAGUCUAUGAUGCCGACUGAAAGAAGACUAAGAGGAGGGCGGAACAUUCGGUUGUCGCAGCUCCGACUACGGAAUUGUAUUGGUAUGACACACGAAGGAAGUAAACGAGAAGCGUGGCUUUUUUAAAGAAGCUGAGAUAUCUGAGGACAAUCCAGUUUUUACAGCGCAACCUUCUUAACAAUCUGUUACGAACCAACGAUGUCUGUAGCUGAAUCUCUCCGAGAGUUUGUGACCGAGCGGCUCGCUGCUGCUACUGAAGACAUUUUGGGAGUUUUUAACAGAACUGUGGUCCAGUACGAGGAAGAGCUGGACCGUCAACGCAGACUGCUGGAUUUGGUCUGGAAACCUCACAUUCACUUACACAGAAUCGGUAAGAAAAGACAAGUUUAGACUGAAUAAUGAAGCAGAAGCUCGGUUUAAAUCAAGGCUGCCUCUCCUCUCGGUUUCCAUGUAUUAAUACUGUGAAUAAAGACGGAGGAACAACCCUGUCUUAGUUCAACAAUAACUGUGCUAUGUUAAUGUGGUGCUAUUGUGUCAGUCGUUAAGCCUUAAUCUGCCGUUAUCAAAGAGAGAGGAAGAGAGUCCGCGGGACACUCUCGAUCGUUGACCACGUCCUCUGUUGUUACCGCGAGCUGUUAUAAUGAUCUGGUAUUAAAACUCAUCAUGUGUACAGAAAACGGGAAAGAAGUGUAAACCUAAGAAUGGCAGACAUGUGUGUGUUGUUGGGAAAGGGUGGUUUACUAUCACCUUACGGGGUAGUUUUACGUCCAACUUAUUUGACUCCUACUGGAAGGCCUUAAGUGACUCCUGUACACAAAGCUGAGCCCCUUGAGUUCAUCACAUAUCCCCCUGUGUGUCUUUUGUUUGUACAGAUCCAAAACAGUUUCGCCUCUGUGUGCUCUGUUAAUACUAUGUUAACUAAUUUCCAUUGUGAUGCUCCUGCAGUACAAAAUGUUUAAAAGUGCCUGCUGGAUGUGCUUACAAGAUGACGACAAAGUACCUUUUGAUUGCUUUUGUAGUUGAGAAAUGUAGACAGAAUGCCUUCUGCCUUCUGACUUUAGUUUUGUGAUCUCAGACAAAUGUAGAUGCCCAGUGCACAGCACCAUCAGUCCUUUUCACUUUGUGCAGAGGAAGACAGGUUAAGCAGAUCCACCUCACAAAUGAGGACUGAAUCGCUUCUUUUAAUGUAAUCCUCAGUUUCACACAGCUCACACAAAAGGGCUUCAUCAGGUUUUCCUGACCAGUCCACUACACUGAUGUUUUACACAAAACCACAGACACACUGAGUGAAGUUGGUUCUUUCUCUCAUGUUGACUUGGUCUCAUAUUUUGUGACUUCAUCCAUGUAAUAUAACUGCUAUAUUCUCAUAAAGUAAUAUUAGUCUUAAAUACAUUUUAUUAUCUUGAUUUUACUCAUUCUCUUAAUGUUACAACUUUUCUUACUACUUUUUACUUCAUAGUAUUAAAACUUAAAACAUUUUUACAUUGUAUUGAAAAUUGUAUAUGUCAUUUAUCUUGCUAGAGUCUAUCAGUUUUGUACCUCAAUUCUUAAACCUUUUCAACUGAAUUGCUGUUGAAUGUUACAACUCUGUCCUUAAAAUAUUACAUCUUUCUCAUAAACAUUCCUCAGAUUUUGCUCUUUCAAAUACAAUAUAGUGAUUCCAAUUCUCUGUUUUCUGUCUCAUCUCAGUGACAUAUUUCUGCUUCUGUGUUCCUGCAGAUCUUCCACAACAACAUGACUGUGAGGAGGACAAGGUUGUCUCAGACCCGCAGCCCUGGAACCAGGAGAGGAACUCCAGUCCGGACCAAGAGGAUCCAGAGCCUCUACAGAUUAAAGAUGAAGAGGAGGAAUUCUGCACCAGUCAGGACAGAGAGCAGCUUGAACCAAAGCAGGAGACUGAACACUUGAUGUUAACUCAAACCUGUCGGGAAAGUGAGAACACUGAACCAGAAGUAAGGAAGGAAGACCAGUUCCUUUCUCACAACUCUUGUGAGGCUGCAAACCAAGAUCCAGAGAAAGACAAGCUCACAGAGCCAGAGUCAACUUCAAAAUCAGAACAACACCCCCCAAAAAAAGUUCACAAAAGAAGUCAGAAGACAAAACAGCCUAAGGUUCACUGUGAUCCUCAACAAGGGGAAAAGACUUUUAAAUGUGACACAAAUAGGGAAACAUUUACCAGCAAUUCAAAUUCACAGACAUCUCAAAGUGUUUUCACUGGUAAGAAGAAGCAUAUUUGUGAGAGGUGUGGGAAAAUAUUCAGAGACAAAUGUUUGCUUAAAAAACAUGCAAGAUCACACACAGGUGAGAGACCGUACUCCUGUAAUACAUGUGGGAAGAGCUUCACUUCUAAUUCAGAUUUAAAAAAGCAUAUGCAAAUUCACUCAGAAGAAAAGCUGUUCACCUGCAAAACAUGCAGCAAAUCUUUUAACAGAAAAAAUAACCUGAAACUGCACAUGAGAACACACACAGGUGAGAGACCGUACACCUGUAACACAUGUGGGAAAAGCUUUGGUUGGAAUUCAAAUUUAAAAAUACACAUGCUAAUUCACUCAGGAGAAGAGAUGUUCACUUGCAAAACAUGCAGCAAAAAUUUCAAGUGUUCAUAUACACUGAGAAGGCACAUGAGAACACACACAGGUGAGAAACCAUACACCUGUGAAACAUGUGGGAAGAACUUCACUUACAAUUCAUAUUUAAAAAAGCACAUCCUUAUUCACUCAAAAGAAAAGCUGUUCACCUGCAAAAGGUGCAGCAAAUCUUUUAACAGGGAGGAUUAUCUCAAACUGCACAUGAAAACACACACAGGUGAGAGACCCUACACCUGUAACACAUGUGGGAAGAGGUUCGGUUGGAAUUCAAAUUUAAAAACACACAUGCUUAUUCACUCAGGAGAAAAGCUGUUCACCUGCAAAAGGUGCAGCAAAUCUUUUAACAGGAAGGAUCAUCUCAAACUGCACAUGAGAACACACACAGGUGAGAGACCAUUCACCUGUAGUACAUGUGGGAAAAGCUUCAGUCAGAAUUCAACUUUAAAAACACACAUGCUAAUUCACUCAGGGGAAGAGAUGUUCACUUGCAAAACAUGCAGCAAAAUUUUUAAGUGUUCAUAUAGACUGAGAAUGCACAUGAGAACACACACAGGUGAGACACACAAGUCUCUUGCAGACCAUGCAGCUCUCUUCAGCAUUUAGUAGGAGCAAUAUCACUGGAUACUGAGAAAGCUUGUGAUCGAACUGAAUGGUCGUACCUGUUUGAGAUGCUCUCCAAAUAUGGUUUUGGUCAAAAAGCAUACAGUGGAUCAGAGCACUUUAUCAGGAACCUGUUUCAGCUCCUUUCAAUGAUGGCGUUCUACUAGAGAAGGCUUUCCUCGAUACCCUUGACUCUUUAUUUCAGCCUUAGAACUGUUGGCAUGUGCUAUCUGACAAGACAAAGAAAAUACAGGCAUGGCUUUACUUUUCAUCCACUUUAUUUUGUUAACUAAAAGGCUGCUAAAUGACUAAAUAAUUUCUGAUAGUCUUAGUAUAGAGUUGGAGGGUUUGGCCAAAGUCAAUAAAAUGUCAUCCAGAUACAUAUUCCAUUUGAAAUCAUAACCCCCCCAAAAAUAAUUCCAGGCAAAAUAAAUAUUCUUAUUUACUAUUGUGAUUUCUUAUUUACUUAAAUGUCAAACCUCUAUUAAAUACCAUAAAGGGAUACCUUAAAAGAUGAUCUGCUCUGCCUCUGUCCUUAUAAGGUAGGGCAGAAGUGCUAAACAUCAACAUGUUCCCAAGAUUAAAUUUCUUAGGGUCCUCUAUUCCUUUGUUUAUUCAGAAAUCUUUGUUUGAUAAUAUCAAAAGAAUGUUCUCCUCUUUAUGGAACACCAAGAAGCUUAGAAUAUUUUUGAGAGAUUCACCCUCCCAAGAGACUUUGAACCUGAUGUUUAUUUGUGUUGUCUUGCAUUUAAUACCGGGCUUUCAUUUCUUUAAAUUUCCCAAAGAAUAUUUUGAUUAUAAUUAUGACACUGACAAAAAAUAUGCAGACUUUUAUCAUCAAACAGAGGAGCAGUCUCAAGUUUAUAUAAGUUGCUGUGUCAUGCCUCCCCAAACCAGAACUCAAACACAGAGUCACAAUGGGAACUUGAUUCAGGGGUCAAAUGUACUUCUGAAGAUUGUGGAAAACAUUAGGCAUGACAUAAAAACAACCUCAAAAUCUCUCUGAAGGAGAGUAAUACAGCUGAAAAUUCUUCAUAGAGCAUUAUAGAGCUGAAAGCUGAUCUAUGCCUGUGUAGGGCAAUUUGGACCAUUUGAAUGAAUGGAAUAUUUACUUAAGUAUGAGCAUGCCCUGAUCUCUCCUACUUGUGGUGUUGUUGUUAAUAUAUAAUUGCUGUCUGAACCUGUUUUUAUUGUUGUAAUACAAAAAUAUUAAAACUUUGAAUUAAAAAUUUUGAAAAGGAAAAAAAAAAAGAAACAGUGGAGGGCCGUACAGUCUAUGAUGCCGACUGAAAGAAGACUAAGAGGAGGGCGGAACAUUCGGUUGUCGCAGCUCCGACUACGGAAUUGUAUUGGUGUGACACACGAAGGAAGUAAACGAGAAGCGUGGCUUUUUUAAAGAAGCUGAGAUAUCUGAGGACAAUCCAGUUUUUACAGCGCAACCUUCUUAACAAUCUGCAACGAGCCAACGAUGUCUGUAGCUGAAUCUCUCCGAGAGUUUGUGACCGAGCGGCUCGCUGCUGCUACUGAAGACAUUUUGGGAGUUUUUAACAGAACUGUGGUCCAGUACGAGGAAGAGCUGGACCGUCAACGCAGACUGCUGCAUUUGGUCUGGAAACCUCGCAUUCACUUACACAGAAUCGGUAAGAAAAGACAAGUUUAGACUGAAUAAUGAAGCAGAAGCUCGGUUUAAAUCAAGGCUGCCUCUCCUCUCGGUUUCCAUGUAUUAAUACUGUGAAUAAAGACGGAGGAACAACCCUGUCUUAGUUCAACAAUAACUGUGCUAUGUUAAUGUGGUGCUAUUGUUUUAGUCGUUAAUCCUUAAUAUGCCGUUAUCAAAGAGAGAGGAAGAGAGUCCGCGGGACACUCUCGAUCGUUGACCACGUCCUCUGUUGUUACCGCGAGCUGUUAUAAUGAUCUGGUAUUAAAACUCAUCAUGUGUACAGAAAACGGGAAAGAAGUGUAAACCUAAGAAUGGCAGACAUGUGUGUGUUGUUGGGAAAGGGUGGUUUACUAUCACCUUACGGGGUAGUUUUACGUCCAACUUAUUUGACUCCUACUGGAAGGCCUUAAGUGACUCCUGUACACAAAGCUGAGCCCCUUGAGUUCAUCACAUAUCCCCCUGUGUGUCUUUUGUUUGUACAGAUCCAAACCAGUUUCGCCUCUGUGUGCUCUGUUAAUACUAUGUUAACUAAUUUCCAUUGUGAUGCUCCUGCAGUACAAAAUGUUUAAAAGUGCCUACUGGAUGUGCUUACAAGAUGACAACAAAGUACCUUUUGAUUGCUUUUGUAGUUGAGAAAUGUAGACAGAAUGCCUUCUGCCUUCUCACAAAUGAGGACUGAAUCGCUUCUUUUAAUGUAAUCCUCAAUUUCACACAGCUCACACAAAAGGGCUUCAUCAGGUUUUCCUGACCAGUCCACUACACUGAUGCUUUAAACAAGACCACCGACACACUGAGUGAAGUUGGUUCUUUCUCUCAUGUUGACUUGGUCUCAUAUUUUGUGACUUCAUCCAUGUAGUAUAACUGCUAUAUUCUGAUAAAGUAAUAUUCGUCUUUAAUACGUUUUAUAAUCUUGAUUUUACUCAUUCUCUUUAUGUUACAACUUAUCUUAUUACUUUUUACUUCAUAGUAUUAAAACUUAAAACAGUUUUACAUUGUGUUGAAAUUGUAUAUGUCAUUUAUCUUGCUAGAGUCUAUCAGUUAUGUACCUCAAUUCUUAAACCUUUCAACUGAAUUGUGUUGAAUGUUACAACUCUGUCCUUAAAAUAUUACAUCUUUCUCAUAAACAUUCCUUAGAUUUUGCUCUUUCAAAUACAAUAUAGUGAUUCCAAUUCUCUGUUUUCUGUCUCAUCUCAGUGACAUAUUUCUGCUUCUGUGCUCCUGCAGAUCUUCCACAACAACAUGACUGUGAGGAGGACAAGGUUGUCUCAGACCUGCAGCCCUGGAACCAGGAGAGGAACUCCAGUCCGGACCAAGAGGAUCCAGAGCCCUUACAGAUUAAAGAUGAAGAGGAGGAAUUCUGCACUGGUCAGGACAGAGAGCAGCUUGAACCAAAGCAGGAGACUGAUCACUCUAUGUAUACUCAAACCUGUCAGGAAGGUGAGAACACUGAAGCAGAAGUAAGGAAGGAAGACCAGUUCCUUUCUCACAACUCUUGUGAGGCUGCAAACCAAGAUCCAGAGAAAGACAAGCUCACAGAGCCAGAGUCAACUUCAAAAUCAGAACAACACCCUCCAAAAAAAGCUCACAAAAGAAGUCAGAAGACAAAACAGCCUAAGGUUCACUGUGAUCCUCAACAAGGUGAAAAGACUUUUAAAUGUGACACAAAUAGGGAAACUCUUACGAGCAAUUCAAAUUCACAGACACAUCUGAGUGUUCCCACUGGUAAGAAGAAGCAUAUUUGUGAGUGGUGUGGGAAAAUAUUCAGAGACACAUGUUUGCUUAAAAAACAUGCAAGAUCACACACAGGUGAGAGACCAUACUCCUGUAACACAUGUGGGAAGAGCUUCACUUCUAAUUCAUAUUUAAAUAAGCAUAUGCAAAUUCACUCAGGAGAAAAGUUGUUCACCUGCGAAACAUGCAGCAAAUCUUUUAACAAAAAAAAUUACCUGACACUGCACAUGAGAACGCACACAGGUGAGAAACCGUACACCUGUAGUACAUGUGGGAAAAGCUUUGGUCGGAAUUCAACUUUAAAAAUACACAUGCGAACUCACUCAGGAGAAGAGAUGUUCACUUGCAAAACAUGCAGCAAAAAUUAUACGUGUUCAUAUAGACUGAGAAGGCACAUGAGAACACACACAGGUGAGAAACCAUACACUUGUUGCACUUGUGGGAAGAGCUUCAUUUUUAAUUCAGUUUUAAAAAAUCACAUGCUGAUUCACUCAGAAGAAAAGCUGUUCACCUGUGAAACAUGCAGCAAAUCGUUUUACUGGAAAUUUCAACUACAACGGCACAUGAGAACACACACAGGUGAGAGACCGUACUCCUGUAAUACAUGUGGGAAGAACUUCACUGCUAAUUCAGAUUUAAAAAAGCACAUCCUUAUUCACUCAAAAGAAAAGCUGGUCACCUGCAAAAGGUGCAGCAAAUCUUUUAACAGGAAGGAUCAUCUCAAACUGCACAUGAGAACACACACAGGUGAGAGACCGUACUCCUGUGGCACGUGUGGAAAGAGCUUCUCUGCAAAUUCAGAUUUAAAAAGGCACAUCCUUGUUCACUCAAAAUAAAAGACUGUUCACCUGCAAAACAUGCAACAAAUCUUUUAGCAGAAAAGUAACCUAAUUCUGCACCUAAGAACACACACAGGUGAGAGACCCUUCACCUGUAACUCGGCCUGUCACGAUAACAAAUUUUGCUGGUCGAUAAUUGUGCUACAAAUUAUUGCCGAUAAACGAUAUUAUUGACACCGUUUUUUAAAUUAUAGAUAAUGAUAAAUUAUGGCAUAAUAAUGCAAGUACACCAUGUCAAAAGCGAUAAACUAAUUGCUCAUGAUUAAGAACUUUGAACUAGGAUGAACAAAUAUAAUAAACAAACAAGACAACCAAAAAACAAUGAAAAUAAAAUGGUCCCACAUUCUGUUUUAUCAAAAACUGCAUUCAAAUAGAAACCCCAAUCACAACUACAAACAAUAAAAAAAUAGACCUUGUCUCUGGUACGGAACAAAAACUUCACUCCACACAUAACUAUUAAAAUAAAAAAUAAAGUGGAGUCUCGAGUCUGUAAACAAAAUUGCACUAAAUAAUUAGCUUUGGGUGCUAUUCCUCAACAGGUCAACAAAGAACAUGCAUGCGCACCUCAAGCCCAAUCAUGAUUGGGCUUGAGGUGCGCAUGGUUGUUUGUCGUAUUCCCCUUCUUUGUCACCAAAACUUUCGAAUAAAGGCGACAUAUCGUCCUUGUUCGUGGGCUCACCUCUUUCAUUUUAUUUGAAACCGAAAUGUUCUCACACUGGGGCUGUUGCAUUGGGCUUAGACACCAAAGCUAUUGUUUUAUCAUUCAUUGCGUUUGCGCCGCACUGUGUCAGUAAGUCUGUGUGUGUGUGUGUGUGUGUGUGUGCACCAGCUCCCCCCCCACCGUGACAAAGAGACUGAAUGACUGACAGGAGGGUUCACUCACUGCGUUCAUUCCGCUAUCGAACCAACGCACCCAGGUGUGAGACCUCUUCUCUCAUCCAGCGUGUUUGGUAGCGAGAGAGGAGGAAAACAAACCCACGUUAAUUAUCGAGGCUGGCAAAAUUACCGACCUCGUUUUUAUUUACCGAGCGAUAAGGCGAUUUAUUGAUUAUCGCGACAGGCCUACCUGUAACACGUGGGAAGAGAUUCGGUUGGAAUACAAGUUUAAAAAGCACAUGCUUAUUCACUCAAGAUAAAAGCUUUUCACCUGCAAGACUUGCAACCAAUCUUUUUACUGGAAAGCUUAAUUAAGACUGCACAUGAGAAUACACACAGGUGAGAGACUGUACAGCUGUAGUACAUGUUGGGAAAAGGUUUGUUGAAAAACACACUUAGAUCGUCACACCCAAAACCAUAUAGGUAUAAAGCCUGUUGUGCUUAAUGGAAACCAUUCGGCAGGAAGAUUUCUUUAGAUGGUCACAUAAGAACCCACACAGGUAAAAUGUGUCAGGUCUGUCGGAUACAGCAGGAAAUUCCAUCAAAAAGUGCAACAGAAGUUGGUGACUGAAAUUAGAAGCAAAUGUCAUGGUGUGAAGUCAGAAUAUCGUUGGAGUUUAUGUGAACUGGAUUCUCUGUUCUCUGCAAGGUCAACGUUACACAAGACAUGUUAGAGGGAUGAGGUCUCGGCUCAUAAAAUACCAUCUGUGUGUUCAGUUAUUCUGACAGUUAAGAUACAUUUCACUGUGGCUUUACCUGACUGAAAUACUUGUUCUUUUGAGUCCUUAUGAGCUACUUUGGUUGGUUGUUUUUUUUUCCAGAAUAUUUUUAUAUGUUUAUUUGUUGUAAUAACUUCUUUAUAUGAUGAUCUACAACAAAUUUGAUUUAGAUGACUGUAGCUGUGAUACCGAUAAGGGUUGAUCAUGAAAAUGUGGCGGCCAAUAAACUUGGACUGUGAAAACAAAAUUCAUAGUAAUGCAUUUGUAUCUUGGUUUCAUAGAAGUGAACCAAAAGAGGACAGAGCUUAAAACCUAAAUUGGAUUGUCCUGAUCUUCAGGCCCUCAGACUGCUCUGUAUUAAAAACAGACUGGACUCUGGAGUGGAAUUCACUGCAUGGGUUCAAAAUCACUUCAAAAACCAUUGACUGUGAAUACAGUUUCUUACUGUAUCCAUGGAUGAGGUUCAAACUGAACCAUGCAAAGACAAAACCAGAUAGAAACAGGAACCAGGAACACCAGAGACUUCACCUGACUACCUGACUUGCUCUCAGUUCACAGUCCCUGGGUUCCCUGGGAUCUCUGGAUCUCUCUUUGAGUUUCUAUGAAGACUGUUGUUGUCAGACUCUCCGUCUUUCAAGAAUUUAUUUACAAAGAAAGACAAGUACUUGGCUCUGAGUGUUUUUUCUUUGAAGAAAUGAAAAAUUUCCAAAACAACCCAAUAAACACCUCUUUUAAACAAGAAUGACUUAUGACAACGACUGAGGCACAAGCAAUGUUACAUGAGAAGUCUAUUUGAUUUCCAAUAAAAAACUAACAAAAACACUCAAUUUUUCUUGAUGACAUGGUAAUAGUAUGAUUACUAGAGAUGAGGGAACUAUUAAUGACACUUUUAGAAAUUAUUUUUCAUCUUUGUAUUAAUGGGAAUAUCAGGCCAAACAUCAAGAUUUAAAUAAUUUCUUCAAUAAUUCAAUUUUGCCAAAGUUGAGGAAAGAAAAUUAAGGUAACUUAAGUUUACUUCAUAAUAAUUAUACAUUUUUGCAAAAAUAUUAACAAAAUGGCUGGAUGAAACUGUUCAAAAUUUCAUUCAUGUAGAUCAAGUUGACUCUUUGUGAGCAGCUUCUAUCUGAUAAUAAUUCUAUUCUGAAAAUAGUUCUGAUUCUGAUUAAUAUGCAAAGUCUCUUGGGAACCAUGCAGCUCUCUUCAGCAUUCAGUAGGAGCAAUACCAUUGGACACAGAGAAAGCUUGUGAUCGAACUGAAUGGUCGUACCUGUUUGAGAUGCUCUCCAGAUAUGGUUUUGGUCCAAAAGCUUACAGUGGAUCAGAGCACUUAACAGGAACCUGUUUCAGCUUCUCUCAAUGAUGGCGUUCUACAAGAGAAGAUUGUCCUCGAUCCCCUUUACUCUUUAUUUCAGCUGUUGGCAUGUGCUAUCUGACAAGACAAAGAAAAUACAGGCAUGGCUUUACUUUUCAUCGAAUUUAUUUUGGACCAUUUGACAAUGAAUGGAAUAUUUACUGAAGUAUGAGCAUGCCCUGAUCUCUCCUACUUGAGGUGUUGUUGUUAAUAUAUAACUUCUGUCUGUUUGUAUUUGUCAUUGUCUGGACCUGUGGUUAUUGUUGUAACACAAAAUUAUUAAAAUUUUGAAUUAAAAAUUUUGAAAAGGAAAAAAAAAAGAAACAGUGGAGGGCCGUACAGUCUAUGAUGCCGACUGAAAGGAGACAAAGAGGAGGGCGGAACAUUCUGUUGUCGCAGCCCCGCUUACGGAAUCGUAUUGGUGUGACACAAAGGAAGGAAGUAAACAAGAAGCGGGGCUUUUUUAAAGAAGCUGAGAUAUCUGAGGACAAUCCAGUUUUUACAGCGCAACCUUCUUUUAAAUCUGCAACGAACCAACGAUGUCUGUAGCUGAAUCUCUCCGAGAGUUUGUGACCGAGCGGCUCGCUGCUGCUACUGAAGACAUUUUGGGAGUUUUUAACAGAACUGUGGUCCAGUACGAGGAAGAGCUGGACCGUCAACGCAGACUGCUGGAUUUGGUUUGGAAACCUCACAUUCACUUACACAGAAUCGGUAAGAAAAGCCAAGUUUAGACUGAAUAAUGAAGCAGAAGCUCGGUUUAAAUCAGGGUUGCCUCUCAUCUCGGUUUCCAUGUAUAAAUACUGUGAAUAAAGACGGAGGAACAACACUGUCUUAGUUCAACAAUAACUGUGCUAUGUUAAUGUGGUGCUAUUGUGUCAGUCGUUCUUAAUCUGCCGUUAACGAUGAGAGAAAGAUCAGAGAGUCCGCAGGACACUCUCGAUCGUUGACCUCCUGUUGUUACCGCGAGCUGUUAGAAUUGAAAGAAUUUGAAUACACCUGCUGGUGCUACUUGGACACGUCAUCAGUGAAGUAGGGUGUUUUGGGUCUUUAAUCUUGAUCCCUCAUCCGGGCGACCCAGCCGGGGGUGAUUAGUCCCCGACUUGUGUCCAAGUGGCUUGAUGUUCCACGGAUCCCCCCUACGGAUCCACAGCCACCGCAAGGCCCUUUCUGCAGCCUCUAGGAUGUUUCUGAUGGCUUUCUUCAAUUGCAGUCCUUUUACUCCAAGGAGUUUGAGGGUUCUCAGAAGUGAUUGGCCAGCGAAGCCUCAGCUCCCGACCUCAACUGGCUCACAGCGGGUUUUCCAGCCAUUGUUCCAGCACUCUGUGCUGACCUCUGCAUACUUGGCUCUCUUGCGUUCGUGGGCCUCUUCGAAUCUGUCUUCCCAGGGGACUGUCAGUUCCAGGAUAACUACUUGUUUGGUGGACUCCAAUGUUAGUACCACAUCUGGGCGGAGAGAAGUAGUUGUGAUGUUGGCUGGGAACUUGAGCUGUCUUCCGAGGUUGACUUGAAGCUGCCAAUCACGAGUGGUGGUGAGGAGCCCCCCUGUAGAGUUGGGAUGAUGAUGUUGUGCCCUCUGCCCUGCUCUAAUGAAUGUGAUUGCCUGUUUGGGGGCUGCCUGGGUCUUGCUGUGCUGGAUCGCUGUGCUGAUGGUUUCUGCCAAAGCUUUUCGGACUUGGUCAUGGCGCCAUCGGUACCGCCCCUCUCCUAGCGCUUUCGGGCAGCAGCUCAAGAUGUGCUCCAGGGUGCCCCUCUUCUGGCACAGUUUGCACUCGGGAGUGUCUACCAGUCCCCAGGUAUGUAGGUUGGCCGGGCUGGGGAGGACGUCAUACACUGACUGGAUGAGAAACUUGGUGCGAGAUGGUUCUGCUUUCCAGAGCUCUGCCCAGGUGAUUCUGCGGGAAUCAGCCUGCUCCCACCUGGUCCACGCUCCUUGUUUGGACAUGCCAGUGAUCUUACUGCUGCGUUCUUCCUCCACCUCUGCACGUAUCUCGUCCUGGAUCAGUCGGCGCUUCUCCUCUCCACAGGCCAGAUCAUAACGCGGCUUUGGAAAGGAACCAAGACCUGCUCGUCCCGUUGCCACAGAGCCCACCAGCACUUUAUGCCUCAGUCGCACCUCGGCUUUAGUGACGGCUUCUUGUGCCCGCCACUUCCUCACGGUUUUCACGAGGAUUCCUGCUGCUGCGACUUUGGUGUCUGCGGAGUCCCUGUACAUCAUCACCUCUCUGGAACGGGUGACUAUAAAUUCCUCUGUUAGUCCACUAAAGGGAAGGUGCAGCUUGUUGGAAUGGCCGUACAGGGCGAUGCUGCUUAAGGACCGAGGGAGCCCCAGCCAUCUCCUGAGAAACUGGCUGAUGGACUUCUCUAGAGCCUCUACCGUUGUUAUAAGUACUUCGUAGACUAACAGGGGCCAGAGUAUUCUUGGCAGGACCUCAUGCUGGUAGAUCCAGGCUUUGAAUUUUCCAGGGAGGCCAGAUUUGUCAACCGCUGUGAGCCAGGUGGAAAGCUCACUCUUGGUUUGCUGUAUGGCAGCUGAGUCCUUCAGGGAGCUGUCGAAGAUCUUGCCCAGACUCUUGACCGGUUUCUCUGUCACUGAUGGGAUCCCGGUCUCUCCCAGGGCAAAGCGGAACUGGUCAGACACUUUACCCUUUUUCAGGACCAGGGACCUGGACUUAGCGGGCUUGAAGCUCAUCCUUGCCCAGGAGAUGAGCCGUUCAAGCCCCUGAAGAAGCCACCUGCACCCUGGAACAGAUGUUGUUGUCACCGUUUAGUCAUCCAUAAAGGCUCUUAUGGGGGGCUGCCGAGUCCCAGAUCUUGAUUUGGGCCCUCUGCAUUCCACUUCGGCAGACUUAACGAUCCAGUUCAUGGCCAGUGAGAAGAGGGUUACCGAUAUGGUGCAGCCGGUGAUUAUCCCUUUCUCGAGGCGAUGCCAGGCAGAUGUUACUUGGCCUGAAGAGACUCGUGCGCUGAAUUUGUCGUAAUAGUCCAUGAUGAGUUUGCGGAUUUUGUCUGGAACAAAAGGAGGAGGAAGUUUGUCAGACGUUGGGACACGAUCUUGAAAAAGAUCUUGCUCUCGACACUGAGCAGCGAGAUGAUGCGAAACUGCUCAAUUUUGCAAGAGCCCUCCUCCUUCAGGAUCCAGACUCCCUCAGCAUACCUCCAUUGUGCAGCGACCUUCCCUCUCCGCCAGAUCACCCUCAGGAUCUUCCAGAGAUGUUUGAGGAGCUGUGGGCACUGUUUGCAGACUUUGUAGGGAACACCGCUGGGGCCAGGAGCAGAACUGGAUCUCGCAGCUCUGACAGCUUCCUCUACCUCCUUCAGGGUGGGUUCAGCGCUGUUGAAUUGGGUCCCUGGUUUUGGUGGUUCCACCAGUUCCCUACAAGGUCCGAGCUCGUGGUCCCUCAUGGCGUCACUGAAGGUGGCGUGGAGAUGAUGGUCGAUCUCCUCUACAGGGCAAGCGAGGUGGCCGCUUCACUUCUGGCCCAGUAGUUUCUUGGUUAUAAUGAUCUGGUACUAAAACUCAUCAUGUGUACAGAAAACGGGAAAGAAGUGUAAACCUAAGAAUGGCAGACAUGUGUGUGUUGUUGGGAAAGGGUGGUUUACUAUCACCUUACGGGGUAGUUUUACUUCCAACUUAUUUGACUCCUACUGGAAGGCCUUAAGUGACUCCUGUACACAAAGCUGAGCCCCUUGAGUUCAUCACGUAUCCCCCUGGGUGACUUUUGUUUGUACAGAUCUAAACCAGUUUCGCCUCUGUGUGCUCAGUUAAUACUAUGUUAACUAAUUUCCAUUAUGAUGCUCCUGUAGUACAAAAUGUUUAAAAGUGCCUGCUGGAUGUGCUUACAAGAUGACGACAAAGUACCUUUUGAUUGCUUUUGUAGUUGAGAAAUGUAGACAGAAUGCCUUCUGCCUUCUGACUUUAGUUUUGUGAUCUCAGACAAAAGUAGAUGCCCAGUGCACAGCACCAUCAGUCCUUUUCACUUUGUGCAGAGGAAGACAGGUUAAGCAGAUUCACCUCACAAAUGAGGACUGAAUCGCUUCUUCUUAGUUUCACACAGCUCACACAAAAGGGCUUCAUCAGGUUUUCCUGACCAGUCCACUACACUGAUGGUUUUAACAAGACCACAGACACACUGAGUGAAGUUGGUUCUUUCUCUCAUGUUGACUUGGUCUCAUAUUAUACUUUAUUUUGACUGUAUUUAUGUAAUAUAACUGCUAUAUUCUCAUAAAGUAAUAUUAGUCUUUAAUACGUUUUAUAAUCUUGAUUUUACUCAUUCUCUUUGUUACAACUCAUCUUACUACUCUUUUCCGCAUAGUAUUAAAACUUAUUUUACAUUGUGUUGAAAUUGUAUAUGUCAUUUAUCUUGCUAGAGUCUAUCAGUUUUGUACCUCAAUUCUUAAACCUUUUCAACUGAAUUGUGUUGAAUGUUACAACUCUGUCCUUAAAAUAUUGCAUCUUUCUCAUAAACAUUCCUCAGAUUUUGCUCUUUCAAAUACAAUAUAGUGAUUCCAAUUCUCUGUUUUCUGUCCCAUCUCAGUGACAUAUUUCUGCUUCUGUGCUCCUGCAGAUCUUCCACAACAACAUGACUGUGAGGAGGACGAGGUUGUCUCAGACCUGCAGCCUUGGAACCAGGAGAGGAACUCCAGUCUGGACCAAGAGGAUCCAGAGCCUCUACAGAUUAAAGAUGAAGAGGAGGAAUUCUGCACCAGUCAGGAGAGAGAGCAGCUUGAACCAAAGCAGGAGACUGAACACUUGAUGUUAACUCAAACCUCUCAGGAAAGUGAGAACACUGAAGCAGAAGUAAGGAAGGAAGACCAGUUCCUUUCUCACAACUCUUGUGAGGCUGCAAACCAAGAUCCAGAGAAAGACAAGCUCACAGAGUCAGAAUCAACUUCAAAAUCAGAACAACACCCCCCAAAAAAAGUUCACAAAAGAAGUCAGAAGACAAAACAGCCUAAGGUUCACUGUGAUCCUCAACAAGGUGAAAAGACUUUUAAAUGUGACACAAAUAGGGAAACUCUUACGAGCAAUUCAAAUUCACAGACACAUGUAAGUGUUUUCACUGGUAAGAAGAAGCAUAUUUGUGAGUGGUGUGGGAAAAUAUUCAGAGAAAAAUGUUUGCUUAAAAAACAUGCAAGAUCACACACAGGUGAGAGACCAUACUCCUGUGGCACUUGUGGGAAGAGCUUCAUUUUUAAUUCAUAUUUAAAUAAGCAUAUGCAAAUUCACUCAGGAGAAAAGUUGUUCACCUGCAAAACAUGCAGCAAAUCUUUUAACAGAAAAAAUAACCUAAAACUGCACAUGAGAACACACACAGGUGAGAGACCGUACACCUGUAACACUUGUGGGAAAAGCUUUGGUCGGAGUUCAACUUUAAAAACACACAUGCUAACUCACUCAGCAGAAGAGAUGUUCACUUGCAAAACAUGCAGCAAAAAUUUUAAGUGUUCAUAUAGACUGAGAAUGCACAUGAGAACACACACAGGUGAGAAACCAUACACUUGUUGCACUUGUGGGAAGAGCUUCAUUUUUAAUUCAGUUUUAAAAAAUCACAUGCUGAUUCACUCAGAAGAAAAGCUGUUCACCUGUGGAACAUGCAGCAAAUCUUUUCACAGAAAAGGUACCCUAAAACUGCACAUGAGAACACACACAGGUGAGAGACCGUACUCCUGUAACACAUGUGGUAAGAGCUUCACUGUGAAUUCAAAUUUAAAAAAGCACCUGCUAAUUCACUCAGGAGAAAAGCUUUUCACCUGCAAGACAUGCAGCAGAUCUUUUAUCCGUAUAGAUAAACUGAGAACGCACAUGAGAACACACACAGGUGAGAGACCACACUCCUGUGGCACGUGUGGGAAAAGCUUCUCUACCAUUUCAUAUUUAAAAAAGCACAUCCUUAUUCACUCAAAAGAAAACCUGUUCACCUGCAAAAGGUGCAGCAAAUCUUUUAACAGGAAGGAUCAUCUAAAACUGCACAUGAGAACACACACAGGUGAGAGACCGUACUCCUGUAACACAUGUGGGAAGAGCUUCACUUGUAAUUCAGAUUUAAAUAAGCAUACCCCAAUUCAUUCAGGAGAAAAGCUUUUCACCUGCAAGACAUGCAGCAGAUCUUUUAUCCGUUCAGAUAAACUGAGAUUGCACAUGAGAACACACACAGGUGAGAGACCGUACUCCUGUGGCACGUGUGGAAAGAGCUUCUCUGCAAAUUCAGUUUUAAAAAAGCACAUCCUUGUUCACUUAAAAGAAAAGGCUGUUCACCUGCAAAAUAUGCAACAAAUCUGUUAG